ACCAGCUGGGUUGAUGGUUUUGUUCCCGGAGUCUCUGGCUGACAGGUGUGACGAGUUGCAUAAAAUGGCUCCCCCGUCCUCCCAUGAUUCCCUGCAGGGCUGACCAAUGGCACGGGCUGCCCUGUGUGAUGUCACAGGGGUAUAAAGCCCCCGCCGCCCUGCUGCCUGCCCUGAGCAGAGGCAGCGUUCCCGGCCUUGACGCCUCGGCUGGAGGGACUGCUGUCAGGAGGAAAAACAAAACUACACGGCGCCGACAGCCUGUAGUUUUGUUUUUAGUUUGGGGUUCCCUCGAGGCUCAGCUCGUUCUCCUCUUGGAUUUCUGACUACGUUUUCUGGAUAAAGAGACUUUCGAUUUUCUGAAGACAGCCCUCUGGGCGUCCCUGGCAUCCUUGUGCAGACAAGGUGCCGACCAACAUGUCAACACAGGCGCCGACAUUCACGCAGCCGCUGCAGAGCGUCGUGGCACUUGAGGGUAGUGCCGCGACGUUCGAGGCUCAAGUUAGUGGUUCUCCAGUUCCUGAGGUGAGCUGGUUCCGUGAUGGCCAGGUUCUUUCCGCCGCGGCUCUGCCCGGCAUUCAGAUCUCGUUCAGCGACGGCCGCGCUGUUCUGAAGAUCCCCGCUGUGACCGCCGCACACAGCGGAAGAUUUUCUGUCAGAGCCACCAACGGCGCUGGACAAGCCACGAGCACCGCUGAGCUCCUCGUUACAGUGGAGACGGCGCCUCCAAACUUCCUUCAGAGACUGCAGAGCUCCACAGUGAGACAGGGCAGCCAGGUGAGGCUGGACGUCCGAGUCACGGGUAUCCCGACACCUGUGGUGAAGUUCUACAGAGAGGGAGCCGAGAUCCAGAGCUCAGCCGACUUCAGGAUCCUCCAGGAGGGAGACCUGUACAGUCUGCUGAUCGCUGAGGCCUUCCCAGAGGAUUCUGGGACGUAUUCUGUGACCGCCACCAACAGCAGCGGACGGGCCACCUCCACCGCUGAACUGCUGGUUCAAGGUGAGGAAGCUGUACCUGCUAAGAAAACCAAGACUGUUGUGUCCACAUCCCAGAUGGCCACUUCCCAGACCAGAGUGCAGAGGAAGGUGGAGGCGAGUUUCCAAGCCACCACCAUGAUGGAGAUGCACGUAGAAGGAGGAAUGAUGACUCAGCAUUUGGCUCACAAAACUCCUCCGCGGGUUCCCCCAAAGCCAACCUCCAAGUCCCCACCGUCCUUUGUUUCCAAGGUGGCGGGAGGACGCCAGCAGUCACCUUCACCUGUUAGACAUGUGAAAGGGCCGACACCCACACCUGUCAGACCCGUUUCUCCCUCCACCAGACUGUCAGUCUCUCCCAUCAGACCGGUCAAGUCCCCUAUCAUGACCAGGAAACAGAUAUCUGCCUCUGCGGAGGUCCUGCCACCCUGGAAGCAGGGAGACUAUGUGGCUGAAGCCAGCUACACCAGUAUGUCCAGCAUGACCAGUGUGAGCAGUGCCACCCAGCUUCACAUGGAGAAGCACUGGGAGCAGCAGGUCACCGCCACCAGAGAGGACGAGCAUGUUUCCCAGGAUGAUAAGACCGUGGCGGUGGCUACCGUGGUGGCGGCCGUGGAUCAGGCUCGUAGCCGGGGGCCGCCGGAGGCCGCUGUGUCCGGAGAGCAGGCUGAGGGAGGGAAAAGAGCCGGGGCGGUGGCCACAGUGGUGGCCGCCGUUGACCUCGCUCGUGUCCGCCAGCCCGUGCAUGCGGAGGGCGGUCGAGCUGAGGAGGACGAGGCUGUAGAGGCCGAGAUAGGGCAGCAGGCGGCAACGGCUGCAGAGAAACACGUUGUUGCAGCGAAAACACUGCCUGCUGAACCACCAGCUGCUGUCGCUGUGACCUCAGAACAGCACAGAAUCCAGGUCUCCCAGAUUCAGAGAACAACAGAAAUCUCCUCCCAUGUGGACACUGGUGUCGCCCCGUCCCCAGUUCCACAUUUCACAGUUUCUAAAGUUUCUGUUCCUAAACAUGAACCUAUCCACGAGGUGUCCAUCGCUGGCUCUGCUAUCGCCACUCUGCAGAAAGAGUUAAGAUCCUCCUCUCCCAGAAAGAUCAUCAAGCCCGUCAAGUCUCCCAGUCCGUCACGCAGAGCGGCGGCGGUGGAGGUGCGAGUGACGCCAGAGCCCCUCCCCCCGCCGUUUAAAGACAUCAGAUAUCAGAGUCAGUUUCAGUUACAGCCGGGCGGGGCUUACGCAGUGAGUGAGGAGGAGUUUGAGGACUGGGAGCCACAGGAGGCGGCUGCAGUGCCCACCAGAGCUCAGGAGCCCGUCGUUCCUCCCACUCUUAUUGCUGGCCUGAAGAACGUGACGGUGACAGAGGGCGAGUCGGUGACCCUGGAGUGCCAGAUCAGCGGUCAGCCCGCUCCCGUCAUCAUGUGGUUCAGGGAGGACUACAAGAUCGAGAGCUCCAUCGACUUCCAGAUCAGCUACAAGAACGGAUUCGCCCGGCUGGUGAUCCGCGAGGCGUUUGCUGAAGACAGCGGACGCUUCACCUGCACCGCCACCAGCGAGGCGGGCACCGUCAGCACCUCCUCCUACCUGCUCGUCAAAGUGUCAGAAGAAAUUGAGAGCAGAGAGGAAACGACAACUGUCACUGAAAUUGGCAUCACUCAAGAGAAAACUGUUGCGGUCGAGACAAAGGCACAGACGGUGGCGGAGGUGAGUACAGGAGAGUCUGCCGCUCCCUUCUUCAUCAAGAAACCGACCGCUCAGAAGCUGGUGGAGGGAGGAAGUGUCGUCUUCGAAUGCCAGAUCGGAGGCAUCCCCAAACCUCACAUCAUCUGGAAGAAGAGCGGAGUGCCACUCACUACUGGAUACAGAUACAAAGUCUCUUUUAAGAAGGAGACUGGAGAAUGCAAAUUGGAGAUCUCCAUGACCUUUGCUGAUGAUGCUGGAGAAUACUCCAUCUUCGCCAAGAAUCAACAUGGAGAAGCCUCAGCCUCUGCCAGCCUGCUGGAGGAAGAGGAAUAUGAAGCCUAUAUGAAACAGCAUGACGUGACGUAUAAAACUGAAGUGACGACGACGGUGGUUCAGGAGCCCUCUGUGGUCGUGAGUCAAUACGAGCUGGAACAGAAGAGAGUGACGACCCCCAUGAGCUUUGUCUCAGAAACGGAAUUUCUCAUUUCAGCCUUUGAAGAGAGGAUCAUACAGGAGAUUGAGCUCCGUAUUAUGAGGAUUACCUACAGAGAGCUGGUGACAGAGGAUGGAGAGCUGAUGGUGACUGCAGCAGAUGAGGAAGCAGUGCAGCCGGCCUUCAACACGCCAGUCAAAAACUAUAGGAUCAUGGAGGGAAUGGGCGUCAUUUUCCACUGCAAGAUGGGUGGAAACCCACUGCCAAAGAUUGCUUGGUACAAAGACGGCCAGCGCAUCAGGCCUGGUGGCCGUUACCAGAUGGAGGUUCUUCAGGAUGGACGAGCCAGCCUUCGUCUGCCUGUAGUGCUACCAGAGGAUGAGGGCGUGUACACUGCCUUCGCCACCAACACAAAGGGAAAUGCCGUCAGCUCUGGGAAGCUCUAUGUGGAGCCAUCUGGAACAGUAACACCUCAGAGAUACACACCACAGCCAGCAAUGCAGAGGAUCAGUUCCACCUCUCCUCGUUCUCUGAGCCGCUCACCCGGACGUUCUUCCAGCCGUUCUCCCGCCCGCAGGCUUGACGAGACAGAUGAGGCUCAGCUGGAAAGACUCUACAAGCCUGUGUUUGUCAUGAAGCCUUCCUCAAUAAAAUGCUCCGAGGGGCAAACUGCCAGAUUCGACUUAAAGGUUGUUGGCAGACCCAUGCCCGACACAUACUGGUUCCACAAUGGACAACAAGUGGUCAGUGAUUACACCCACAAGAUAGUGAUUAAAGAGGACGGUACCCAGUCCCUGAUCAUCGUCCCAGCAAUGCCACAAGACUCUGGAGAGUGGACAGUUGUCGCUCAGAACAGAGCUGGACGGACCUCUGUCUCUGUAACUCUUACUGUUGACGCUCGUGAAAGCCUGGCGCGCCCUCAGUUUGUUGAGAAGCUGAAGAACAUCACUGUGAAACAGGGCACUCUGGUUGAGUUGGCCGUCAAAGCUAUUGGAAACCCCCUGCCUGACAUCGUCUGGCUGAAGAACAGUGACAUUAUCACCCCACAAAAGCACCCACAUAUCAAGAUUGACGGAACUAAAGGAGAAGCCAAAUUCCAGAUUCCAUCUGCUUCAGGCACAGACAGUGCCUGGUACACUGCUACAGCCAUCAACAGGGCUGGCAGAGACACCACUCGCUGCAGAGUCAAUGUUGAGGUGGACUUCACUGCUCCUCAAGCUGAGAGGAAGCUCAUUAUUACCAAAGGGACCUACAAGGCCAAGGAGAUCGCAGCUCCUGAGUUGGAGCCUCUUCAUCUGCGAUAUGGUCAAGAGCAGUGGGAGGAGGGCGACCUUUACGACAAAGAGAAGCAGCAGAAACCACAGUUCAAGAAGAAGCUGACCUCUAUCAGAAUGAAGCGCUUUGGUCCAGCUCAUUUUGAGUGCAGACUGACCCCUAUUGGUGACCCCAACAUGGUAGUGGAGUGGCUGCAUGACGGCCAACCACUGCAAGCUGCAAAUAGGUUGCGCAUGGUCAAUGAAUUUGGUUACUGCAGUCUUGACUAUGAAGUUGCUUACGCUAGAGAUAGCGGUGUCAUCACCUGCAGAGCCACAAACAAGUUUGGAGUCGACCAGACCUCGGCCACCCUCAUUGUCAAGGAUGAGAAGGGCCUUGUUGAGGAAACACAGCUUCCUGAAGGCAGGAAGGGAGCACACAGAAUGGAUGAGAUCGAGCGCAUGGCUCAUGAGGGAGGACCUGCAGGAGUCAGCGCUGAUGAUGAAUUUGAAAAGACCAAACCUGAAAUUGUCCUGCUUCCUGAACCAGCCAGAGUGCUGGAAGGCGACAUUGCACGAUUCCGCUGCAGAGUGACAGGUUACCCAGCACCCAAGGUUAACUGGUACCUCAACGGACAACUUAUCCGCAAAAGCAAGAGAUACAGACUUCGGUAUGAUGGUAUUUACUACUUGGAGAUUGUUGACAUCAAGUCCUAUGACUCAGGAGAGGUCAGGGUGGUUGCAGACAAUCCUCUAGGCACAACUGAGCACACCGUGAAGCUGGAGAUCCAACAGAAAGAGGACUUUAGAUCCGUACUGCGUCGUGCUCCAGAACAGAAGGCUGCAGAGGCUUCACAUGAGCCCGGCAGAAUCGGAUUUGAUAUUGUGAAGGUUGACCAACCUGGCGAGGCCACACAGGACAGGGAAGUUGUUAAGCUGCGUAAGACACAGAGAAUUGUUCACGGGAAAACUUCAGAGGAGUCAGACGAACUGAAGAGCAAGUUCAAGCGUAGGACAGAGGAAGGUUUUUAUGAGUCCAUCUCUGCUGUGGAGUUCAAGUCUCGCAAGAGGGAUGACUCCUAUGAGGAUCUACUGAAGAAGACUAAGGAUGAGCUGCUUCAUCACUUGAAAGAGAAAGAAGAAGCUGAGAGGAGGAAGAUGGAGGAACAAGGACAAAUCACCAUCCCCACAAUCAAACCAGAGAGGGUCCAGCUCUCCCCCAGCAUGGAAGCACCCAAGGUCCUGGAACGCAUUGCUAGCAAGACAGUUGCUCCAAUGGAUGAGGUUCGUUUCCGAGUCAGAGUCGUCGGCAGACCAGAGCCUGAGUGCCAGUGGUUCAAGAACGGCAUUCAGGUUGAAAAGUCUGACCGUAUUUACUGGUACUGGCCUGAGGAUCAUGUGUGUGAACUGGUGAUCAGAGAUGUCACAGUAGAGGAUUCUGCUAGCAUCAUGGUUAAAGCCGUGAAUGUCGCUGGGGAGGCCUCAAGCCAUGCCUUCCUCCUUGUGCAAGCCCAAGCAGCAGUUAGCUUUACCCAAAAGCUCGAGGAUGCCAGUGCAAAUGAGAAGGACACCAUGGUGACUUUUGAGUGUGAAACCAACGAACCUUUCAUCAAAGUCAAAUGGCUCAAGAACAACACAGAGAUCUUCUCCGGAGACAAAUACAGAAUGCACUCAGACAGAAAGGUUCACUUCCUGUCUGUGCUGAUAAUUGAAAUGAGGGAUGAUGCCGAAUACACUUGUGUGAUUGUAGAUGAUGAGAGCGUCAGGACGAGCGCAAGGCUCCACGUAGAAGGUGCUGCCCUGGAGCUCAUAAAACACAUGGAGAACAUUGAGGUGCCAGAGACCUACUCUGGUGAGUUUGAGGUUGAGCUGUCUCGUGAGGACGCUGAGGGCAGCUGGUUCUUUGGAGACAAGGAGCUCUCUCACAGCAGUAAAUACAGCAUGUCCUCCCGCCGAGGAAGACAUACCCUGUCCGUCAAGGAUGUCAGGAAAGGAGACCAGGGGAAAUAUACCUUUGUAUGUGGAGAUCUGAGGACCAGCGCCUCACUGAAGAUGAAAUUGCGCCCAGUGACCCUGAUGCAGCCCUUGACCGACCUCACAGUGUGCGAGGGUGACAUAGCUCAGCUGGAGGUCAGGUUCUCCCAAGAGAACGUUGAGGGAACCUGGAUGAAGAGCGGCCAGGCCAUCUCUGCCUCGGACCGCGUCCACAUAGUAAUCGACAAACUGGUUCACAAGCUGCUGGUGGAGAAUGUCAGUAGAGAAGAUGCUGCUUCCUACUCUUUUGUGGUUCCCGCCCAAGACAUCUCCACCUCUGGCAAACUCAACGUUCAAACUAUUGACAUUGUGGUGCCACUGAAGGACGUGUCCUCCAUCGAAGGCACCAAGGCUGUUCUGGAGGCUAAGAUCUCAGCUCAGGACAUAAGCUCGGUCAAAUGGUACCAUAAUGACAAACUGCUGAUGCCCAGCGACCGAUUCCAGAUGGUGGCAAAGGGAGCCAAGCAGCGUCUGGUCUUUAGCAGGACCUACGCCUCUGAUGAGGGACGCUACAAACUGGUGGUUGGCAAGGUCGACACCAGCUGUAGCCUCACUGUUGAAAAGGUACACAUUGUGAAGCACAUGGAGGACAAAGUGUGCUCAGAAUCCCAGAACGUCACCUUUAACGUAGAGGUUUCUCACCCCGGGAUCGACCCAGUCUGGACAUUCAGGAACCAGCAGCUCAAACCUGGACCUAAAUACAAGAUGGAGUCCAAGGGCAAAGCUCACUCUCUGACGGUCAUUGAUGCCAUGAAGGACGAGGAGGGCCAGUACAUGUUCCACGCUGGUGAAAAGACAUCCAGCGCCAAGCUCACUGUCUCCGGUGGAGCCAUCACACGGCCCCUGCAGGAUGUGACGGUGGCGGAGUCUCAGACAGCUGAGCUGGAGUGUGAAGUUGCCAACGCCAACACUGAGGGCAAGUGGCUGAAGGAGGGUCACCCUGUGGACUUCAAUGAGAAUGUAGUGAGCGAGGUGAAGGGGGCCGUCAGACGCCUCAUCAUCGUCAUCACAAGACCACAGGAUGUCGGAGAGUACACCUACCAGGUGGCCAACUCCAAAACCACCGCUAACCUCAGGGUGGAGGCGGUGAAGAUCAAGAAAACUCUGAGGAACCAGACUGUGACGGAGACCCAGGAGGCGGUGUUCACGCUGGAGCUCACCCACACCGACGUGAAAGGAUCCCAGUGGAUCAAGAACGGCGUGGAGCUGCAGAACAGCGACAAGUACGAGAUCACCUCCGAUGGCAUGGUCCACACUCUGAAGGUCAAGAACUGCACCACACAGGACGAGUCUGUUUAUUCCUUCAAACUGGGAAAACUGUCUGCCAAUGCUAGGCUCAACAUAGAGACGAUCAAAAUCAUAAAGAAGAUAAAGGACGUGACAUCACUGUUGGAUGGCACCGCCUCCUUUGAGAUGAGCCUGUCACAUGACAACAUCCCUGUCAGAUGGAUGUUUAAAGGCGUGGAGCUGAAGUCGAGCGACAAAUGUAAGAUUCUGUCAGAGCGGAAAGCUCACAAACUGAUCCUGCAGAACAUCGACAGCAGCGACGCAGGAGAGUACACCGCCGUGGUGGGACACCUGCAGAGCAGCGCCGUGCUCACUGUGGAGGCUCUGCGAGUCACCAAACCCAUGAAGAGCGUGAAGGUCCCAGAGACCCAGGUGGCCACGUUCGAGUGUGAAGUUUCUCACUUCAAUGUGCCGUCCACCUGGCUCAAAGACGGCGUGGAGAUCGAGAUGAGCGAGAAGUUCAGGAUCGUGGUUCAGGGAAAACUCCACCAGCUGAAGAUCAUGAACACCAGCAGGGACGACUCGGCAGAGUACACCUUCAUCUGCGGGAACGACAAAGUCUCUGCAACGCUAACCGUUAGCCCCGUCCUGAUCACCUCCAUGCUGAAGGACCUGAACGCUCAGGAGAGAGACACCAUCACCUUCGAGGUCACCGUCAACUACGAGGGCAUCACCUACAAAUGGCUGAAGAACGGCGUGGAGGUCAAGUCGUCGGACAGAUGUCAGGUCCGCAGCCGGCAGCUCACGCACUCGCUCACCAUCCGAAACGUUCACUUUGGAGACGGAGGAGAGUACCAGUUUGUGGCCGGCUCCGCCGCCACCGCCGCCAACCUGUUCGUCGAAGCUCGCGUGAUUGAAUUCACCAAGAAAAUCAAAGACAUAAAGAUCACAGAGAAGAAGAAGGCGAUUUUUGAAUGUGAGGUUUCUGAGCCAAACAUCCAGGUGAUGUGGAUGAAGGAUGGCCAGGAGCUGGACAUGACCGAGGAGAGGUACAUUGUGACAGCAGAGAAGUACGUUCACCGGCUCAUGGUGCAGACGGUUCGGAUGUCUGAUGCUGGAGAGUAUUCGGUGGUGGCCGGAUCGAGCGUCUCCAAGGCCCAGCUGACCGUGGAGGGUCGGGACGUCCGGAUCUCCGAGCCCGCCGAGAGGGAAAUCACGGUUCUGGAGAAACACAGAGCGACCUUCGAGUUCGAGGUGAACGAGGACGACGUGGAGGGGCGCUGGCUGAGGAAUGGGGUGGAGAUCCAGUUCUCGGUGGAGGAGAGGUUCAACUACGUCACCAUCAGGAAGCUGCACCGCCUCACCAUCUCUGAGACCUACAGGAGCGACGCCGGGGAGUACACCUUCAUCGCCGGCAAAAACAGGAGCACCAUGCACCUCCGAGUCAACAUCCCGGAGCCUCCUCAGAUCCUCCGCCACAUGGAGCCCCAGUCGGUGGAGGCUGGUAAACCGGCUCGCUUCUCGGUGCAGGUGAGCGGCAUUCCUCAGCCUCAGGUCUUCUGGUACAAAAACUCCCAGGCUCUGUCUCCAGGCUUCAAGUGCAAGUUCCUCCACGACGGCAACGAGCACUCGCUGCUGCUGAUCGAAGUGUUCCCCGAGGACGCCGCCGUCUACAACUGCGAGGCCAAGAACGACUACGGCACUGCCACGAGCACUGCAGCGCUCAACGUGGAAGUUUCAGAGGUGGUCUCUCCGGACUCGGCUGCCACCGUCGCUCCUCCUGUCGUCAUCUCACCCAUCGCCAGCACCUCAGCCCGCGAGGGAGAACCAGCUCGCUUCCAGUGCAGAGUCCGCGGAGACGAUGUGAAGAUCAGCUGGUUCCACAAGGAGAAGGAGAUCAAGCAGUCAGACUUCUUCAGGAUGUCUCAGUUUGACGACAGCUGUCAGCUGGAGAUCUCCAGGGUUUACCCGGAGGACGAGGGCCAGUACACCUGCGUGGCCACAAACAACGCUGGAACCGUGUCCUGCUCCGCCACUCUCGCACUGGACGGGCAAAAACAAACACUGGACAGUCCUGCUGAGUCUCAGUGGCAUGUCUCCACCAGCCUCACUAGUCUAAAGAAACCUUCCAUUGGCCAAAAGCCAGUUUUCAUCCAGCCAAUCACAAGCUGCACGGUGCCACACGGGGAGGUGGCCCGCUUUCACGCAUGUGUGUCCGGCAUGCCGAAGCCAGAGAUAAGCUGGUUCCACAACCGGCAGCCAGUUCAGCCCACCAAGAACGUCGUGUUUCAUUUCGAUGAGGUGACGAACACCGCCAUGCUCAUCAUAGUCGAUGCUUUCUCUGAGCAUGCGGGGCAGUACACCUGCAGGGCAGCCAAUAACGCUGGAGAGACCGCAUGCUCGGCCACCCUCACCGUAUCCAAAGAAGAAGAAGAAGUGACUCAUGUGAGAGAGCAGAUUGAAGCCAAGAUUGAACAGGAAGUCAAAGAACGUUGUAGCACCACCAUCACCACUGUGGAAGAACAAGAGGAAACCUACUACACUGGUGUCCAGUUACCACAGAAAACAAAAACACUUGAACUCAAGCCAGAGUCCAAACGUUACUCUUCCACUUUAGAGAAGAAAAAAGAAAAGCCAGUUUUCCUAAGCCAGCUCUCCCCAGCAGCUGUAACCACUGGGGAAACAGCCAGCUUUACCGUCAAACUGUCCGGCUUUCCAAAGCCGACUGUUCAAUGGUCUCACAAUGGAAAAGUGAUAAAGAGCUCCUCUAUAUACAAGUUGAUAGAGGAGAAAGAGGAAUACACGUUAGUAAUCACCCAGGUCACAUCUGAGUAUGAGGGCGAGUACUCUUGCACUGCCACCAAUAGAUUUGGCCAGACAACAUGCACCACAUACCUCGAAGUAAAAAAGCCUGAUGUUAGCCAGGCGGAGAAAUGGGUUGAGAAGAUGUUUAAGGUCACAGGUCAACCUCCUACUUUCACAGUUCAGAUCCAACCUGUCAGGUGCUCAGAAGGAGGAGAGGUUUCUUUUAAUUACAAAGCCAGUGGUGAUCCAAUCCCUGAUGUGAAGUGGUUCAAGGGGGCAUUCCAGAUCCAGCCCAGUAGAAACUGUAUUAUUAUAGCUAACCCAGAUGCAUCUGGCUUCAUCAAUAUUAAAAGCGUCAAACAGGAAGACAGCGGCCUGUAUACAUGUAAGGCCUCCAACCAGUUUGGGGAGGCGUCUUGUAGUGCUGAGCUUGUUGUGUUCAGAGAAUCAGUCUCUGUUUCUCGCAAACAGGAGCAGCUGACAAUGGUUCAGAAGAAAGGCUAUAAGGUUACAAUGACAGAACAGGCAACAGAGUCUCGCUUGUACCAGGUCAGCCUCCCAGGCCAAGACAGAGCUAGGACAGAUCAGAUGGUUUACACCAUCGGCACUGAAGAUCGGCAGAUAAUUCCCAGUGAGCAAGUCGGCUCCCUUAGAGAACUAGAUAUCUCUGCUGCCACUAUUCAUCGCGAGCAGCUGACCCACCAGGCAGCAGUGCUUCAGUCACAUGAGAUAGAGGAGAGGGUGUCUGUAGUUCCUACCCACCCACCUCAGGUUUCAGCUGUUCCUGCAAAACAGCUUCACAUGGCAGCAUUUACAUCAUCUGUCGAAGAGAGUCAGGACCUCACAGAGCAGCACUGUGAUCGCAUUCAAAGCCCUGAGGUCACUGAACUUCAGGCAGCUAGAGAAAAGAGGUCAAUGGUGAUGUCAGCUGUUGCUGAGGAGCUCACCCCACUUUCUACUGUUAGCACAGAGCCUCUGGCUGACCAGAAGUCUGCUACUAUCAGGCCCACUUCAGAACGUAAACAUCUAGUCAGUGGGCAUCAAGUAGAGUCACAACUGUCUAUCCUAAAAGAGCAGUCUCAGGAUAUCCCCAAACCACAGGAGGAGAAGGGUUACAAGGUUAAGGAAGGUGUUAAGAUCUUAUACUCAGCCCAGUCUGCAGAGAAACGGGUGCUUGCAGAGGGCCACACAACUGAACUAGCAACAGCAGAUUCUGCUGUGAAGUCUUCUGUUGGGAAAGAACAGCACCGGCCCUUCUUGACCUCAGUCAGCGAGUCUAAACAGACUCUUUCCAAGGAGACUAAGUUCUCCAUGCAGAGGCCUGCUGAGGAGACAGCCCAUCUCUGUAAGGAUAAAAUGAUGAAGGCAGCUCUAACUGCUGAAGAGAAGCAAAUAUUGCAGGCUGAGCCCACUCAGCAGUUGCCAAGUCUGGACAGUGCCAUGUCCAUUCAGUCACUGGUAGAAGGAGAGCAGUUGUUGCACCUGCAGGUUAUCACAGACCAGGACCUCCUUCCAUCUGAGAAGAGCUUUACCUGUGAGAAACCAGCACCAGAGCAGGCAGUGACCAGUAAGAGUCCCACUCUGCUGCACACUGUUAGCCAGGAUGAGCAGAGGACAGUAGUUUAUGAGGACACAUCAGAGUUUGAGUCCAAGGCUAGCACCAUGACUAUCCACCCCCAGAAAGAGGCCCAUACUCUGCUGCAUCUACAGUCAACCCAGCCUGUGGAGGCGCUACCCAAGGAGGCUAUUCUCAUAAUUGAGAAGCCUGACCAGCAGGUGGCAGCGCAGAAACAAGAAAAGACGAGGAGUCAUGCAGCAAUCUCGGAAGAAAGAAGGGAGCUCACAGCAGAUUAUCACACAGAGCUGGAUUUGUCUGUGACUGGCAUUCAGUCUCAACUUCGAACUGAGCCCAGGCCUCAAAACAUCCUCCAGCUCUCCUUCCAGCCAAUGCAGCUGCCAAAGGAGACGCCAGUUACCACAGACAUCAAGCAGCAGCGAGCUUUGGUGCAGAAGGAGGAUCGCUUGAAUCUUAUGCAUGUCACCAUUGUGGCAGACAGUCAGGCCUUAGAGGAGGGUCACACUGAGAGUCUUACAGCUGUGGAUAAAUUCACCUGCCAGAUGGCUGUAGAGCCAAAAGUUCCCACUGAGCCAAUCCAGAUUGAGGAGAAAGAGAUCUCCACUGAGAGUAGUGUCCUUCUAACGGCAGCAGAACAGGACUUUGCUGUUCAGAUCCAGGAGGGCCAGUCAGUCAGGCAGUCAAUAGUGAUGGAUGAGAAGCGAGUGCUGACAGGUGAGCUCUCUCAGGAGAUCACCAAAUCUGAGUCUACUAAAGUUGUUGUCACCACACAGCCGAAACUGUCACUUAUGGCAUCAGAAUCAAAAGACAGCACAGCUCUUCCCAAAGAGAUGACAUUUGUGAUUCAGAUCCCUAAACCAUCCAGUCUGAAUAUACGACGUCAGCUCAGAGACGCUCUUCAGUCUGCUGUGGCCAGCGACCAGCCAGUGUUACUGGCUGAUGUCGUAGGAAGGUUACAGGCUGUAGAAGUACAGGAAGUCAAGGUUCAAAGAGAGCCCAAGCGGGCCAUGUUUACAUACCUGAUUACAACAACAGGUGCUCCUAUGGAGAUCACUCUGGCUUUUGAGGGUAAAUACCCUCAGACAGCUGACCUCAGGACUGAACUCCAGGCAGCUUUCCACUCCAUAGUGUACCAGGAAGCCCAUGUUCUAACUUCAGAACAGCCGGGCACUAUGCAGCUAGACAAACCUCAAAGGGCACAGGUCACCUCGGCCCGCUCUAAGCAAAUGCUGUCAUCCAUGGUGGAGACAGUGAGCGUGGCAGAGAGUGCAGUGGAUUUCACUGUUGUUAAAUCUCAGGCUGCUGCACUCAAGACUGAGUCUAAAAUGGCAGUUGAAUGUGCUGCAGCUGAGCAGCAGGUUGUGGUGCAGGAAUCCAAGGCAACAAAGAUGGAACAGUCCAUCUCAUCCCAGAUCAAAAUUUCCACCGAGGCUCACAUGGCUUUUGAGCAGUCGGUGCAGGUGUCAAGUCAGGAGGUGAGGUCAGUAACGGUGAAAAGCCGAGAGAAAGAUGUAGGAGCAGCUUUUGUUACCACUGCCCUGCCCCCCAUCACUGUCCCCACAGAACAGGUGGUGGAUGUCAGCAUCCAGAAGGAGCACAGGGAGGAGAUCUUCAAAGAGGAGAUCACAGCAGUCAGGCCAGAACAGAGAGAAUAUCCUGUAAUAGUUACCUCCCUUGAAGACUUAUCCAUUGUGGAAGAGAGUAAAGUAACCUUUAGCACCACCAUUAAAUAUGUCACAAAGGUAAACUGGUUUUUCAAUGGGCAAUUGGUUAAAUCCGGCAAAGAGUUCAAGUGUUCCAAAGACCACGACACAUACACAUUGGUUAUCAACAAAGUUGUCAAGGAGAGACAUCAAGGAGAAUAUGUUUGUGAGGCUGAGAAUGAAGCCGGCAGGACUACAACAUCUUCAAGACUCACUGUGGUCUCAAGAGUGCCACCUGUCUUUAGGCAGAAAAUCACACCUCUGGAUAUAAACGUCGGCAGCCACGCCAAGUUCGAAUGUGAAAUCGAGGAUGCUCCAAGUGUGACCUUCAAAUGGUACAAGUCUGGCAUUGAGAUCAAACAAAGCGAGAAGUAUAGGAUCCUAAGCCGCCACACCACUUCCUCCCUGGAGCUCCUGAACCCGGUCAAAGCCGACAGCAGUGAAUACACCUGCAAGGCUUCAAACCAGCAUGGCACUGACAGCUGCACUGCCUCACUCAUUGUCACUGAAAUGUACCCGCCGGUAUUUGUAUCAAAACCAGACCCAAUGACUUUAUAUGUGGGCAAACAAGCUGUGUUCCAGUGCUCACUCACUGGAUCCUCACCCAUGGAAGUUGUCUGGCACAAGGACAACAUAGCCAUCUCCUCCGAAGGGAACUAUGUCAUGAAAUGUGAAAAGAACAAGUAUUCCCUUCACAUUAAAAGUCUUGAGCUGACUGACAAGGGAGUGUACCUGUGCAAGGCCUCCAACAGAGUUGGCACUGCUACCUUUACCACAGAGCUCAAUGUUAUCAACAAGCCCAGCUUUGUUAAGACCAUUGAGCCAGCGUCAGCUGCUGUCAAUGACCCGCUGAGGCUGGAGUGCCAGGUGGACGAGGACACUGGUGUGACCGUCACCUGGACCAGGGAUGGCAAAAAAGUCCACCAAAGCAUGGAGUGUAAACUGUCCUUUGAGGACAAGGUGGCUGUUGUUGAGAUACCCAAGUCUAAACUGAAGGACUCUGGGAAAUAUGUGUGCACAGCCACAAAUGAGGCUGGGAGCUCAUCCUGUGAGGCUGUGAUAACAGUUCAAGAACCCCCUGGUUUUGUAAAGAAAAUGGAACCUAAGAUUACAUGGAAACAAGGUAUAGCUGCACGCUUACAGUGUACUGUUAAAGGAUCGCCUGAACUUCGCAUCCACUGGUUCUGGAAUGAGAGAGAGCUUAGUGAUGGAGAAAAAUAUAAAAUCUCUUUCAAGAAUGGAGUUGCCACUUUGGAGAUAAUGAACCUUCUGGUCACAGACAGUGGGAGAUACACCUGUGAGGUGUCAAAUAAUGCUGGCAGUGAGAGCUGCAGCACCCUUAUAGCUGUUAAAGAGCCACCAUCCAUUAGAAAAGACCUGCAGACAGUAGAGGCGGUGAAGGGAUCAGCAGCUCAGCUGGAGUGCGAGAUCACAGGAACAGCUCCUUUUGAAAUCAGCUGGUUAAAAAAUAAGAAAGCCAUCACCAGUGAUCAGAAAUAUAAAAUAAUCUCCCAAGAGUCCUUGUCAAGGCUGGAGAUCCAGACCUUUGAAAGUGCAGAUGUUGGAGAUUAUCAGUGUAUCAUAUCCAAUGAUGUGGGGAAAGUCACCACUAAGGCCUUAGCUAAACUUAAAGAGCCACCAACUUUCUCAAAGAGGGUUGAGAGUGCUACAGCAGUGUUGGGAAAUACAGUGAAACUACAGGCAACCAUUAAGGGAUCAGCUCCCAUCACUGUUAAAUGGAUGAAGGACUCUGAAAUACUGAGAGAUGACGAUCCAAACAUCAAGAUUGUGUUUGAGAACAAUGUUGCUAGCUUGUCGAUAACAACAGUGGCCAUCAGCCAUGGCGGCAAGUAUUUGUGCCAAGCUGAGAAUGAGGCUGGCCAACAAAAAUGCGAAGCUACCUUGAUUGUGCAAGAACCUGCCAGAAUUGUAGAACCUGCAGAAUCCAUCAGUGUGACUGCAGGGGAUUCAGCCACAUUGGAGUGCACAAUUUCUGGAAGCCCAGACCUCAAAGUGAAGUGGUUUAAAGACGGGAAGGAGAUGAUCAGUGGCCGUAAAUAUAAGAUGACUCUGAAGGACAAUAUUGCCACCAUGAAGAUUCUUUCGGCAGAAAAAGGAGACACUUCAGAGUACAAGAUGGAGGUGUCGAAUAAAGUUGGGAAAGACCAGUGCACAUGCUCAGUAACUGUCUUAGAUCGGAUAAUGCCUCCAACUUUCACCAAGUCCUUGAAAAGAGUUGAUGGUAACAUUGAUAAUGACGUCUCCAUGGAUUGUAAGGUGUCUGGGUCCCAACCCAUGACCAUAGCUUGGUUCAAAGACGACCAGGAGAUCAUGUCUGGAUCCAAAUUCCAGCCUGAAUUCAAAGACAGCUCUGCUACACUGAGAAUUAUUCAGCUGGAGAAGGCUGACUCUGGAGUGUACAAAUGCAGAGCCACCAAUUCAGCCGGCUUUAAAGAAACCAGUGGCACGCUCUACGUCAAAGAGCCCCCAGUGUUCACAGUGAAACCAGACAACCAGGAAGUUAUACCAGGAACCACUGUUUCCUUCACAGGAGCCUUUACUGGAACAGCUCCUUUAGCUGUUAAGUGGUUCAGAGAGGAAAAAGAGAUUAUAACUGGAGGCACAUAUUUCAUAAAGAAAGAUGCCUCUUCAAGCUCUUUGGAGCUUCACUCUGUGAAACCCAGUGACUCCGCUAAAUACACCUGCCAAGUAUCCAAUGAUGCUGGGAAAGUGGAUUGCACCGCAGUCCUCUUUGUGAAAGAACCUCCUGUGUUUGUGAGGAAGCUUGAGGCUACCAAGCUCGUCACCAGCGGCGACUCCACCAGGCUGGAGUGCAAAGUGACGGGUAGCCCCGUCAUCAGUUUUAAGUGGUUCAAGGAUGAAAUGGAGAUCAGCUCCAGUCCUAAAUACACAAUGGCCUUGACUGACUUAGUGGCAUCUCUGGAAAUAGUCAACUGUACAGUAGAGGAUAGUGGCGAUUAUGUCUGUGUGGCAUCCAGUGAGGCUGGAAGUGACCGCUGCAGCAGUACAGUUACAGUCAAAGAGCCGCCAUUGUUUGUGCGUAGCUUGGAGCCCAAAGAUGUGGUGAAAGGUUCUGAGAUGAUGCUGGAGGGCCAAGUCUCUGGUUCCGCUCCUUUCGCUGUGUCAUUUUAUAAAAACACAAAGCUGAUUAGGAAUGACAAGAGACACAGGAUCACUGUGAAAGAUGACCUGAUAGCCCUGCAGGUGCUGGUAGUAGAGGCAGGAGAUGUCGGUUUGUACCAGUGCACUGUUGAGAAUGAAGUGGGGAGGGCCUCCUGUGAUUGUCAAGUAACACUAAAAGAACCACCAUCAUUUGUGCAAAAGCUGGAGAACCUCAGUUCCUUGGUGGGCAGCAAGGUUUCAUUGCAGUGCAUUCUGAAGGGCUCAGAGCCCAUGACUGUGUCUUGGAUGAAAGACAACCACGAGCUCAAAGAGGCUGAACACAUUCAGAUUACAUAUGAGAACAAGACUGCUCUGCUGCUCAUCACCAUCUUACAGGGCAAACAUGGUGGCAAAUACUCUUGCCAGGCACAGAAUCAGGCCGGGAGCCAGACGUGCUCUGCUGUGUUGACAGUCAAAGAACCAGCUAAGGUCACAGAGGAGGCCAAGUCUAUCAGUGUGACUCAGGGGGAUCCGGCCACGCUGGAGGCCAGAUUCUCAGGCACAAAACCGCUGAAGGCCAGAUGGCUAAAGGCUGGCAAGGAGCUGACCUCAGGCCAGAGAUAUAAAGUACAUGGCACAGACACCAGCUCUGUGCUCAAGAUUAUUAAAACUGAGAAAAGUGACGGUGGUGAAUACACCUUUGAGGUUUCAAAUGAUGUUGGCCAAAGUUCUUGCGAGGCCACACUCACCAUUCUUGAUCAAAUAAUUCCACCAUCUUUUACAAGAAAACUGAAGCAGACGGAAGGUAUCAAAGGAUCGUUUGCUCAUCUGGAGUGUCUUGUAUCUGGCUCCCUGCCGAUAACCAUACAGUGGUACAAAGAUGAGAAAGAGAUCCAGACUGAUGAGAAACACAAGUGCACUUUCUUUGAGAGUGUUGCUUUUCUGGAAAUCUCUAAUCUUGACAGUAAAGAUAGUGGCAGCUACACCUGCAUCGCUAAAAACAAAGCGGGAACCGUCCAGUGCUCUGGGAUCUUGUUUGUCAAAGAACCACCAUGCAUUCUUGAAAAGCCUGAAUCCAUGAAUGUUUUGCCUGGCUCAAAAGUCCAGUUUAACAUACUGGUCUCUGGCACACCGCCACUGACCACCAAAUGGUUUAAAAACAAGAAAGAGAUUUUAUCCAGUGCCGACUGCUCUGUGAUCAAAGACAACACCUCAAGCUCACUGGAGCUUUUCUUUGCCAAAACCUCAGAUUCUGGCGACUAUGUCUGUGAAAUACAGAAUGAUGUCGGCUCCACUUCAUGCCAGACAACACUCUUUGUCAAAGAGCCUCCUAAGUUCACACGGACUCCGGACCGUGUGUCCGUGGUCCGUCCUGGUCAGAGUAAAGUGUUUGAGUGCCAGGUGACCGGCACACCUGAGAUAGACAUCUGCUGGUUCAGGGAGGGCUCUGAGAUCAGCCCCAGUGAUCGGUACAAGAUGGUCUUUGUUAACUCUGUGGCCACUCUGGAAGUCUGUGGGGCUGACACCAAAGACAGUGGGCUUUACUACUGCGAGGCUCGCAAUGAGGCUGGCAGUGAGAGCUGCAGCAUGGAGCUCAAGGUCAAAGAACCGCCAUCAUUUAUUAGAGAACUGGCUCCAGUUGAUGUUGUGAAGGGCUCCAGUACCUCUUUUGAGUGUCAGGUUGCUGGGACUGGUCCAUUUGAAAUAACGUGGCACAAAGAUGCAAAGGAGAUCAAACCCAGUGCUAAACAUGGCUUCUCCCAGAUGAAUGACACUGUAGGUCUAGAGGUGCACAAAUGUGACACUGUAGAUGUCGGUGAAUACCAAUGUACUGUUGCUAACGAGGUGGGAAGCUGUACUUGUAAAAUUACGCUUAACCUCAAAGAACCACCAACAUUUACCAAGAGGAUUGAGAACACUGCCACUGUUCUGGGUAAAAUGGCAGAGUUUCAGUGUAUUGUGGAGGGUUCUCCCACUCUCUCUUUACAAUGGCAAAAAGAUGAGAACUGGAUUUUGGAGGAUCCAAAGAUUGAGAGAACAUUUGAGAACAAUGUAGCCACUCUCAGGAUUCCUGCUUGUGAGGCAACACACAGUGGGAAAUACACUUGCCAGGUGGUAAAUGAGGCUGGGCAGGAUAAGUGCUUUGCCAUCCUCACAGUGCAAGAGCCUCCUCAGAUCACAGAAAAACCUGAGGUGAUAAAAGUUACAGUUGGAGAUCCAGUCAGUCUGGACUGUAAGGUAACGGGCUCCCCUGAGCUCAAAGUGAAAUGGAUGAAAGAUGGCAGGGAGCUUCAGUCCAUCAGGCAGCACAAGCUGAUCUUUGAGAACAACAUCAGCAGCCUGAAGAUUCAGUCCGCUCAGAGAGAGGACGAAGGAGAGUAUGUAUUUGAGGUGGCAAACCACAUCAGUAGCUGCACCUGCAAAGUCAAAGUGAUCAUACUAGAACAAGUAAUUGCCCCAAGCUUCAUCAAAUCCUUGGUAGACAUGCAAGAGAUAUUGGGCUCCUUUGUUCAGAUAUGUUGCAAAAUAUCCGGUUCCCUGCCCAUCUCUGUGGAAUGGCAGAAAGACGGGACCAAAAUCUCUAGUGGUGUAAAACACAAACUCAUUCAGCAGGACAAUUCUGUGUCCAUCGAAAUCGAACAGCUAGAGAGAUCUGACGCAGGAUCCUACUGUUGCAAACUGACCAAUGCAGCAGGAAGUUGUGAAUGCAGUGGAUCCCUCAUGGUUAAAGAACCUCCCAGCUUUGUGACGCUGCCUGAGUCCCAGGCGGCUCUACCCAAUGCCACUGUACGCUUCAAAGGCACAUUUAAGGGAACGCCUCCCUUUAUGGUCAAAUGGUUCAAGGACGACACAGAGCUCAUGACUGGGCCCACUUGUUUCACCGGGCUGGAUGGGCUUUCUUGCUUCUUAGAGCUCUAUUCAGUGGGUGUCACCCAGAGUGGUGUCUACUCUUGCCAAGUCAGCAACGAUGCUGGUUCUGUACGCUGUAGUGCAGACUUGACAGUCAAAGAACCACCUGAAAUUGUCCUGAAACUCCCUGCUACUAAGUUUGUGAAGCAGGGUGAGUCACUCCGCCUGGAGUGCAAAGUCAAUGGCACAGCCCCUCUGAAAGUGACCUGGUACAAACACGACACCAAGGUCACGGACGGGGGCAACUACAGGACAUCAUUUGUUGACUCGGUAGCAGUCCUGGAACUGCUCUCCGCCAGCUUUGAUGAUGAUGGAGUUUACACCUGUGAAGCUCAGAAUGAUGCUGGCAGUGUCAGCUGCAGCACCACACUUUCCGUUAAAGACGCCCCAUCUUUUGUCAAAGUACCUCAGCCCAUUGAAGGGCUGAAGGGUAAGGACGUGAGUCUGUACUGCGAGAUGAGCGGUACAGCUCCGUUCCAGAUCACUUGGUUCAAAGACAGGAAACCGCUGAUGGAGAGCAGGAAGUAUAAGAUGGUGAGCGAGGGCAGCUCAGCUACGCUGCAUGUCAUUGGGAUAGAGCCCUCGGAUGCCGGCGAAUACGAGUGCAAAGUAUCAAACAGUGUAGGAAGUGACACCUGCCAGACGUCAAUUAAACUCAGAGAGCCGCCGUCGUUUGUGAAGAAACUGUCUAACAUGACAGUAAUACUGGGAGAGGAGGUGACCCUUGUGGCCACUGUUAAAGGUUCUGAACCCAUUACUGUGUCCUGGGUUCAAGACAAGGAUCACAUUCUCAGGGACGGUGACAACAGGAAAAUCACCUUUGAGAACAACCAGGUCGCUCUUAAAGUCUUUAAGGCUGAUGCAACCACGGCAGGCAAAUACACCUGCGAACUCAGAAAUGAUGCUGGGAGUGUCGAGUGUUUCGCUAACUUGACUGUUCUAGAACCUGCGAAGAUAGUGGAUAAGCCUGAUGCUCUGAGUGUGACAGCAGGCGAUAUUGCUGCCCUCGAGGUCAAAGUGUGUGGAACCCCAGAGCUCACACCUAAGUGGUUCAAGGAUGGUGUUGAGCUGGCCUCCGGGAGGAAAUACAAAAUCUCAUUUUCUCGGAUGAUUUCCAGCCUGAACGUGCUGUCUGCUGAGAAAAUGGACUCUGGAGAAUAUACAUUUGAGGUUAUGAACGAGGUCGGGAAGGACCUGAGUAAAAUCAAUCUCACUGUCUUAGAUAAGAUCAUACCUGCAACAUUCUCCAGGAAGUUGAAGGAUUGCAACACAGUUGUUGGAAAAGCUGGAGAGAUGGAGUGCAAAGUGUCGGGCUCCCCACCUUUUACCAUCUCAUGGUACCACGAUGGGGAGGAGAUACAGAGCGGACCAAAUUAUGAGAUUUCAUUCAGCGACAAUAGCUGCACACUCAAAGUGCCCACACUGAAGCUGUCCGACUCUGGAGUGUAUAAAUGUAAAGCUGUCAACAAGGCAGGAUCCAGUGAAACCACGGCCUCCUUGAUUGUAAAAGAACCUCCAUCUUUCGUGGUGCCACCACAGCCGGUGGAAGCCAUGCCAGGCUCUAACGUGACUAUCUCAGCCAUGGUGAAAGGCAGCGCCCCCCUCAAACUGAAGUGGUUCAGAGGAACAAAGGAGAUCCUGGCCGGACGGGGCUGUGAUUUCUCCCUGAAGGAUAACCAAGUUAUUUUGGAGCUUUUUAACGUGGACAGAUCUCAUGCUGGAGAGUACACCUGUCAGAUCAUUAAUGACGCAGGAAAGGAAAGCUGCCCAGUUAAUCUCUCUGUCAAAGAGCCGGCAGCCUUCUCUAAGAAGCUGAAGGACGUGUCAGUUGAAAAGGGCAAACCAUUAACGCUGGAGUGUACGUACACUGGAACUCCUAAAAUCACAGUGAACUGGUACAAAGACGGCCAGCAGAUCUUUGCUUCUUACAAAUACAACAUCACCACGACCGAAAGCUCCUGCAUCCUUGAGUGUCUCAGCACUGACGACAAGGAGGCCGCAGGAAAAUACUCCUGCGAAGUCUCCAACGACGCCGGAAAGGACACGUGUGAAGCACAUGUGUCCAUCCUUGAGCCGCCGUACUUCAUCGAGUCCCUGGAGCCCAUGGAGGUGACGUCAGGAGACGCCGUGUGUCUGAAGUGUCAGGUGGCGGGCACACCUGAGAUCAAGGUGUCCUGGUUCAAGGCCGACGGCAAAGUCAGGUCCAGCCCCACCUGCAGGUUAGAGUACUCGAAGGGUGUCGCCUGUCUGAAGCUCAGCAAAGCCACCAAGGCAGACAUCGGAGAGUACACCUGCAAGGCGGAGAACAGGAUAGGCUCCGCCUCCUCCACCUGCAGACUCACUGUGCUAGAGGCCAAAACGCCGCCGUCCUUCCCCAAGAAAAUCACCAGCCUGCAGCAGACGGAGGGUCAGCCGGUCAGGUUCGAGUGCCGCGUCGCCGGCUCGUCGCCCAUCGACGUGUCGUGGCUGAAAGACGGCGAGCCUCUGCGUCAGGGAGACGAGUUCUCCAUGCUGUACGACGACAACACGGCCGUGCUGCAGAUCGGCCGCGGCGAGAUGAGGCACUCUGGGGAGUACACCUGCGUGGCCACCAACAGCGUGGGCUCGGCCUCCUGCAGAGCCAAGCUCACUCUGCAAGAACCACGAUACCCUCCGGUCUUUGACAGGAAGUUGUCGCCACAGGAGGUGACGGUGGGUGACAGCAUUGAGCUGGAGUGUCACAUGACCGGCUCUGCCCCCAUUAAAGUCACAUGGUCCAAAGACCAUAAAGAUAUUCGCACCGGGGGGAAUUAUAAGAUCAGCUGUGUGGAUGACACGCCCCACCUGACCAUUCUGAAGGCAGAUAAGGCCGACACGGGGAGGUACUUCUGCCAUGCCUCUAACGACAUGGGCAAGGACUCUUGUUCCUCUGAUAUCACAGUCAAAGAGCGUAAAAACCCUCCGGUGUUCACCAAAAAGCCCUCGGAGAACAUGGAGGACACGGAGGGCAAACUGGUGAAGAUCGAGGGCCGAGUCUCUGGCUCGCAGCCCAUGUCUGUCAGCUGGUUCAAAGACAGCGCAGAGAUCCACAGCUCCGACAAAUACGACAUCAGCUUUAAGAGUAACGUGGCCGUGCUGUGCAUUAAGAGCAGUCGGGUGACGGACAGCGGCAGGUACUCCUGCCAGGCCUCCAACGAAGCUGGAAGAGCCUCCUGCGACGUCACUGUGGGCAUCUCAGAGGCCAAGAAGCCUCCGGUGUUCGACGUCCCUCUCAAACCGGUGACUGUGGACGAGGGCGAGAAGCUGAGUCUCAGGUGUCACGUCUGCGGGUCUCCUCCUCUGAAGAUCCAGUGGAUGAAGGACAGGAAGGACCUGACGUCCACCGGGAGCACUAGGAUCAGCUUCUCUGACGGGACGGCCUGUCUGGAGAUCAGCCCGGCCUCCAGGCACGACGCCGGCGAUUACCUCUGCAAGGCCACCAACGACGCCGGCAGCGAGUUCUGCAAGGCCAAAGUCAGCGUCAGAGAGAAACCAGGAGCAGCUCCGGCUCCUGCUGAGGCUCCAGCAGCCGCUCCGACCAAAAAACUGGAAAACCUGUUCUUCAUCGAGGAGCCCAAAACUGCACACGCCACUGAGAAGGGCAUCGCCACCUUCAUCGCCAAAGUGGGCGGAGACCCCAUCCCCAGCGUGAAGUGGAUGAAGGGGAAGUGGAGGCAGAUCACGCACGGCGGCCGGAUCUCCAUCGAGCAGAAAGGCCAGGAGGCCAAACUGGAGAUCAGAGAGGUGACCAAGUCGGACUCGGGUCAGUACAGGUGUGUCGCCUCCAACAAGCACGGAGAGAUCGAGAGCAGCGCCGACAUGCACGUGGACGAAAAGAAAGAGGCGGCGGUGCUCGAGGGAGACCUCCGCGCCAAACUGAAGAAGACGCCAUCGAAGCAGAAGAGUCCACAGGAGGAGAAGGACAUCGACAUUGUUGAGCUUCUGAGGAACGUGGACCCCAAAGAGUACGAGAAGUACGCCCGAAUGUACGGAAUCACAGACUACCGAGGCCUGCUGCAGGCCAUCGAGCAGCUGAAGAAGGAGAAAGCUGAAGAAAGUGGAAGACCGGAACUGGAACGUGGAGACAGAGAGUCCGAUGAGGACAUGGCCCGGCUGGUGGCCGACCUGCAGAAGAGGAUGGAGCGGACAGAGCCUGUCACCGUGGUGAAGGACAUCUCCGAUCAGUCCGUCUUCACCAAUAAGGUGGCGGUGUUUGAGUGCGAGAUCAAGAUCAACUACCCAGAGAUCACCCUGUCCUGGUACAAGGGCACCCAGAAACUGGACACCAACGACAAGUACGACAUCAGCAUCAGUGGCGACCGCCACCUGCUCAAGAUCAAGAAGUGCCAGUCGUCUGACCAAGGCAACUACCGGGUUGUCUGUGGGCCGCACAUCUCCAGCGCCAAGCUCACCGUCAUGGAAGCGGAGGUUGAGAAGCAUCUGCAGGACACAUCUGGUAAGGAAGGCCAGUCGUGUACUCUGUUAUGUCAGUUGUCCAUCCCUAACGUAGAGGCUCAGUGGUUUAAAAAUGGCAAGCAGUUAGAGAUGAAGGGCAGGUACACAUCCGAGGUGAAACACAAGGUUCAGAAGCUUCUGAUCAGAGACCUGAAGCCUGAAGACCAGGGCAGAUACACCUGCAGGUACCAGCACCUGGAGUCCUCGGCCGACCUGUGGGUAGAAGCUGAACAAAUUCAUUUCACCAAACGCAUCCACAACAUCGAAGUCAACGAGCGCCAGUCGGCCACCUUUGAGUGUGAGGUGUCCUUCGACAACGCUAUCGUUUCAUGGUACAAAGACACCUGGGAACUGAGAGAGAGCCCUAAGUACAACUUCAGAAGCGAGGGCCGAAGACAUUUCAUGGUCAUCCAAAAUGUGGCCAUUGAAGACGAAGGCGUGUACUCAGUGAUUGUGAGGUUGGAGCCCAGAGGAGAGGCUAAGAGCACAGCUGAGCUUUAUUUGUCUGGCAAAGAAAUUGAAUUAGCAAUGGUGCCCUUCGAUGUCCCAGACUCCUCAGUUCAGAGGCCUGACGUGCCUUCAUCAGUGGCAAUUCAAGAAUCUGCUGAAUUCUAUCAUUACGAAGAAGAGAUUGAACAUAGAGAAUCAGCUGAAUAUUCAUAUCACUAUGAAGAAGAGGUGGAGGUUGAGCAGCAAGUCGAGUAUCAGAGCUGGACAGAAGAGACGGUAACACAGCAGGUGUCCACAACCAAAGCUGCCAGAGUUCCCAUUGAGGAGACAGUGGAGACCAAGAAAGUUGAAAUGAGAUCGGAAAUCCCAACUAAAGUUCCCAAAGCUGAGAAAAAGCCUGAAGAGAAGCCAACACCAGCUGUGAAGGAGCCAUCACCACCAAAAGUAACAGAAGCCAAAAAGCCAGUGGAGGAAAGGAUUCCUGUAAUUUCAGUCCCAGAGAAGAAGGAAGUCCCUGCUCCCAAAGAACCAGAGGAGGUUAAGAAGCCUGCUGCUGCUCCCUCGCUGCCUGCCGAGAAGCCUGGAGUGCCAAAGAAAGAUGAGCCCAAGCCUCAGGUACCAGCUGAGCCCAAAAAAGUGGCACCUGCAGCUAAGCCUGAACCUGAACACAAGCCCAAAGCGAAAGCAGAACCUGAACCAAAGCCUAAGCCCACACCGGCUCCCAAAGCAGAACCUGAAGCCAAAUAUGCGGUGAAGGUCGAGCCGGAGCCUGAAGCUAAGCCGACACUGGUAAAGAAGCCGGCGACACCACCAUCCAAAGUCCCCGAAGAGGCUACAAAACCAGAGCUGGCAAAGAUCAAGCCUGAACCGGCAGUAAAAAAGCCAGAACCAGAAGCCCGAAAACCAAAACCAGAACCAGAAAAACCAAAACCAGAAGUCCGUAAACCUGAGCCAAAACCUGCCGUUGCCAAGCCAGAACCUCCAGUUCCAAAACCAGAACCUGCGGUGGUCCCCAAACCUGAACCGGCAGUGAAAAAAGCUGAAGUGACAGUGCCAAAACCAGAACCUCCAAAGACCAAACCAGAACUGAUGCUGACACCAAAGGAACCUCUCAAGAAAGUUCCUGUGGAAGAAAAAAUACCCGAGCCUCCAAAAGCAGCCAAGAAAACAGAACCUGUUGUCGUUCCUCCCAAAGAAGAGCCAACAAAGAAAGAGAAAGCUGUGAAGCCCAAACCUAAACUCGUAUCUGAAGAGGUGCCUGAAAAAGUACUUCAGAAGGUGUUUGAUGAGGUAGUUGUGUUGGAGACUGAACCUGAGAGGCUGUCUGAUAAAAUACCUGAAGCAGUACCUGAGAGACAGCCUCCUGUGAAAGCCAAGUUGAAGGAAAAGAUCCCUGAGAGGGUCCCCGAGAAGGUACUAGUACCUGAGAGAAAGGUGGAGGAAAUUCCAAAGAUGGUGCCAGAAAAAGUACCUGAAAAGGUUCCAGAAAAAACACCUGAGGAAAAAGUGCCAGAGAAGGCUCCUCCUGAGAGGAAGCCUGUAAAAGUUCCUCAGAAGGUGGCUGAAGAAGAGAGGACUCCUGAAAAGAAACCACCUGCAGAGCUUCCUGUAAAGGCUGAGGAAGUAAAACCAGAAAGGGUGUCUAAGAAACAAACAGAGAGGAUCUCUGUAGAUAAAACAGUUCCUACAAAGACCCCCGAUAAAACACCUGAGAAGGUGCCUGAAGCUAAACCUAAACAAGAUGUAGAAGAAACUCUUCCUAAAGAAAUAGAAACUAAGAAGAUUGAGAAGAUUCUGCCCACAGAGGUUGAACACGAGAAAAAAGUCUCUCCUCCAGAAAAAGCAACUACAAGUCUUGUCAAGAUCGAGCGAAGGAAAGGAGCUCAGAAGAUACAGGAAGUUUAUUAUGUGACAGAGAAAGUUUCCCCCACAGAGGAGGUGUGGGAACAAGAAGCGGUGGUGGAAGAACAUGCCAAAGUGUUGUACGAGGACGAAGUGGCUCCUCUAGGCGAGACAAUAGUGUCGUUAUCAGAAGUAGAUGUCUUAAGUACAACAGAAAAGGCGAGCCAAAGAGAUAAAAAAUCUGAAUUGAGAGGUGAGAUAUCUUUUACUGACACAUCAAAGAGGAAAGAAAGCAGGUUGACUAAACACAGAGUCGUCCCAAAAACACAAGAAACCAUUGUUGUAGUCCAGGAAUCUGAAUCUGACAAAGACUGGGAGGUCACAACCCUGCAACCUACAGAAGAAAAAAUUGAAGAGGAGUUUUUUAUCAGGACGAUCCAGUCGCCAACAGAAGAAAUCACAGAUGAGAGGAGAGACAGCAUGUCAGUCAGACACCUGGCAGACAAGAAAGAAGUUUCUAAACAAGAAACUAGUGUUGCAGUCAAAAAGGGAAGAGAAAUAACCAUUAAAACAGAAAGCAAAGACAGACAAGUGAGAGAACAGGUAGUGAGAAAAACUGAGGAAACUACUACAGUCAAAGAAAUAGAGUUAGUAAAAGAUAUCUCACUGGUGACAGACGCAGAUAAAACCAAACCUUUUCCAAUUAGUAUCAGCAGAGAAACAAGAAAACAAACUGAAAAGCUGGAAAUUGAAGGAAUGGCUUUGACAGAGGUCACCUACGACGAAUCAGUUGAUCAUGACGUCAAGAUAAUAUCAGCUGUUCCGGAAGAAAAAUACAGUAGAACUGAGGAGAUUACAGAAAUUACAAUCGAGCCUAAAGAAGUCAUAGUUAAAGACAAACCAACAAAUGGUAUCCCUGUUCAAGUAAAAAUGGUAGACAAGGAAACAAGUAGAAAGGAGGAAACUCAAAUUAAACUACCAGUCAUAUCCGACUCCAAAAAAGAUGAAACUUGUGCACUAGAAAAAGUGUCCGUAAAGAAACAUGAGCCAGCUGUAGUAAAACAAGAGAAGAAGUUAAAAUCUGAUGAGACAAUUGAUACAAAAAGGGAGAAAGUUGCUGAAAAAACUAAACCUAAAGCAGAGGUGACCCCCAAGGUAAAACCAAAAGAGUCAGUAACAGAUAUCGAGCUCAAAAAGCCAAAAGUGAUCGGACAGGAGACUGAGUUUGAGUCAGUCGCUGCAAAAACCAAAGCAGAAUACAAGAAAACAGAGGAAUCCAAAGACGCCCCUCCUCAGAGAGGCGAUUCUGAAAAGGAAAAAGAAGACACAAGUCCUUUAAUCAAGGAUACGGUUAAGACAAAACCUUCAGUCCCUUCAAAACCAGAGGAGAAGAAAAGGAUUUUCCCACAAACAGCUUCCAGAGAAACAGAAGCCAAGGCCGAGACGAUUCCCGCAAUCAUUCCUGAUGCUUUGUCUCCUGAAACACAAGUCGAGAUAAAAGGAAAAAGACCAGUUCCUGUGAAGGAGAAGGAGUUCCCACCACAAGUCAAAGAAGCACUGGUAAAGCCAACUGCUCCUCAAGAAGAGAGUAAACCGCAGGCUGCUGUAAAAGUUCAAGAAGCUGCCAAAAGGCCCGAAGUCACUGACAAAACCAAGAAGUUGGAGAAAAGAAUUACUCCACAAGAAGAAACAAAGCCAGUGACCAAGCCACAGCCUGUGAAGAAGGCUGAAGAACCAACAAAGACGGUUGCGGAAGAAGAAAAAACAAUCGUGGUAGAAAAGAUAGCUCCUGAGACAGAUGAAACCAAAGGACCCGUCCAAACACCAGGAGGAGUCAAGAAAGAAAUGGUUCUGCACAAAAAAGGUACAGUUCAGUCAGAAGAGGAUGUAACGUUUGAGAUUCCCACUUUGAGGAAAACAACCAGGGUCAUGAAGGAAGUGGAAGAGGAGCAGGAGAUUAUCAAACUGAAGAAGAUUCCAUCAGUUCUACCUGAAGAAGCUGAAGAAGAGGAAAAGCCUCAGAAGGUCACCAAGACCACUGUCUAUGAUGUUGAGGAGAUGGUGCAUAAAGAAGAGGCUGUUGAGAUGUCAGUCGCCACCAGGAGACGUGUGGAGGAGAAGAAACCUCGAGACAAAGCAGAUGUGGUAAAAAAGCCAGAAAUUAUGAAGCCUAGAGAAGAGGAACAGAAAGAAGUUCCUAAAGAUGCAUGGACCCGCCAGAAACCCAUCCCAAAAGAUGAGAAACCAGGAGAUAAGAUUUCUUUGAAGAGAACUCCCAAGGCACCAAAGGAAGAGGAACCUACCCCACCUAGUGCAGCCUUGAAGAAAGUGAAACAAUUGCCUUCAGAUGAAGUGGAACCAGAAGUAGUCAAACUCAAACCAUUUGAAAAGCCUGUUAAACCAGCUGAGGAGCAAGAGAAAGAUAAGAAGGAGAGGCCAGACAGGGACAGUGUGCCUUUCCAGAUUGGAGAGAGGAUUCCCAGAGAGGUGGAAACCAAAGAACCUCCUAAGAAACCUGAGAAAGCUCCUCCAGAGGUAAAGGAGCCAGCAACCAAGGUGCCAAAGCCAGUAGAUAAAAAGAAAACUCCAGAGAAAGAGCCUGAGGAGGUCAAAGCGCCCACCAAGGUGAAGAAAAUCCCAACACAGGAACAAGAGAUAGAAAGCAUCAAGCUGAAGCCCUUCUCCAGGCCUUCCAAAGAGGCUACAGAGCCUGAGAAGAAACUUGCAGAGGACAAAGAGAGGAAGCCAACUGAUGACCUGCGCCGUCAUCGCACGAGUCCAGAUGAAAAACCAAAAGAACGAGAGCCAGAGGCUAGACCGAAGGAACCUGAGAUCCCAGAAGCUCCAGAGAAGAAGCCGGAGAAGCCGAAGAAGGUAGAGGCAAUUCCAGCAGAGAAGACGGUGUCUCCGGUGCCAGCUUCUAUUAAAAAACCUGAAAAGGUUCCUGAGGAGCCCAAGCCUCUGCAGCUGAAGAAGGGAGUCACACCCAAGGUGAAAGAGGAGAAGGAAGAAGUGGCUCUGAAGCCUGUGGAGCAGCUCAAGAAGGUUGAGCUGAAAAAGACACCAUCUCCUAAAGUUGAGAAGCUUAAAGAAGCAGAGACAAUCCCUGUUGAGAAGAGGCCAAGUGUUGAUAAACUCAAAAAGAUUCCUAAAACUGUUUCACCAAAAGACUCUAUUGAAGCUGUGACUCUCAAAAAGGUCCCAAAAAAGCCAUCACCAGAGGAGGAGAAGGCUGCAGAACCAGCAAAGCCUGGUAAAGGGAAGGUUCCUCUUGUGAAGGAGGUCUCUCCUGGAGCUGUGCAGAUGAAGAAGGUCGCCACGCAGCCAGAGGAGGAGAUAUUUGAAGAGGAGUUUGAAGCCGAGGAAGAGGUGGAGCAGGAGGAAGAAGAAGCCUGGGGCUGGGAGCUGGUUCCCCGGGAGAGUUACGGUUCCGAAGACUGGGAAGGUGAAGGAGAGGAAGGUGCUCUGGAGGUACCAGGGGUGACUAGGAGAGAGGGACAACCAGCAGAAGAAGCAGGAAGAGGUAGAGGUAGAGGGCUGAAACCCAAGCAGACCCCGUCCCCUGGAGAAGGCAGGGGCCGCGGCCUAAAACCUGGUGGAAAAGGCCCCUCGCCACCGGAGGAACCCUUUGCAGGAUUCAAGCUCAAAGCUGUCCCUCUGAAGUUCAUCAAGAAGCUUAAGGACAUUGUGUUGCAGGAAGCCGAGUCUAUUGGCUCGUCUGCUGUGUUUGAGUGUGAGAUCUCGCCUUCUACUGCCAUCACUUCAUGGAUGAAAGAUGGCAGUAACCUACGCGAGAGUCCCAAGCACAAGUUCACUUCUGACGGCAAAGAUCGCAAGUUGAACAUUAUUGAUGUCCAGCUGUCUGACACUGGUGAAUACACCUGUGUAGCCAAGAACGCUGGCAAGGAAAUAUCAUGCACAGCCAAGCUCAUUGUUGAAGAGCUGCCUGUGAAAUGGAUCAAAGAGCUGGAGGAGGAGACUUCAGCUCUGAAGGGUCAGCCUUUGUAUAUAACCUGUGAGUUGAACAAAGAGAGAGAUGUGAUAUGGAAGAAGAAUGGUGAGGACCUGAAGAAACAGGCAGGCAAGGUUCAGAUCAAUAUCAUUGGUAUGCAGCACGCUGUGACCAUCCAGAACACCACUGAUGAGGACACUGGUUCCUACUCAUGUGAAGUGGCUGGCCAGGAGGAUGUCAAGACUAUAACAAAUGUCAAAGUGAUUGAAAUCAUUAAAGAUUGGAUUGUGAAACCACUGAGGGACCAGCAUGUGAAACCAAAGGCUACCGCUACAUUUAAAUGCGAGCUCUUCAAGGACACUCCCAACUGGAAGUGGCUCAAAGGAGAGAAUGAGAUCACUCCUUCUGACAAGGUUGAGAUCAAGAAGGAUGGAAAGGAGCUGACACUCACCAUCAAGAACUGUCAGCCUGAUGACGUAGCAGAAUAUGUCAUGGAGGUGGAAGGACGCAUCUACACUGCCAAGUUAACACUAGGAGAGCGGGAGGCCGAGAUCCUGAAGCCCCUGGCCAGCGUUGAGGUGGUUGAGAAGGAAGAUGCCAUGUUUGAGACAGAGAUCUCUGAGGAGGAUGUUCCAGGGGAAUGGAAGCUCAAAGGAGAGGUUUUGACCAGAUCCCCGACAUGUGACAUCCAAAUGGAGGGUGCAGUCCGUAAGCUCAGGCUGAAAAAUUGCCAAUUGGAUCAGGCCGGAGAAGUGUCUUACCAGGCUCUGAACGCUAUAACCAGUGCAAUGCUCAAUGUCAAAGAAAUCGAAAUGGACUUUGUUGUCCCGCUGAAGGACAUUUCUGUGCCUGAAAAGAAACAGGCUAAGUUUGAAUGCACCAUCACGAAGGAUGUCUCUAAGGUCAUGUGGUAUAAAGGGGCUGACAUCAUCACCCCAGACCAAAAGUAUGACAUUAUCGAUGAUGGAAAGAAGCAUAUGCUGAUUAUAAACUGCUGUGAGUUUGAUGAUGAGGACGAAUAUACAAUUGAGGUUUUGGGCAAAACUUCAACAGCUAGACUCACAGUGGAGGGUAUCAGGCUCAAAUUUAUCUCGCCAAUAAAGGACCAAACUGUGAAGGAAGGCAACACGGCUUGGUUCGAGCUGGAGCUCUCACAUGAGAACAUCCCUGUCACCUGGUACAAGAACGACGUUAAAAUUCAUCCGAGCAGAACAGUGGUCACUCAUGUAGACGGAAAGAAAUAUGUGCUAGAAAUAAAGGAAGUGACUCUCGAUGAUACUUGCCAAAUUAAGGCUGAGGCCAAAGGAAUUCCUUCCAUGGCCAACCUGACGGUCAUAGAGGGAGAUGCAUACUUCACAGUUAAGCUGCAGGACUAUACUGCAGUGGAGAAAGACGAGGUGGUUCUAGAUUGCGAGCUCAGCAAAGACGUCGAUGUUUUGUGGUACCACGAUGGGGCCGAGAUCAAGACCUCUAAGACGGUGGCCAUUAAGGCCGAGGGCAAACGCAGAACCCUCAUCAUCAAGAAAGUUGGCGACAAAGACAAAGGACAGUAUGUAUGUGAUUGUGGAACAGACAAAACGACAGCAACGCUUCACAUUGAAGCUCGCCACAUCAAGGUGGUUCGGCCAAUGUAUGGCGCUGAGGUGUUUGACGGAGAGACCGCUCGAUUUGAGGUCGAGCUCAGUGAGGACGAUGUCCAUGGCCAGUGGAAACUGAACGGAGAAGUCCUCAGUCCAUCCGCUGACGUUGAGAUCGUGGAGGACGGUGCCAAACACACUCUGGUCUUAUACAACUGCAAAGUUCCUCAAACAGGCGAGGUGGCGUUUACCGCCGCCAACGCCAAGUGUUCUGCUAACCUGAAAGUGAAGGAGCUCCCAGUCUCAUUCAUUACACCACUGGCUGACCUGCACGUGUAUGAAAAGGAUGAGGCAAGGUUUGAGCUGGAAAUUUCUAGAGAGCCCAAAAGCUUCCGUUGGCUGAAGGGAUCUCAGGAGUUGUCAAACGAUGAUAAGUUUGAACUCCUGGUGGAGGGAAAGAGACACACUCUUAUAGUAAAAUCUGCCAGAUACGAAGAUGAAGCCAAAUACAUGUUUGAGGCUGAAGAUAAAAGGACAUCUGGAAAAUUGAUUAUCAAAGGUAUUCGCCUCGAAUUUAUCAAGCCGAUUAAAGAUGUGACUGUGAAGGAACGUGAAACCGCAGAGUUCAGCGUUGAACUCUCUCAUGAAAAGAUCCCAGUGGUCUGGUACAAAAACGACAUCCGUCUGCACCCCAGCAAGGUGGUGCACAUGUCGGAAGAUGGAAAAGUCCACAUGCUGGCCUUCAAGGAGGUCACCAUCGACGACACCUCCAUGAUCAAAGUGGAGGCCAUGGGCAAGACCUCAGAGGCCAUGCUCACCGUGCUCGAGGGCGACCUGUACUUCACCGUCAAGCUCCAGAACUACACCGCCGUCGAGAAGGACGAGGUGAUUUUGUCCUGCGAGCUGAGCAAGGCUGCUGCCGAGGUCAAAUGGUUUAAAGACGGUAACGAAAUCUUUCCCUCCAAGAACAUUCUCUUCCAAUCAGACGGCAAGAAGCGAAUGCUGGUCAUCAAGAAGGCGGCAAAGAGCAACAUGGGAGCUUACACCUGCGACUGUGGCACUGACAAAACCACAGCCGACCUGAACAUCGAAGAGCGCGACAUCAAGGUUGUUCGCCCGCUGUACAGCGUGGAGGUCACAGAGACCGAGGUGGCCAAGUUUGAGACGGAGAUUUCGGAGGAGGACCUUCACGCCACCUGGAAACUGAAGGGAGACAUGCUCCACCCGUCAGCUGAUGUGGAGAUCAAGGAGGAGGGAACCCGACACAUGUUGAUCCUCUUCAACUGCAGAAUGGACAUGGCCGGAAGUGUAGACUUCUCGGCAGCGAAUGCCAAAUCCUCAGCUCAGCUCAGAGUCAAAGCCCGAGUGAUCGGCCUGAUGAGGCCGCUGAAGGAUGUCACCGUGACUGCUGGAGAGACAGCCACCUUCGAGUGCGAGCUGUCAUACGAAGGCAUCGCUGUCGAGUGGUUCCUGGGGGGUACAAAGCUGGAACCAAGCGACAGAGUGGUGUUGAAGGCGGAGGGUAAAGUCCACAGUCUGACUCUGCGGGACGUCCAGCUGAAUGAAGCAGGACAAGUCAAACUCACCGCCAAAGACUUCCAGACUGAGGCCAGCCUCAUCGUCAGAGAGCCUCCGGUGGAGUUCACGAAGCCUCUGGAGGACCAGACGGUGGAGGAGGAAGCCACCGCCACACUCGAGUGUGAAGUUUCCAGAGAGAGUGCAGAGGUACGAUGGUUCAGGGACGGACAGGAUAUUCGCAAGACAAAGAAGUACGAGAUGAUCGUCGACGGCCGCAAGAGAGCGCUGGUCAUCCACAACUGCACUCUGGACGACUCGAAAACGUACGCUUGCGACGCUAAAGACUUCAAAACCUCCUGCUUCCUCAACGUUGAACCUCCACAUGUCGAGUUCACGAAGCCGCUCCAUGAUGUCGAGGUCAAAGAGAAGGAAUCUGCCAGGUUUGAAUGUGAAGUCUCCAGAGAGAACGUCAAAGUCCGCUGGUUUAAGGAUGGAAGUGAAAUCAGAAAGGGGAAGAAGUACGAAAUUAUCGCUCAAGGUCGGCAACACGUCCUCAUCAUCCACAAGUCUGUGUUUGACGAUGAGGCUGAAUACGAAUGUGACGCGAAGACCUCCAAAUCCUCCGGCAUGCUCACUGUCGUCGAGGAGGAGGCGAGGUUCACCAAGAACCUGUCCAACGUGGAGGGAACAGAGACGGACAGCGUGAAGCUGAUCUGUGAGGUCUCCAAACCCAGCGCUGAUGUUACCUGGUACAAAGGAGACGAGGAGCUGCCGGAGGGCGGCCGCUAUGAGCAGAUCGUGGACGGGAAGAGGAGGAUCCUCCUCAUCCAGGACCUGAAGAUGGCCGACGCCGGAGAGUACAACUGCAGGCUGAGUCCCAGCAUCAAAACCUCCGGAAAUCUCAAGAUUAAUGAACUGGCUGCUGAGUUCAUCUCCAGGCCUCACAGCCAGGAGGUGGUGGAGGGCGAGAAGGCGGAGUUCACCUGCUCCGUCUCCAAGGAAACCUACGAAGUCAAAUGGCUGAAAGACGACAAGGAGCUGGAGGCGGGAGACAAAUACCAAACGGUCAGCGACGGCAAGAGACGAACUCUGGUCAUCAAGAACUGCGAGCUGAAAGACGAGGGCGGAUACGUGGUGAUGAUCGGACCGACCAGAGCCAGCGCCGACCUCACUGUGCUCGAGAAACUGAAGAUCAUCACGCCGCUGAAGGACACGGAGGCCAAAGAAGGUCAGGAGAUCGUCCUGAACUGCGAGGUGAACACAGAGGGAGCGAAGGCCAAGUGGCUGAAGAACGAGGAGACGGUGUUUGAGAGCAGCAAGUACGUGAUGGUCCAGAGAGACAACGUCUUCUCCCUGAGGAUCAGAGACGCCCAGAAGGGAGACGAAGCCAACUACAGCAUCAACCUGACCAAUCAGAGAGGAGAGCAGGCCAAGAGCUCCUGCAACCUCACCGUCAAAGAGGAGAGUCUGAGGAUCGUUGUUCCUCUGGAGGACAUCGACACUCAGGAGAAGAAGACCGUCAGCUUCUCCUGUAAGGUCAACAGGCCCAACGCCACUCUGAAGUGGAUGAAGGCCGGCGAGGAGAUCGCCCUCAACAAACGCAUCGUCUACAGAGUGGACAAAGACAAGCACAUGCUGACCAUCAAAGACUGCACGCUGGCAGACGAGGGCGAGUACACCGCCGUGGCCGGAGACAACAAGUCCACCGCAGAGCUGAUCAUCAGCGAGGCGCCGACGGACUUCUCCAUGCACCUGAAGGACCAGACCAUCACCGAGUUCGAGGACGCAGAGUUCACAUGCAAGCUGACCAAAGAGAAAGCCGACGCCAAGUGGUACAGAAACGGACGUGAGAUCAGAGAAGGACCGAGAUACACAUUUGAAAAAGAUGGAAAGAUUUGCACCCUGCGUAUCAAGGAGUGCAGACCUGAUGAUGAGUGUGAGUACGCCUGUGGUGUGGAUGAGAAGAGAUCCAGAGCCAGGCUCUUCGUUGAAGAGACCCCAGUGGAGAUCAUCAGACCACCACAGGACGUGUUCGAACCUCCGGGCUCGGACGUUGUGUUCGAGGUGGAGCUCAACAAGGACAGAGUGGAGGUGAAGUGGUUGAGGAACAAUAUGACGGUCGUCCAGGGAGACAAAUACCAGAUGAUGAGCGAGGGCAAAGUCCACAGACUGCAGGUCUGUGAGAUCAGGCCUCGAGACCAGGGAGAGUACAGGAUCAUCGUCAAGGACAAAGACGCCAAGGCCAAGCUGGAGCUGGCAGCUGUCCCUCAGAUAAAGACUACAGACCAGAACUAUGUCACAGACGCCAGGAAGCCCAUCGUCAUGGCCGUCCCCUACAGCGCCUACCCACAGGCCGAGGCCGACUGGCUGUACAACAACGUGAGUCUGCCGAAAGACAACGUCCACACAUCCGCAGACCGCACAGAGUACCGGCUGAAGGAUCCCACGAAGUCCGACGAGGGCCGCUACAAGAUCAUCAUCAAGAACAAACACGGGGAGGGAGAAGCCUUCAUCAGACUGGACGUCAUCGAUGUCCCUGGACCCGUAAAGAACCUGCAGGUGGUCGAUACCGCCGAUGGCGAGGUCAGCUUGGCAUGGGAGGAGCCUGAGAACGAUGGCGGCAGCAAGGUCAUUGGCUACGUGGUGGAGAGACGUGACGUGAAGCGUAAGACCUGGACACUGGCCACCGACCACGCCGAGAGUCCUGAGUACACGGUGGCCGGCCUCCACAAGGACUCCAUGUACCUGUUCAGAGUCUGCGCCCGAAACCGGGUCGGCAGCGGACCCAACACAGAGACUGACAAACCUGUACAGGCCAAGAACAAGUUUGAUGUUCCUGAUGCUCCUCUAAACGUGAUCGUGGGAAACGUCACCAAGUUCGGCUGCACCGUCUCCUGGGAGCCUCCCGAGUCGGACGGAGGCUCUCCCAUCACCUCUUACAUCAUCGAGCUGCGUGACAGGACGUCGGUGAAGUGGUCGCCCGUCCAGGUGACCAAAGCCGACGAGCUCAGCGCCAUCAUUAACGACGUCAUCGAGAACAAAGAGUACAUCUUCAGAGUCAAAGCUGAGAACAAAGCCGGUGUCGGCAAGCCCAGCGCCGCCUCACAGCCCGUCAAGAUCAUGGAUCCCAUUGAGCGUCCCAGUCCCCCUCUGAACCUGGUCUGGGAGGACCAGAACAAGAGCUCAGUGCAGCUCACCUGGGAGACUCCUCUGAGGAAUGGAGGCAGCACGAUCACCGGAUACAUCAUCGAGCGCUGCGAGGACGGCACCGACAAGUGGCUCCGCUGCAACGCCCGCCUCUGCCCCGACCUCUUCUACAAGGUGUCUGGUCUGAAAUACGGAACCAAGUACAACUACAGAGUGUUUGCUGAAAACGCCGCCGGAGUCUCCGACCCGUCAAACAUCAUCGGACCUCUGCUGGCCGACGACCCACAUGUCGGUCCGACCUUCGACCUGAGCGCUUUCAAAGACGGCCUGGAGGUGAUCGUCCCUCAGCCUCUCACCAUCAGAGUCCCCAUCAGCGGAUACCCGACCCCCGUCGCCAAGUGGACCUUCGGAGAGAAGGAGAUGACCACCGCUGACGAACGCGUCACCCUGACGACCAAGUCCACGUUCACAGAACUGAUCGUCACGCCAAGCGUCCGCCCGGACAAAGGCAGCUACACCCUGCAGCUGGAGAACGAUGUCACGUCUGUCUCUGGAGAGAUCGAAGUCAAUGUCAUCGCUGCGCCCAGCGCUCCAAAGGACUUCAAGGUCCUGGAGGUGACCCGGCAGCACGUCCACCUGAGCUGGGAGGCUCCGGAGCACGAUGGAGGAAGUCCUCUGACCGGCUACCAGGUGGAGAAACGGGAUAUGUCCCGAAAGACCUGGGUCAAGGUGAUCACAGGUAUCCAGGAUCAGGAGUUCACAGUCACCGACGUGGUUGAAGGGAAGGAGUAUCUGUUCAGAGUCACCGCCUGCAACAAGUGUGGACCAGGAGAGCCGGCGUACAUCGACGAGCCCGUCAACGUCUCCUCUCCUGCCACCAUCCCCGACCCCCCAGAGAACCUGAGGUGGAGAGACAAGUCAGCCAACGGCAUCUUCCUGACCUGGGAGCCGCCAAAGUACGACGGCGGUACUGGUAUCCGAGGUUACAACGUGGAGCGCUGCCAAAGAGGAACCGAUAAGUGGGAGCCCUGCGGGGACAUGGUGCCAGAUCUGAAGUGCCAGGUGACUGGUCUGAUCGAGGGCCAGUGGUACUCCUACAGAGUCCGAGCCCUGAACCGACUCGGAGCCAGCCGGCCCUGCAAGGCCACCGACGAGAUCCAGGCCGUUGAUCCCAAAGAGCCUCCAGAGAUCCGACUGGACGCCAAGCUGCUGGCCGGUCUGACCGCCAAGGCCGGUAGCAAGAUCGAACUCCCUGCCGAGGUGACGGGUAAGCCCGAGCCCCGGGUGAAAUGGACCAAGGCCGACCUGGUCCUCAAGCCAGAUGACAGGUUGUCCAUCGACUCCAAGCCAGGACACUCCACCGUCACCAUCGCCAAGACCAAGAGAGACGACAGCUCUACCUACAUCAUAGAGGCCACCAACAGCAGCGGCCGCGCCACUGCCACCGUCGACGUCAACAUUCUCGAUAAGCCCGGUCCUCCGGCUGCCUUUGACAUCUCUGAGAUCACCAACGAGUCCUGCUUCUUGGCCUGGAACCCUCCGCGUGACGACGGCGGUUCCAGAGUUACCAACUACAUCGUUGAGCGCAGAGCUGCCGACAGCGAGAUCUGGCACCGGCUGUCCUCCACCGUUAAACAGACCACGUACAAAGCUGUGGGCCUGGUCAAGUUCAAGGAGUACAUCUUCAGAGUCUUCGCUGAGAACCAGUUUGGUGUUGGCCCACCGGCUGAACACCCAUCCAUCAUCGCCAGAUACCCCUUCGAGACUCCUGGAGCUCCUUACAAGCUGGAGCCUUCAGAUAUCGCCAAGGACUCGUUGACACUGACCUGGUAUGAGCCUGAUGAGGAUGGAGGAAGCCCCAUCACCGGAUACUGGGUGGAGAGAUAUGAACCUGACCACGACAGGUGGAUCAGAUGCAACAAGCUGCCCAUCAAAGACACCAACUACAGAGUCAAAGGUCUUCCCACCAGGAAGAAGUACAAGUUCAGAGUCCUGGCUGAGAAUCUGGCUGGAACUGGAAAACCCAGCAAGGAGACAGACCCGAUACUCGUCAAAGAUCCUAUCGAUCCUCCAUGGCCUCCCGGUAAACCCACGGUGAAGGACGUGGCUAAGACUUCCUGCUUCCUGAUGUGGACCAAACCAGAGCACGACGGCGGAGCAAAGAUUGACGGCUACGUCAUUGAGAUGCUGAAGAGUGGUACCAUGGACUGGAUCCGCGUGGCAGAGAACAUCAACAUCCUGGAGCACUUCCUGAAGGGCCUGAUGGAGAAGCAGGAGUACUCGUUCAGGGUGCGAGCCGUUAACGUGGCCGGGGAGAGCGAACCCAGCGAACCCAGUGACCCAGUGCUCUGCAAAGAGAGACUCAACCCUCCUUCGGCUCCUCGCUGGUUGGACGUCAUCAACAUCAGCAGGAACAGUGCCGAGUUGAAGUGGACGGUCCCUGAGCGAGACGGAGGCUCACCCAUCACCAACUACGUGGUGGAGAAACGUGAUGUCCGGCGUAAAGGUUGGCAGGCCGUUGACACCACAGUCAAGGAGCUGAAGUACACCGUGACGCCGCUCAACGAAGGAUCGCUCUACGUGUUCCGCGUUGCAGCCGAGAACGCUGUGGGCGUCGGACCGUUCUGCGAACUAGAGGACUCUGUGCUGGCCAAAGACACUUUCACUACUCCUGGGCCACCAUACGCUCUUGCUGUCAAUGCUGUGAGCAAAAGAUAUGUGGAGCUGCAGUGGGAGGAACCUAAAAACGACGGUGGCAGACCCAUACUCAGGUAUUCCAUUGAGAAGAAGGAGAAGCUUGGAACUCGCUGGGUGAAAUGCGGGAAGACUUCAGGUCCAGACUGUAAGUACAGAGUGACAGACGUCAUUGAGGGAACAGAGGUUCAGUUCCAGGUCAGCGCUGAGAAUGAGGCCGGCGUCGGUCAUCCAAGCGAACCCACCGAGAUCCUCACUAUCGAAGAUCCAACAGGUGUCCCAUCACCGCCCAUUGAGCUGCAUGUGACCGGAGCCAGCCGGGACUUCCUGUCCAUCGCCUGGAAGCCUCCACAGAGGGAUGGCGGCUGCCCCAUCACCGGCUACCACAUCGAGAUGUGUGAGGCCGGGACAGAGAAGUGGAUGAGGGUCAACUCCCGUCCAGUGAAGGAGCUGAAGUACCGGGUGGAGGAGGGCGUGGUCCCUGAGAAGGAGUACAUCCUGAGAGUGAGAGCCAUCAACGCUGUCGGAGUCAGCGAGCCCUCCGACAUCUCUGAGAACGUCUUCGCCAAAGAAUCUGACUGUAAACCAACACUGGACUUCCAGACUUUGGACCUGGUUGUUGUGGAAACAGAGAAGCUGCACAUCCCAGUUCCCUUCAGUGCAGUCCCUUCACCCAGAAUCACCUGGCACAAAGACGGCAAGGAGCUGAAGGCUGACGAACGCCUCAGCUUCAGGAAGGAGUAUACCUCCUGUCACCUGGAGAUUGACAGCAGCCUUCACGCUGAUGCCGGACAGUACAAGGUUACUCUUGAGAACAAACUAGGAGCCGCCAGCGCCGCCAUCAACGUCAAAGUUAUCGGUCUUCCUGGUCCCUGUAAGGAAAUCAUAGCCUCUGAGAUCACAAAGAGCUCCUGUAAAAUCUCCUGGGAUCCUCCAGACUACGAUGGCGGCAGCCCGAUUCUUCACUACGUCCUGCAGCGGCGUGAGGCCGGCAGGAGGACGUACGUCAACAUGAUGUCCGGAGAGAACAAGGUGAGCUGGACCGUCAAAGACCUCAUCCUCAACGGAGAGUACUACUUUAGAGUCCAGGCCGUCAACAAGAUCGGAGGAGGAGAGUUCAUUGAGCUCCGCAACCCGGUCAUCGCAGAGGACCAGAAACAUGCUCCCGACCCGCCGGUGGACGUGGAGACCCACAACCCCACAUCCAGCACCGUCACUCUGACCUGGAAGCCUCCCAUGUACGACGGCGGCUGCAAGAUCAUGGGCUACAUCCUGGAGAAACAGCAGAAGGGCGAGGACAAGUGGGAGAGGUGCAACGACUUCCUGGUGCCCGUCCUGUCCUACACUGUCAGAAGGCUGACGGAGGGCAAGAGCUACACCUUCAGAGUCAAAGCGGAAAAUGCUGCCGGGGUCAGCGAACCGUCACGCAGCCCGCCAUUCGUCAAGGCCUUAAACGCCAUCGAUCCUCCGAAGGUUUUCCUAAGCGGCAGCCUGCAGUCUGGCCUCAGCGUGAAGCGAGGUUGUGAGAUCUGCCUGAACGCCAACAUUUCUGGCUCGCCGUACCCUCAGAUCACCUGGUACUGGAACAACCAGGUGAUCCAGCCUGAGCCGCUCCGCAAGAGGCCCGAAAAACCCCUGAAAAAGAAAGUGGAGAAGAAGGAGGAGGUGAAGAAAGAGGAGGGAGAGGCCGAGAAGAAAGAGGAGAAGAAGGAGGGAGAGGUGAAGGAGGGAGAGAAGAAGGAAGGAGAGGAAAAGAAGGAGGAGAAGAAGGAAGAAGAGGUUGCAGAGCCGGAAGUGGAGGAGACCGACUACCCGACGAUAAACGAGCGCCUGGCCAUCGACAACAGCCGCAGGGGCGCGUCCUCUGUCGUCAUCAGGGACUCGAUCCGCCCCGACCACGGCGUCUACAUGGUGAAGGUGGAGAACGACCACGGCAUCGCCUCAGCAACCUGCGAGGUCAACGUGCUCGAUACUCCCGGGCCUCCGGUGAACUUCAGAUUUGAGGAGGUCAGGAAGAACUCUGUGAUUUGCAAGUGGGAUCCUCCUCUGGAUGAUGGUGGCAGUGAGAUCCUCAACUACACUCUGGAGAAGAAGGAUAACUCAAAGCUGGAGAUCGGCUGGAGCUGCGUCACCUCCACACUAAGAGGAUGCCGCUACCUGGUGCCCAAACUCAUCGAGAAAAAGGAGUACAUCUUCAGGGUUGUAGCUGAGAACAAGUUUGGCGCUGGUCCACACUGCGUCUCCAAGCCACUCAUUGCCAAGAAUCCUUUCGAUACUCCCGAGGCUCCUGAUAAGCCACAGAUUGAUGACAUUACGGCCCGCAGCAUGCUGGUCACCUGGAACGAGCCAAAUGACAAUGGUAGCCCCAUCUUGGGAUACUGGGUGGAGCGCCGCGAGAUCAACAGCUCACACUGGACACGUGUCAAUAGGAACAUCGUCCCUGACACUGAGCUGAAUGUUGAAGGUCUACUGGAGGGGCUGACUUACAUCUUCAGGGUGGCAGCCGAAAACCAGGCCGGCCCCGGAAAGUUCAGCGUCCCCUCCGACCCCAAGACGGCCCAGGCUCCAAUCCUACCUCCUGGACCUCCAAUUGCCCGAGUGGUAGCGACCACUGACCACUCCAUCGACGUGGAGUGGGACCCACCUGCCGACAAUGGUGGAGGAGAGAUCCUGGGAUACCAUGUGGAUAAGGCCAUGGCUGGUACCAAGGACUGGUCCAGGUCUACAGAGCGUCCCUGGAAGACCCGGGCCUUCACUGUCUAUGGAGUCCGAGAGGGAGCCAAGUACCUGGUCAGAGUCAUCGGCUGCAAUGCUGCCGGAGAGGGAACGCCAGGAUUCACAGAGUCUGUGUUCGUCAGGAAUCCUGCAGAGCUGCCAGUGAUUGAACUGGACCUGUCCGUCAAGAACGGCGUGGUCAUCAGAGCCGGCGAGACACUCCGUGUACCCGCUACAGUCACAGGUAAACCCUACCCAUCCAUCACCUGGACCAAGGACGACGGCAAACCUGACAAAGACCACGUGGAGAUCCUCACUGAGGGCAACGACAGCAUCGUUUCAAUCAAGAAUGUCCAGAGGAAGGACUGCGGCAAAUACCAGAUCUCUGCUUGCAACCCCAGCGGCAUCAAGUCUGCUUCUACCAGAGUGGAGGUCAUGGAUGUCCCUGGGCCCGUCACGGACCUGAAGCCCGUUGUUGUCACUCGCAAGAUGAUCUUCCUGAACUGGGACGACCCCGAGGAUGACGGAGGCAGCGACCUGACUGGCUUCAUUGUGGAGAGAAAAGACGGCAAGAUGCACACAUGGAGGCAGCCCAUUGAAACCGCCUCGUCCAAGUGCGAGUGCGUGGGCAUCAUGGAGGGACAGGUUUACACGUUCCGUGUCAUUGCCAAGAACAAGUAUGGCAUGGGCCCGCCCGUAGAGCUUGGACCCAUCACGGCUCUGGACCCACAGGGCCCACCAUCUUACCCUGAGAAGUUCCGCUAUACCGAACGCACCAAGAACUCCAUUACACUGACCUGGAAGCCACCUCGUAAUGAUGGCGGCAGCCCUGUAAUCGGCUACUUUGUUGAGAAAAAGAGGCAUGACCAGCAGGCCUUCGAGCCCUGCAACACAGAGAUCUGCCCCAACAUGACCAUGACUGUGGAGGGCCUGGAGGAGUCCUGGAUGUAUGAGUUCAGGAUCAAGUGCCGUAACCUAAUCGGAGAGAGCGAGCCAUCCAUCCCGUUCACUGUGGUUAUCCAAGACGAUGAAGUGGCUCCUGAGGUCCACAUGCUGAAGCACUUCAAAGGUGACUCAAUUACCGUGAAGAAGGGUGAGCCCAUUGAGAUCCCCGCUGAUGUCCUGGGCCUCCCCAUCCCUAAGAUCGAGUGGUCCAAGGAUGACGUGGUGAUCGAGAAGCCCACUGAGACUCUGCUGAUGGAGACGGAGGUGACCGGCAGGAUGAACUGCAAGACCACAUUGUCCAUUCCAGCAGUCAACAGGAGGGACCGCGGCAGCUACACUGUGUCUGCCUCUAACAACAUGGGCUCAGCCAAGCACACCAUCACUGUGAUGGUGCUGGACCGGCCACUUCCACCCAGAAAUUUGGCAGUGUCCAAUAUCAAGGCGGAGUCUUGCUACCUCCAGUGGGAGGCGCCGUUGGAUAAUGGUGGCAGCGAGCUGACCAAUUACAUUAUUGAGAAGAAGGACGUGGUGACAGAGGAGCCGGAGCUGGAAGAGGGACAGGAAGCUCCACCUGAACCACAGUGGGUGGAGGUUACCAACAGCAUCAUUGAGAAGAGAUACGGGAUGUGGAACCUGGAGACCAACAAGACCUACUUGUUCCAGGUUAGAGCCGAGAAUCGCUACGGUAAAUCUGACCCCUGCACAACGCAGGAAGUCCGGAUCACAGACCCAUUCGGCCUUCCCGGCCCACCAGAGAAACCAACCAUCGCAGAGUACUCCAAGACCUCCAUGACCCUAACCUGGGAGCCUCCCAGAGACAACGGUGGCUCUAUGAUUAUCGGCUACUGGCUAGAGAAGAGGGAGAAAGGCACUGGCUACUGGGCCAAAGUCAACAAGAUGCCAGUCACCAAGAGGGGCGUUAAAGGCUGGGAGUACCAGGUGACUCGUCUGUUCGAAGGAACAGAGUAUGAGUUCCGGGUUGCUGCCUGCAAUUCUGCAGGAACAGGACCAUUCAGCGAACCAUCCGACUCUGCUUUUGCUGUCGAUCCACUCACUCCUCCAAGCAUGCCUGCUGCUCCUGAGGUGGCUGAUAAGACAAAGCACAGUAUCACAUUGUCCUGGAAGCCACCAGAGAGGGAUGGAGGAAGCCCAAUCAAGGGCUACAUCAUCCAGAUCCAGGAUGAGGGCAAAUCAGAGUGGGUGAGGGUCAACGACCCCGACACCCUGCACCCCACCACUGAGUUCACUGUGCCCAGCCUCCGCGAGCUGAAACGCUACCGCUUCAGGAUCAUUGCUGUCAAUGACAUCGGCGAGUCCGACCCCAGCCCCCGCACCAGCGAGGUUCUCGUUGAGGACAUCCAGCUUGCGCCUUCCAUCAACAUCGACGUCAUCGCCGAAGACCUGCUGUGCAUCCGUGCUGGAGAUCCGAUCAGAAUCCCAGCCACCAUCAAGGGCCGCCCUGUUCCCAAGGUAACCUGGGACUAUUAUGGCAAAGCCAAGUCGCACAAGAAGAACAAACUGCACACACUGCCUGUGGACUCUGAGGUUGAGUCCACAGACAACACAUCCAUUGUGACCAUCCCCGUCAGUCUGAGAAGCCACUCUGGACGCUACACCAUCACCGCCAAGAACAAGUCCGGACAGAAACACGUCAACGUCCGAGUCAAUGUUCUCGACGUACCUGGACCUCCAAAGGAUCUGAGGAUUACUGACAUCAGCCGGUCAACCAUGAGACUGAUUUGGAAACUCCCCGACAACGAUGGAGGAGAGAGAAUCAAGAGCUACUUUAUCGAGAAGAAAUGUGUCACUGACAAGGCCUGGACAAAGGUGAAUGCAGCCUGUGCCAGCCAGGCCUACGUGGUGCCGGGUCUGCUGGAAGGUCAGGACUACCUGUUCAGGGUUCGAGCUGAGAACAGACUUGGAUUCGGCCCGUUCACCGUCACCACCGAACCCGCCCGGGCCAGAGACCCCAUCUACCCACCCGACCCCCCUACCAAGCUGAAGGUCAACCUGGUGACAAAGAACACCGUCACUCUGAGCUGGGAGCCUCCCAAAAACAACGGUGGCUCUCCGGUGAAGCAUUACAUCAUCGAGCGUUUGAGCUGGGACACCAGCGGCAAGGAGAAGGAGACCUGGAAGCAGUGCAACAAGAGAGACGUGGAGGAGCUCACCUUUGUGGUGGAGGACCUGAAGGAGGGAGGAGAAUAUGAGUUCAGAGUAAAAGCCGUGAACGCCGCUGGACCCAGCCGACCCUCCACCACCGUUGGACCUCUGUUCAUCAAGGAUCAGACAUGUGCUCCCACCAUUGAGCUGCGUGAGGCCAUGGAGGGUGAGGAGGGCUGUGAUGUCAGCAUUGUGGCGAAGGUGAGCGGCUGUCCGUUCCCCACGCUCACCUGGCAGAAAGCCGGCCUGGCCAAACCUGAGGAGAAGGCCGCCAUCCACUACGACCAACACAUCAACAAACUGGUGACCCAGGACAAGUGCACGCUUCUGAUCCAGCAGGCCAGCAGGCAUGACAGCGCCCUCUACAGCCUGACGGCCAGCAACAGCCUUGGCACGGUCACCAAGGACAUCAAGCUCACCGUGCUUGGACCUCCCGGCCCACCUGUCGGACCAAUGAAGUUCACCGAGGUGUUUGCAGAGAGGAUUGGCCUGGCCUGGAACCCUCCCACAGACGACGGUGGAUCCAAGAUCACCAACUAUGUGGUUGAGAAGCGCGAGGACAACAGGAAGUCCUGGGUCCACGUCUCCAAUGACCCCAAGGAGUGCGCCUACACGGUGACCCGGUUGACGGAGAACCACGAGUACGAGUUCAGAGUCAUGGCCCAGAACAAGUUCGGAGUCAGUCCACCGCUGGUCAGCGAGCCGGAGAAAGCCAGAAACCUCUUCACCGUCCCGGGUCAGUGUGAGAAACCGACUGUAACGGACGUCUGUCUGGAGUCAAUGACCGUCAACUGGGACGAGCCCAAAUACGACGGCGGCUCCUCCAUCACCGGCUACAUCAUCGAGAAGAAGGAAACCACCUCCAAGCGCUGGGCCCGUGUCACCCGUGACCCGAUCCGAGCCCUGCCGCUGGGCAACAACUGGGACGUCACCGGCCUGCUGGACGGCGCCAUGUACCAGUUCAGGGUCACCGCUGUCAACGCCGCCGGCUGCGGUCUGCCCAGCCUGCCCUCUGACCCCGUACUCUGCAGAGACCCCAUCAAGCCUCCGGGUCCACCUACUCCGAAGGUGAUAGACUGGACGAAGUCGACGGUGGAGCUGGAGUGGAUCCCUCCUCUGGUGGACGGAGGGUCAAAGGUCACAGGCUACAUCGUGGAGUUCCAGGAAGUGAACAAGGAGGAGGAGGAGAAGAAGGCUCAGAGGAAGCUGCUGCUGAGCGUCGAUGAGGAGGAGAAGGAGCCCGAGAGCGAGGAGAGCUGGGUGAAGGCGAAGGACACAGAGAUCAGAGGAACCAAGUUCGUGGUGGCCGGCCUGAAGGAAGGCGGUCUGUACCGCUUCAGAGUCCGAGCCGUGAACGCCGCCGGAGUGGGAGAUCCAGGACUCGUGUCUGAGCUGAUCGAGGUCAAAGACAGAACGAUUCCUCCUGAGAUGGAUCUGGAUGCCUCAGUGAAGGAGAAGAUCGUGGUCCACGCCGGUGGCACCAUCCGCAUCAUCGCCUACGUGUCCGGUAAACCCGCCCCACAGAUCACCUGGUCCAGAGACGACGGCGAGGUGCCCAAAGAGGCCGCGGUGGAGACGACGGGCAUCUCUAAUUCACUGGUCAUCAAGAACUGCAGACGCCAACACCAGGGCAUCUACACACUGAGCGCCAAGAACGAGGGAGGAGAGAGGAAGAAGGCCAUCAUCGUCGAGGUCCUGGACGUCCCGGGACCGGUCGGUCUUCCCUUCGCUGGCGAGAAUCUGACCAACGACUCCUGCAAGCUGACCUGGUACUCCCCCGAGGACGACGGCGGCUCGGCCAUCACCAACUACAUAAUCGAGAAGAGGGAGUCGGACCGCAUGGGCUGGACCUCGGUGUCCUACACGGUGACGAGGAACAACGCUGUGGUGCAGGGACUCAUCGACGGCAAGGGCUACUUCUUCAGGAUCGCAGCCGAGAACAUCAUUGGCAUGGGACCUUUCAUCGAGACCGACAAGAUGGUUCUCAUCAAGGACCCUAUCUCCGUCCCGGAACGUCCAGAGGACCUGAUCAUCACCGCAAUUACCAAGGACUCUAUCUCUGUCGCCUGGAGACCGCCCAAGUAUGACGGCGGCGCUGAGGUGACCGAGUACGUCCUCGAGUCUCGCAUGAUCGGCCGGGACAACUUCACACGAGUAGGUGGAGAGGACAAGCUGAUGGACAGGAAGUUCACACUGACAGGACUGAAGGACGGCUCAAGCCACGAGUUCAAAGUCUCUGCCAUCAACCAGGUGGGACAGGGCAAAGCUUCCUUCGCCACCAAACCUGUCCAGUGCAAGGACGAGCUCGAACCACCCACUCUGGACCUGGACUUCAGGGACAAGAUGAUGGUGAAGGUGGGAGACACCUGCACGUUGUCAGGUUGCUACAGCGGCAAACCGGCCCCGGCUAUCACCUGGACAAAGAACGAGGAGGAGUUGAAGGCAAGCGAAGAGAUCGGCCUCCACAGCACCGUCCGCCACCUCAGCCUCAACAUCAGCAAGGCCAAGAGAGAACACAGCGGCCGCUACUGCGUCAGUGUGGAGAACGCCGCCGGGACUCGCACAGGAAUCUGCACCAUCACUGUGGUCGACCGUCCUCAGCCUCCAGAGGGCCCCGUGGUGUUCAAUGAGGUCUUCAGGAACUACAUGGUGAUCUCCUGGAAACCUCCUCUGGAUGAUGGAGGCUGCGCCAUUUCCAACUACAUCAUCGAGAAGAGAGACACCAACAGAGACCUGUGGAUGCCCGUCACCUCGUCCUGCACCAGGACCACCUGCAAGGUGCCAAAGCUGAUCGAGGGUCGUGAGUACAUCAUCAGGAUCAUGGCUCAGAACAUCUAUGGCAUCAGCGACCCCCUGCUGUCUGCAGAGACCAAGGCUAGAGACAUCUUCAAGGUGCCCGAUGCUCCUAAACAGCCCACAGUAAAGGAGAUUUACCAUGACUCCGCCCUCAUUAGCUGGGAGCCACCUGCUGACGGAGGAAAACCAAUCACAGGCUACAUCGUGGAGAGGAAGGAGACUAUGGCCAACAGAUGGGUGCGCUGCAACACAGAGAGAAUCCAUCCAAAGGUGGAGUUCUGGGUGACGGAGCUGCUGCAAGGCUGUGAGUACGAGUUCAGAGUCAGCGCUGAGAAUGAGGUGGGAGCCGGAGACCCGAGCCCACCAUCCAAACCCGUCUUUGCCAAAGAUCCCAUCGUGAAACCCGGUCCACCGGUGAACUUCCAGGUCAUUGACUUCACCAAGGAGUCAGUGACUCUGUCCUGGCAGCCGCCCACCGACACCGGCAGAGGAAAGAUCUUCGGAUACCUGCUGGAGUUUCAGAAGGCUGGAGAGGAGGAGUGGUCCAAGGUAAACCAGACUCCAGACUCCUGCCAGGAGACCAAAUUUAAGGUGAUCAACCUGGAUGAUGGUGCUCUGUACCGCUUCAGAGUCAUGGCUGUUAACGCUGCCGGAGAGUCUGACCCAGCUAACUUGAAGGAGCCAAUCAGAGUGCAGGACAGACUUGAGCCCCCAGAGCUGAUUCUGGAUGCCGGGAUGACCCGAGAGGUGAAGGCCAUGGCCGGCACUCACAUCACUCUGAUGGCCACCAUCAAAGGCGUCCCAUUCCCCACUGUCACCUGGAAGAAGAAUGACGCUGAGGUGCCCACCAGGGCUGACAUUGAGACCAACCAGGAAGGCACCAAGCUGGAGAUGAGGUUCUGUAAUCGUGGUGACUGUGGAGACUACACCCUAACUGUAGAGAACUCGGUCGGAUCCAAGACCGCUACGUGCACUGUGCUAGUCCUUGAUAAACCUGGUCCCAUCCAGCACCUCCGGGUUUCUGACAUCAGGAGUGAUUCCGCCUACCUGUCAUGGAAGGACCCAGAGGACAAUGGCGGUGCUCGUAUCACUAAUUUUGUGGUGGAGAAAAAAGACAGUGCAGCCACUCAGUGGGUCCCUGUCUGCUCGACAUCCAAGAAACGCAGCAUGAUGCUGAAGCACCUGAUGGAGGGCACAUCCUACGUGUUCAGAGUCGCUGCUGAGAACCAGUACGGUCGCAGUGAAUAUGUUGAGACGCCAAAGGCCAUCAAGGCAAUGAACCCACUCUUUCCUCCUGGUCCUCCCAAAGACCUGCACCAUGACGACGUGGACAAGACUGAGGUGUGGUUGGUCUGGAACUGGCCCGACCGCAAUGGGGGAAGUGAGAUCACAGGCUUCCUAGUGGAGUAUCAGGAAGAGGGAGAAAAGGAGUGGGAUGAGUGGAAGACUGUCAGCAUCCCUGAGAGUCAUGUGACUGGCCUGGAGGAAGGAAAGACCUACCGCUUCAGAGUGAGGGCUGAGAACGCCAUUGGCCUUAGCAGACCCGACACCACCGUGCCUAUCCUCUGCCAGGAGAAACUGGUGCCUCCAAUUGUCGAGGUGGAUGUUAAGUUCACUGAAGGCAUCAUCGUAAAGGCCGGCUCCACCAUCAGGCUGCCAGCUAUCAUGAGAGGAAUCCCUGUUCCCACUGCCAAGUGGUCCAUCGAAGGAGAGGAGAUCACCAGCGAGGGUAAUGUCAAGAUCGACACGGACAACUUCUCUACUGUGCUCAGCAUUAAUGACUGCACCAGGAACCACUCUGGCACCUACCUGCUCACCGUGUCCAACCCAGCUGGAACCAAGACAGUGGCCUUGAACGUCACUGUCCUGGAUGUUCCCGCUGCUCCCAUUGGACCUGUCAACAUCCUGGAUGUCACUCCGGACUCCAUGACGAUUGAAUGGCGUCCUCCCAAGGACGAUGGCGGUAGCCCUGUCACCAACUACAUUGUGGAGAAGAGAGAGUCCAACAAGGAGACCUGGGGAGGUGUGAGCUCUGGCAGCCUCGACACCCAGCUCAGUAUCACUCGCCUGCAGAAGGGAGUGGAAUAUGUGGUACGCAUUCGUGCUGAGAACAAGAUGGGCAUUGGUGCUCCUCUGGAGAGCAAACCCACUGUUGCUGAGCACUCCUUCAUGCCACCCAGCCCACCUGGUAAGCCACAUCCCUCCGAUAUCUCAGAGGAUGCUGUUACACUCGGCUGGACCAUGCCCCUGUCUGAUGGUGGCAGCCAGAUCGCCGGCUACAUCAUUGAGCGGAGACACAAGGGAGGAAAAUGGAUCCGUGUCAACAAGACACCCUGCAAGGACCUGAGGUACAAAGUCCUGGGUCUGUUUGAGGGCAAUGAGUACGAGUUCAGAGUGUUUGCUGAGAAUAUUGCUGGCUACAGUGGCCCCUCUCCCAUCUCUGACCUCUGCAAACCGUGCAGGCCUAUCACUGUCCCCAGCCCCCCUGUCAACCCCAAAGUUAAAGAUUACAGCAAGACCACUGCUGACCUGAUGUGGACCAAACCCAACAAAGACGGAGGCAGCCCCAUCCUGGGCUACACCGUGGAAAUGAAGAAGGCCGAUGCUGACGAAUGGAAAAAAGUGAACCUGGACAGCUUCAUCAAGCAGUGUGUCUACACGGUGAAGGGUCUGGAGGAGGGCGUGACCUACAGAUUCAGAGUCUACGCCUCAAACAUGAUUGGAGAUGGAGAAUCCAGAGAAAUCCCAGAGUCCAUCACUGCUCAGGAUAUCCUCAUCCCUCCAGAGAUUGAGAUGGAGGCCACCUGCCGCGAGCGCGUCACUGUGCGCGUCGGACACAACAUCAACAUCAUUGGCUACAUCAAGGCCCGUCCUGACCCAGAAGUGCUUUGGUCAAAGGAGGAGACAGUUCUGGAGAACAACAAACGUGUCACCAUCAUUCAGAACUUACCUGUGGUCCACCUGAGGAUUAAGGAGGCCACAAGAGCUGACCAUGGCAGAUACAUCCUGAAGGUUUCAAAUGAGGGCGGCGAGGCCUCUUGCUCCAUCACAGUCAAUGUGCUAGACAGACCCAGCCACUGCCAGAACCUGCACACGACCUAUGUCACCAAGGACUCAUGCAUGAUCAACUGGGAGGCCCCUAAGGAUAACGGUGGAUCCGAGAUCACCAACUACAUUGUGGAGUGCCGUGAACCCAGCAUUAGCAUGUGGUCUAUGAUCUCCUCCAACUGCACCAAUCGCAAAAUCAAGACCAAGCUGAUGGAGGGCCAUGAGUACCUGUUCCGUGUCUGUGCCGAGAACAAGAUGGGACCAGGACCCUCUGUGGAGACCAAGACCCCUUUGUUGGCCAUUGACCCGAUCGAGAAGCCAGGUGAGCCUGAGAACUUCAGAGCCACUGACAUUGGUAAGAACUAUGUCUAUCUGAGAUGGAGGAAACCUGACUAUGAUGGUGGCAGCCCCAACCUCUCCUACAACCUGGACUGCAAAGCCAAAGAUGCUGAGGAGUGGGAGAAACUCAACACAGGCACUCUCACUCAUACCUUCUUCCUAGCUGACAAGUGCAUGGAGAACCAGACGUACACCUUCAGGGUGCAGACCGUUAAUGAAGGAGGUGAGAGUGCCUGGGUGAAACUUGCCGAUAUUCUGGUGAGGGAGGAGAUCCAGAAGCCUGUCAUUGACCUGAAGCUGGCCGGAGCUGUGACAGUGAAGGCUGGAGAGUCAGUCAGGAUGGAGGCCAACCUGAGAGGAAAGCCCCAGCCUGAGGUCAAAUGGACGAAAGACAAGGCCGUCGGAGACAAUCCCAGAAUCAGCUAUGAGUCUGGCCCCGACUACUCCAAGUUCCUUAUGACCAAGUCCAGACGCACUGACACCGGAAAAUAUAUCAUCACUGCCACCAACUCGGCCGGCACUUUUACGGCAUAUGCCAAUGUUAACGUCCUGGACGUCCCUGGUCCAGUUAGGAACCUCAGGAUAACCGGCAUCGGAGCAGACAAGUGCAGAGUGGUGUGGGAUGCUCCAGAGGAUGAUGGAGGUUGCGAGGUGGACAGCUAUAUCCUGGAGAAAUGCGAGACCAGGAGGAUGGUCUGGUCCACAUACUCCGCCUCUGUGGUCACACCGUACUGCAAUGUCAUUCGUCUGGUAGAGGGCAACGAGUACAUCUUCAGAGUGAGGGCUGAGAACAAGAUGGGAACCGGCCCUGCCAUGGAGAGCAAGCCUGUUACUGUCAAGACUCAGUUCGGCAAACCUGGACCCCCUGAUGCCCCUGAGGUCACAAAGGUAAGUAAAGAUGAGAUGACAGUUGUCUGGGCUCCUCCUGAGAAUGACGGAGGAAAGUCGAUCACCGGCUACAUCCUGGAGAGGAAAGAGAAGAGGGCGGUGCGCUGGGUGCCGUGCACCAAGAGCCCCAUCUCCGAGAGACGCAUGAAAGUCACCAACCUGAUUCCCAACCACGAGUACCAGUUCAGGGUGAAAGCUGAGAAUGAGGUUGGCCUGGGAGAGCCCAGCAAACCUUGCAGACCUGUUGCUGCCAAAGAUCCCAUUGAGCCCCCUGGCCCCCCUGCAGGCCUGAAGGUGGGUGACAGCACCAAGACCACUAUCACUCUGUCCUGGUCUAAACCUGUGUAUGAUGGUGGUGCCCCCAUCAUCGGCUACAGCCUGGACAUGAGGCUGAAAAGCGAGGCAGACCCUGAGAAACCCACAGAGGGCUGGAAGAGAAUUGACACCCAUGGCCCAUUGGUACUCACAGAGUUCACCAUCGGCCAGCUGGAUGAGAAGCAGGAGUAUGAAUUCAAGGUAUCUGCCCAAAAUCAGGUUGGCUGGGGACGCCACGCCUACCUGAAGGAGGCCGUCUCCCCCAAGGAGAUCCUGGAGGCUCCAGAGAUCGACCUGGAUGCCAGUCUGAGAAAAGGCCUGGCUGUCAGGGCAGGCUGUCCAAUCAGGCUUUUCGCUGUGAUCAGAGGAAGACCCGCCCCCAAGGUUACCUGGAAGCGCCUGGGUGUGGACAAUGUGGUCCGCCGAGGUCAUGUGGACCAGGUUGACACCAUGUCCUUCUUGGUCAUCCCUGAGAGCACCAGAGAGGAUUCUGGGAGAUACUCUCUGACUCUGUCUAACUCUGCUGGAGAGAAAGCCGUGUUUGUCCGUGUCAAAGUCCUUGACACUCCUGGUCCCGUCGGCGGCCUGGAAGCAACCAACAUCACCAAGACGACAGCUCAGCUGUCCUGGUUGCCUCCAGAGAAUGACGGCGGCAGCCCCAUCCUCAACUACAUUGUGGAAAAACGGGAGGUAGAUAGGAAGACCUGGAACAAGUGCACAGAGGAUCUGAAGAAGACCAGCUUCAAGGUGACCAACAUGACGCCUGGUGUCGAGUACUACUUCAGAGUCAUGGCCUGCAACAAGUACGGCAUUGGAGUUCCUCAGGACUCGCCCAAGUCCUACCUGGCUGUUGACCCCAUCAGUGAACCAGACCCUCCAAAGAAGAUGGACGUGUUGGAGAUUACCAAGAAUAGCGCCACACUGGGCUGGCUGAAGCCACUCAGAGACGGAGGAGCUAAGAUCAAUGGUUAUGUGGUGGACUACCAGGAGGAGGGCAUGCCCGAGGACAAGUGGACACCUUACUCUGUGGUCAAAGACCUGACCAUCGUGGUGGUUGGUCUGAAGGAAGGAAAGAAGCACAAGUUCAGAGUGGCAGCCAGGAACUCAGUAGGAGUCAGCCUGGCCCGAGAGGCAGAGGGAGUGUUUGAGAUCAAGGAGCAGCUCAUGUCUCCUAAGAUCAUCAUGCCAGACAUUGUGACGGUCAGAGCUGGAUCCAAGAUGGUGGUUGAGGCCAUUGUGGCAGGUAAACCCGCUCCCUUCUGUAAGUGGAAACAUGGCAACGAGGACGUGCUGACCUCUGACCGCCUGUCAGUCGUAAAGACACUGACGACCUGCACGCUUAUCAUCAAGAACGUGACGAGAAAGGACAGCGGAUACUACAGCCUUUCGGCCGAAAACAGCACCGCUAAGAUCAACCAGAUCCUCAGAAUCAUCGUCAUGGACAUCCCUGGACCCCCUGAAGCUCCUCUAGAGAUCACCGAACUGGACAUUGAUGCCUGCACACUGCUCUGGAACUCCCCACAGGAGGAUGGCGGCAGCAACAUCACCAACUAUAUUGUGGAGAAGUGUGACGUCAGCCAGGGCGACUGGGUCACAGUCUCCACAUCCUGCACCAAAACCAGCUUUAGAGUUACCAAACUGACAACUGGCAAAGAAUAUGGCUUCCGAGUCCGUGCCGAGAACAGGUUCGGCAUCUCCGAGCCCAUAUACUCUGAGAAGAUGAUCGCCAGAUAUCCAUUUGAUCCUCCCAGCGAGCCCAGAAACCUGCAGAUCAAUAAGGUCUUCAAGGACUUCGUCAUCCUGUCAUGGGAGCGUCCCAGCAGUGAUGGAGGCAGCCCCAUCACUGGAUAUUGCAUUGAAAAGAAGGAAAGGAACAGCCUUCUGUGGGUGAAGGCCAAUGAGUCUGUGGUCAAAGCCACCCAGUACACCUGCACUGGCCUGAUCGAGGGCCUGGAGUACACCUUUAGGGUGUCGGCACUCAACCAGGCUGGACAGGGCAAACCUUGCAAACAGACCGACUUCAUCACCGCCAGAACCGCUGUUGACCCACCAGGUAAACCUGAGGCCAUGGAUGUGACAAAGAACUCUGUCUCAUUGGUCUGGAACCGUCCCAAGCACGAUGGCGGCAGCAAGCUGAUUGGCUACUACAUGGAGUACACAAAGCUUCCGGAGGAGAAGUGGACACGCUGUAAUGCCAACUGCAUGAACAUCCAGACGGAGAGCUAUGUGGUGACUGGCUUGCAGGAGGGCCAACAGUACCAGUUUAGAGUCAUCGCCAAGACCGCCAUCAACAUCAGCCAGCCGUCUGAGCUGUCUGACCCCAUCCCUGUCAUUGCAGAGAAUGUUCCUCCUCGUGUGGAGCUGGGCGUCAACAUGAAGAACCUGAUCGUGGUGAAAGCCGGAGAGAAUGUCUUCCUGGAUGCUGAGGUGUUCGGCAAGCCACUGCCCAAGGUGAGCUGGAAGAGAGAUGGAGUGCCUCUGGUCAUCGCAGAGGGAAUGAAGAUGGCACAGAAGAAACAUGUGCACCUGCUGGAGCUCUUCUCCGUCACCAGGAAGGAGUCUGGAGACUACACCAUCACUGCAGAGAAUAUCAAUGGCAGCAAGUAUGCAACCAUCAAGGUCAAGGUGCUCGACAAACCAGGCCGUCCGGCUUCAGUGAAAAUUUCUAAGGUGUUUGCCGACCAUGUUAAACUGCGAUGGGAGCCCCCACUUGCAGACGGCGGCUCAGAGAUCACCAACUACAUCAUCGAGAAGCGUGAGACCAGCAGGGCCAACUGGGCGCUGGUCACCGCCAACAUCCAUGGACACAUCACCGACUGCUCAGUGGAGAAACUCAUUGAAGGACAUGAGUACCAGUUCAGAGUCAGUGCUGAGAACCAGUAUGGUGUGGGAGACCCUAUCAUGACUGACCCCGUCAUGGUCAAGAACCCAUACGAUGUUCCUGGUCCAUGCGAGCCGCCCGUCAUCACCAACAUUACUAAGGACUCCAUGACAGUGAGCUGGAAGGCUCCAGCCAAUGACGGCAAGGCUACCAUCCUGGGCUACAUGGUGGAGAAACGUGAGGCCACUGAGUUGACCUGGGCUAAGGUCAACCGCCGGCCGGUCAUCGAUAGGACCAUCAAGGCCAUUCAGCUGACCGAGGGCUCUGAGUACGAGUUCAGAGUCAUCGCCAUGAACAAGGCUGGUCUGGGCAAACCCAGCGACGCAUCCAAUGCUGCACUGGCUGUCGACCCCGUCUACCCCCCCGGCCCACCUGCCUUCCCCAAGGUGGUGGACUCUACCAAGAGCUCCAUCAGCCUUAGCUGGACCAAACCGGCAUACGACGGUGGCUGUGAGAUCAUCGGCUACCUGGUGGAGUGUAAGCGAGCCGACAGUGAGAACUGGACCAAGUGCAACGUCCCAAAAAAGCUCCAGGCCACCAAAUUCCUUGUGAAAGGCCUGAUGGACGACACUGAGUACCAGUUCAGAGUCAUCGCUGUCAACAAGAUCGGCUUCAGUGAGCCCAGUGAGGUCCCUGGAAACCACAUGGCCAAGGACAUUCUAAUCGCUCCUGAAGCGGAGCUGGACGCCGACUUAAGAAAGGCUUUGGUUCUUCGAGCUGGCGUCACCAUGAGGCUCUACGUCCCACUGAGAGGACGGCCGGCACCGAAGGUGACGUGGACGAAGGUGGAUGCCAACCUGAGGGAGAGGCAGGGCCUGCUGAUCCAGACGUCAGAGUGGGACACCCUACUGAUGAUCGAGAACAUUAACAGAUACGACGCUGGCAAAUAUGUCCUGUCGCUGGAGAACAGCAGUGGCUCCAAGAGCUACACCAUCGUGGUCAAAGUCCUCGAUUCUCCUGGACCUCCUGUGAACUUGAUUGUGAAGGAGACCUCCAAAAGCCAUGCCUGCAUCACCUGGGACGCCCCGCUGAUCGACGGUGGCAGCCCAGUCAAGAGCUACAUCGUAGAGAAACGUUUGGCUGAGAGGAAGGCCUGGACCUGCGUGUCAACAGACUGUCCCAAAAUCUCCUUCAGGAUCACCAACCUGGAGGCGGGACAGGCCUACUGCUUCAGAGUGCUGGCUGAAAAUGCCUACGGCAUUGGAGAGGGCUGUGAGACGGCCGGCAGCGUCCGAGCCUCAGAGCAACCUGGUCCAGUGACGGACUUCAAAGCCCACAAGACCACCAAGGACUCAAUCAUCCUGGGCUGGAAGAAGCCCAUCAGUGACGGCGGAAGCCACGUUUCCGCUUAUAUCCUGGAGCAGAGCGAAGGCGAGGAGAAGUGGAAGCAGAUCUUGAAGGGCAAGAACACCUCACACACCAUCGGCGAGCUGACUGAGGGCAAGGCGUACUUGUUCAGAGUCAAGGCGCUCAAUGAGUCCGGAGAGGGACCACCCACUGAGCUCACUGUCGUUGCCAAGGACCAGUUUGUGCUGCCUGACUGCAACUUAAGUGGUCUGCAGGACAGUUGCUACGUGGUGAAGGAGGGCAGCACCACGCGUAUCAACAUCCCCAUCACCGGAGUGCCCUACCCCACCGCUACCUGGAAGAGAGGCGACAUGAUGCUUGGAGAUACCGGCCGAAUGUGCGUGGAAGCCUCUCAGGGCAUCACCACUCUGCUGAUCAGAGACUGCCAGAGAGGAGAUGCUGACACCUACACCAUCAACGUCAGGAACAGCGCUGGCUCCAAGGACUGCAAGUUCCAGCUGAAGGUGGUUGGCAAGCCUGGCAUCUGCACAGGACCCAUUAAGUUUGACGAGAUCACCGCUGACGGCAUCACCCUGGAGUGGGGACCGCCCAAAGAUGAUGGCGGUGCGGAGGUGUCCAACUACAUUGUGGAGAAGAGGAGGACAACGGACAACAAGUGGGUCACAGUGGCUUCAGCCAUCCAGAAGACCACCAUGAGGGUGAUCAGGCUCCAUGAUGGAAUAGAGUACAUCUUCAGAGUGUUUGCUGAAAACAAGUAUGGGGUUGGAGAGUAUCUGAGGUCUAACCCAGUCAUCGCCCUGCAUCCAUUCAAUGUACCCGAGGCACCUGCUCCUCCAGAAAUAGUGAGCAUCCGCCACGAGUCAGCCAUUUUGACUUGGGCUGAUCCAAAGGACACUGGUGGCUCCCCAAUUACUGGAUAUCAUGUGGAGUUUAAGGAGAGGAACAGUCAGAUGUGGAAACGGGCCAGCAAGAAUCCUCUGAGAGUGAAGGAGUGCAGAGUCACUGGCCUGAUAGAGGGACUAGAGUACGAGUUCAGAGUGAUGGCUAUGAACGUGGCCGGCCUAGGAAAGGCAAGCAAGGCCACUGAGGCUGUGGUCGCCUUGGAUCCUAUCGAUCCUCCUGGCAAGCCUGAAGUGAUUAAUGUCACCAGGAGCACAGUUACUCUGAUGUGGACCGCUCCCAAGUAUGAUGGCGGCCACAAGCUGACUGGCUACAUGGUGGAGAAGCUGGAGGCUGGCGGCAAGGCCUGGAUGAAGGCCAAUCAUGUUAAUAUCCAGGGCUGUGCCUUCACCGUCACAGACCUGACAGAGGGAUCUCAGUAUCAGUUUAGGAUCAGGGCCAAGAAUGCUGCUGGGGCAAUCAGUGUUCCCUCAGAGCCAACUGAGCUUCUGACCUGCAAGGAUGAAUACGAGCCCCCGACCAUCACAAUUGACCCAGACAUGAAAGACGGUGUAUCAGUCAGGGCAGGAGACACCAUCGUGAUCUCAGCCUCCAAAAUUGUGGGCAAACCUCCACCCACUGCUGUCUGGUCGAAGGGAGGCCGUGAGUUUAAGAACUCUGACAUCAUCAACAUCACCAGCACCCCCACCUCCUCCACUCUGGCUAUCAAGUAUGCAAGCCGGAAGAACACAGGAGAGUACAUCAUCACUGCCAGCAACCCCUUCGGCAUUAAAGAAGAACACGUGAAGGUGAAGGUCCUGGACGUGCCUGGACCUCCAGGCCCCAUCGAAUCCGGUAACAUUUCAGCUGAGAAGUGUACUCUGACCUGGCUUCCACCAGAGGAGGAUGGAGGUUGCUCUAUCAAGUCCUACAUCCUCGAGAAGAGAGAGACCAGCCGCCUGCAGUGGACCAAGCUAGCUGAAAACAUCAUCGAUUGCAGAUAUGUAGCCAGCAAACUGAUUAAGGGCAACGAGUACAUUUUUAGAGUGUCUGCUGUGAACCAGUAUGGCACUGGAGACUCAAGCCAGUCGGGUCCAGUCAAAAUGGUUGACAGUUACCGCCCACCAGGCCCACCCUCAACCCCAGAGAUUGAUACUGUCAGUGGGAACGCUGUCACCAUUUCAUGGAAGAGACCAGCACAGGACGGGGGAAGUGACAUCAGAGGAUAUUGUGUAGAGAGGAAAGAGAGGAGAGGAAUGAGAUGGGUGAGAGCCUGCAAGAGGACGAUCCCUGACCUGCGCUUUAAGGUGCAAGGCCUGAGCGAGGGAGUAGAGUAUGAGUUUAGAGUCACUGCUGAGAACAAGGCUGGAUUUGGGGAGCCAAGUGAGCCAUCACACCCUGUGAUGACCAGGGACAUUGUGUAUCCACCUGGUCCUCCAUCCAACCCCAGAAUUACAGACACCACAACCUGCACAGCCACCUUUGCCUGGGGUCGACCGUACUAUGAUGGUGGUCUUGAAGUAGAGGGAUAUAUUGUGGAGUACAAAAAGGAGGGGCAUGAUGACUGGGAGAUGGAGACACAGUACCCAUUGAAAGCUACUGAAUAUGUUAUUGGUAAACUUAAAAAAGGAGGCAAAUACCACUUCAGAGUCAGUGCUGUAAACUCUGAGGGAGUUGGCGAACCUGCAGAGGUUGAGAAAGUGACUGAACUGGUGAACCAGGAGACACUGCCAGACUAUGAGCUGGAUGCUGAACUCAGGAGAACCCUGGUGGUCAGGUGCCGUGCUUCAAUCCGUAUAUUUGUUCCCAUCAGGGGUCGUCCUGUUCCUGAAGUAACCUGGAGCAAAGAUGAUAUCAACCUGAAAACACGUGCACAUAUUGAUACCACAGAGUCCUACACUCUACUCGUUAUUCCUGACUGCACCAGAUACGAUGCUGGAAAGUACCACCUCUGUCUGGAGAAUGUUGCUGGAAAGAAGACUGGCUUUGUUAAUGUGAAAGUUCUGGACACACCAGGACCACCAGUCAACCUCAAACCUAGAGAGAUCACUAAGAAAAGCAUCACUCUCCAGUGGGAAAUCCCCAUAAUUGAUGGUGGUUCUAAGAUUCACAACUACGUUAUUGAAAAGAGAGAGGCCACCAAGAAGGCCUACACAGUUCUUAGCACCACAUGGCAGAAGUGUUCCUUCAAGAUUUCAGACCUUGAGGAGGGAGCUUACUACUACUUCCGUGUCUCUGCUGAGAAUGACCUGGGCGUAGGUGAGCCUGCUGAAACCCCUGAGCCAAUCAGGGUGUCCCAGGCCCCCUCUGCACCAGAGAACUUGUAUGUCACAGAUGUGACAGCUGACAGUGCCAGCCUGGCAUGGACCAAGCCCCUGCAUGACGGUGGCAGCUUAAUCACUGGAUACGUCAUUGAGGCCCAGAAGAAGGACACUGACCAGUGGGCCCACGUGGCCACCAUCAAGGCUCUGGACUACACUGUCACAGAUCUGAUUGAGGGCGCAGAAUAUACCUUCCGCAUAAUGGCUGUCAAUGCAUCAGGUAGGAGCGACCCCCGUGAGAGCAGGCCUGCUAUUAUCAAAGAGCAGACUUCUGCUCCUUCCUUUGACCUGCGGGGAGUCUACCAGAAGACGGUCAUCGCUAAGGCAGGGGACCGCGUCAAGGUGGAGGUUCCAGUGCUCGGAAAACCCAGACCUGUGGUUUCCUGGAAAAAGGGAGACACAAUGCUCAAGGAGACACAAAGAAUCAACACUGAAACCACACCAACCUCAACUAUCCUCAACAUCAAUGAGAUCAAGAGGACUGAUGGAGGGCAGUAUUCCAUGACUGGAAAGAACAUGCUGGGUACAGUGACUGAGACGAUCACAGUCCUGGUCCAUGACAUUCCAGGUCCUCCCACUGGCCCCAUCAAGCUGGACGAGGUCUCAUGUGAUUAUGUUCUCAUGUCCUGGGAGGCACCAGAGAAUGAUGGAGGCGUUCCCAUUAGCAACUAUAUUGUUGAGAUGCGGGAGACUACUGGUACUUCCUGGGUGGAGUUGGCAGCUACAGUGAUCCGCACCACAUUCAAGGCAGCCCGACUCAACACUGGAACUGGAUAUCAGUUCCGUGUCAAGGCCCAGAACAGAUAUGGCAUCGGACCAUGCAUUAUUUCUGAUCCAGUGGUGGCAGCCUAUCCAUUUGAUGUGCCAGGCCAGCCAGGCACUCCUGUCGUCACAUCUUUCAACAAGGAUGCUAUGAUUCUUAGUUGGAAUGAGCCUACCUCUGAUGGAGGUAGUGCCAUCCUGGGCUAUCAUGUGGACAGAAAAGAGAAAAACAGCAUUCUGUGGCAGAGGAUCAGCAAAGCUCUGAUUGUCGGAAAUAUCUUCAAAUCAACAGGCCUUGUUGAUGGAAUUGGAUAUGAACACCGUGUUAUUGCUGAAAAUAUGGCUGGUCUCAGCAAACCAAGCAAACCCUCUGAGCCUAUGUAUGCUUUGGACCCAGUGGACCCACCAGGCAGGCCUGUGGCACUGAAUAUCACAAGACAUGAGGUGACAGUGUCAUGGACCAAACCAGAGGGAGAUGGUGGAUUUUCCAUCACUGGAUACACAGUAGAGAGGAGAGAGAUGCCCAAUGGACGCUGGCUCAAAGCCAACUUCAAUAACAUCCUAGAAACCAUCUACACAAUCAGUGGUCUGACCGAAGAUGUAACUUAUGAAUUCCGUGUGAUUGCUAGAAACUCAGCUGGUGCUGUUAGUGCUCCAUCCCAGCCAUCAGAGGCAAUCACAUGCAGAGAUGACAUUGAAGAGCCCAGGCUUGAUGUUGAUGCAUCAUAUAGCAGUAAUGUUGUUGUAAUGGCAGGAGAGGUGUUCAAGCUGGAGGCCAGUGUGACUGGCAGGCCAAUCCCAUCUCUGGUAUGGACAAAGGAAGGAAAGGAGCUUGAGGAUACAGCCAAACUAGAGAUAAAGACAUCUGACUUCCACACAACUCUAAUAAACAAAGAUUCCCUGAGGAGGGACGGAGGGGCUUUUACUCUGACUGCCAGCAAUCCUGGUGGCUUUGCCAAGUUCACAUUCAAUGUCAAGGUGCUUGACAGACCUGGACCACCAGACUCCCUCACUGUUACUGACGUCACUGCUGAGAAAUGUGUACUCAACUGGCUGCAUCCAACACAUGAUGGCGGUGCCAAGAUCGAGUACUUUAUCAUUCAGAAGCGUGAGACCAGUAGGUUGGCAUGGACAAAUGUGGCCACAGACCUACAGGCAAACAGGUUCAAGGUCACCAAGCUUCUGAAGGGCAAUGAGUAUGUCUUCAGAGUCAUGGCUGUCAACAAGUAUGGCAUGGGUGAGUCCCUCGAGUCUGAACCUGUCAUCUGUGCCAACCCCUAUGUUCCCAGUGACCCACCACAGCAGCCUGAAGUCACCACCAUUACCAAGGACUCCAUGGUUGUCUGCUGGGAACGCCCUGAACAUGAUGGAGGCAGCAGAAUAAACACAUACAUAAUUGAGAGAAGGGAUAAGACUGGCCUGCGCUGGGUGAAGUGCAACAAGAGAACUGUAACUGACCUGCGAUUCAAGGUCUCUGGCCUCACACCAGGACAUGAGUACGAAUUCAGAGUUCUUGCUGAGAACAAUGCUGGUCUAAGCCAGCCUAGUCCUUCCAGUCCAUUCUACAAAGCCGUAGACACCAUCUUCCAGCCUGGACCUCCAGGGAACCCUCGAGUGCUGGACACAACCAAGUCUUCCAUCACCCUUGCCUGGAACAAGCCUGUAUAUGAUGGUGGUUCUGAAAUCACUGGUUACAUUGUGGAGACCUGCCUGCCUGAGGAGGAUGAGUGGACAAUUCACACUCCCAAGAAGGGAUGGACAGCCACUUCCUUCACCAUCACGAACUUGAAGGAAAACCAAGAGUACAAAAUCAACAUCUGUGCCACUAAUUGUGAAGGAGUGGGAGAGCCCGCUGCUGUUCCUGGAACCCCCAAAGCUGAAGACAGACUGCUUCCUCCGGAAAUUGAACUUGGAGCAGAGCUGCGUAAGGUGGUCUGCAUCAGAGCCUGUGGCACACUCAGACUCUUCGUCCCUAUUAAGGGCAGACCAGCACCUGAAGUAAAAUGGUCAAGAGAACAUGGAGUAUCCCUGGACAAAGCUAACAUUGAAAUCACCCCAUCAUUUACAACUCUUCAGAUAGACAAUGUUGACAGGUUUGAUGGAGGUAAAUACAUGGUGACUAUAGAGAAUGCCUCAGGAAGCAAGACAGCCUUUGUUAAUGUCAGGGUGCUAGAUACUCCUGGAGCACCUCAGAAUCUGAUCGUCAAGGAGGUCACUAGAGAUUCAGUUUCCCUUGUUUGGGAUGCACCUCUCAUUGACGGUGGCUCCAGAGUCCGAAACUAUGUUGUGGAGAGGCGUGAGUCAACCAGAAAGGCCUACUCAACAGUCUGUGCCAGCUGCCAUAAGUCUAGUUGGAAAGUUGGAGACCUGGAGGAAGGAAAGAUGUACUUCUUUAGAAUCCUGGCUGAGAACGAAUAUGGCAUUGGCCUGCCAGUAGAAACUGUUGAUCCAAUUAAAGUGUCAGAGAGGCCUCUACCACCAGGCAAAGUGUCCCUUGGUGAAGUUACCAGCACCAGCGUCACACUAACUUGGGAAAAGCCUGACCAUGAUGGCGGCAGUAGAAUAACAGGCUAUAUUGUUGAGAUGCAGAGUAAAGGUAGUGAGAAGUGGACCCAGGUCAUGGUGGUAAAGACCAAUGAGGCACUUGUAACUGGCCUUACACAGGGAGAGGAGUACAUAUUCCGUAUCUCAGCCACCAAUGAAAAGGGAGUAAGUGACCCACGUCCUCUCAGUGUGCCUGUGGUGGCUAAAGACCUGGUCAUCUUACCCACCUUCAAACUGCUUUUCAGCACAUUCAGUGUGAUAGCAGGAGAUGAUCUAAAGAUAGAUGUACCAUAUGCUGCCUGUCCCAAGGCUACACCAACUUGGCUCAAAGAUGGCAUUGUUCUAAAGGAGACAACAAGAGUUAAUGCUGAAGCCACAGACAAAAACCUUCUCCUGGUCAUUAAGGAGGCUUGCAGAGAUGAUGUGGGCACAUACACUAUCAAACUGACCAACACAGCUGGAGAGGCAUCUACAGACAUCAGUGUUGUUGUUCUAGAUAAGCCUGGUCCUCCAACUGGCCCAAUUAAGCUGGAUGAGGUCACUGCUGACAGCUUGGUCCUGUCCUGGAAUCCACCAGAGUAUGACGGUGGUUGUGCCAUCAACAAUUAUAUUGUUGAGAAGAGAGACACAUCUACCACUAACUGGCAGAUUGUGUCAGCUACAGUGGCCAGAACCACUAUCAAGGCAGCCCGUCUGAAGACUGGAUCUGAGUACCAGUUUAGAAUUGCUGCAGAGAAUAGAUAUGGCAAGUCCUCAGUCCUGCUCUCUGAUACCAUUGUUGCUCAGUAUCCAUUUGAAGUGCCCAGCUCACCACGCUCUGUUGUGGUCCAAUCAGCCACCAAGGAGAGCAUGGUGGUUGUAUGGGAGAAACCCAGCAAUGAUGGUGGAAGCAAAAUUCUGGGCUACCACUUAGAGCUCAAAGAGAGAAACAGUAUACUGUGGGUGAAACAGAACAAACAACUUAUCCCAGAGACCAGAUUUAAGGUUGUUGGCCUUGAGGAGGGUAUUGAAUAUGAGUUCAGAAUCUAUGCUGAGAACAUUGUUGGCCUCAGCAAAGCCAGCAAACUGAGUGACAUGCAAGUGGCCAGAGAUCCUUGUGACAGACCAGGAAAACCAGAGGCUGUCAUCGUGACAAGAAACCAAGUGACACUUAGAUGGACCAAACCUGAGUAUGAUGGCGGUGUCAAGAUCACAGGCUAUGUGGUUGAGAAGAAGGAGGGAGCUGGCCGCUGGAUGAAGGCCAGUUUCGCCAACAUCAUUGAGACUGAAUUUGUUGUCACAGGACUUAUUGAAGAUCAGAUUUAUGAGUUCCGUGUCAUCGCCAGGAAUGCAGCAGGUGUCUUCAGCCAGCCCUCUGAUUCUACUGGAGCCAUCACUGCCAAGGAUGAGGUGGAGCCACCGAAGAUUGACUUGGAAGCUAAGUACUCCCAGGCUGUAGUGGUAAAUGCUGGAGAGACAUUCAGGCUUGAGGCUGCUGUCUAUGGUAAGCCUGUGCCCACAGUUCAUUGGCUGAAGGAUGGCCAAGAGAUUACUGAAGCAGCUCGCCUAGAGCUCAAGAACACAGACUUUACAGCAUGUCUAGUUGUUAAAGAAGCUAUCCGUGUUGAUGGUGGUCAGUACAUUUUGCUGGUAAAGAAUGUUGGAGGAGAGAAAUCUGUUAACAUUAAUGUCAAGGUCCUGGACAGACCAGGUCCACCUGAGGGCCCUAUCUCCAUCUAUGGGGUUACCAGUGAGAAAUGCUCUAUUGCCUGGAAACCUCCCUUGCAAGAUGGAGGUAGCGAUGUUUCCCAUUACAUUGUUGAGAGGAGGGAAACCAGCCGACUGGUUUGGACUGUAGUUGAACCAAAAGUUCAGACACUGAACCUGAAGAUCACAAAACUUCUUCCUGGUAAUGAGUACAUCUUCAGAGUGAUUCCAGUCAACAAAUAUGGAGUUGGUGAGGCUCUGGAGUCUGAGGCAAUGAUUGCCAGAAAUCCAUUUGUCACUCCCAAACCACCAACAGAGGUAGACGUCUCCACAAUCACCAAAGACUCUAUGGUGGUGACCUGGGAGCGUCCAACUAAUGAUGGUGGCAGCCCCAUCCAGGGAUACAUUGUUGAGAAACGUGACAAGGACGGUGUGAGAUGGACUAGGUGCAACAAGCGCACAGUGAGUGAGCUCCGCUUCAGAGUGACAGGCCUCCUAGAAAACCACAGCUAUGAAUUCAGAGUUGCUGCUGAGAAUGCUGCAGGUGUUGGCACACCUAGUGCACCAACAAUGUACUACAAAGCAUUGGAUCCUAUCUUCAAAGCAGGCCCACCAAACAACCCCAAGGUGGUGGACACAUCUAGGUCUACUGUUUCCCUGACAUGGGGCAAACCCAUCUAUGAUGGUGGCUGUGAGAUUCAGGCUUACAUUGUUGAGGCCUGCAAUGGGGCAUCUGAUGAGUGGUUUAUGUGCACUCCUCCCACUGGAAUCACAGACACUAAGUUUACAGCGACAAAGCUUCUGGAGAAGCAUGAGUACCAAUUCAGAGUGUGUGCUAUCAACAAAGUUGGUGUUGGUGAGCAUGCUGAUGUUCCAGGAAAAAUUAUUCUGGAGGAGAAGCUUGAGGCGCCUGACCUUGACCUGGAUGCUGAUAUGAGAAAGAUGAUCAACAUUAGAGCAGCAAGCACUCUCAGACUGUUUGUUCCUGUGAGAGGUCGUCCAGCUCCUGAGGUGAAAUGGGGCAAGGCUGAGGGUGAGAUUAAGGAGACUGCCCAGAUUGACAAUACAGGCAACUACGCUUCACUUGUCAUUGAGAAUGUUGAUAGAUUUGACAGUGGCAAGUACACCCUGACUGCAGAGAAUGCCAAUGGAGUGAAGUCAGUCUUUAUCAGUGUCAGAGUCCUGGACUCACCUAGUCCACCAACUAACUUCAUAGUGAAAGAGAUUACCAAGAAUUCUGUCACCCUCACAUGGGAGCCUCCACUUCUGGAUGGUGGCUCAAAGAUUAAGCAUUAUCUUGUUGAGAAGCGUGAGAGCACUAGGAAAGUUUACACUCCCAUCACCACCUGCAACAGGAUGUCAUGGAAAGUUGAGCCUCUUCCAGAGGGUGGAAUCUUCUUCUUCAGAGUCCUGGCUGAGAAUGAAUAUGGUGUGGGUCUCCCGUCUAAAACUAUAGAACCAAUUAAGAUAUCUGAGAAGCCUCAGCCACCUGGUAAAGUCAGUGUUAUUGAUGUCACUUCUAGCACUGUAACUCUCUCCUGGGAGAAGCCUGAACAUGACGGCGGUAGUAGGAUCAGUUACUAUGAAGUCGAACUGGCUCCUAAGGACAGUGAAGCUUGGUCUGUGUGUGCUAGUGGGAAGGCACUGGAGACUGUAGUGACAAACCUACUCAAGGGAGAGGAGUACCAGUUCAGAGUUGUUGCUGUAAAUGACAAGGGCAAAAGUGACCCCAGACAACUGGUUCAUUCAGUUGUAGCAAAGGACCUUGUGAUUGAGCCUGCUGUUAGACCCAAAGUGAGCACCUACAGUGUCCAGGUGGGUCAUGACCUCAAGAUAGAAGUCCCAGUUGCUGGUCAUCCAAAGCCAACCAUAACUUGGACCAAAGAUGGAGCUGCCCUUAAGCAAACUACCAGAGUCAAUGUCACUGACUCAGCACAUCACACCACUCUCACCAUAAAGGAUGCCACCAAAGAGGAUGGAGGCAUGUACAGCAUCAAUAUUGCCAAUGCUCUGGGUUCCAAGGAUGCCACUAUCGAAGUGAUCACCCUGGACAAACCGGGCCCACCAACAGGCCCUGUCAAGUUGGAUGACAUCAGUGCUGAGAGUAUCACUCUUAGCUGGGAGCCUCCUACAUAUACGGGUGGAUGCCAAAUCGCCAACUAUGUUGUGGAGAAGAGGGACACAACCACAACAAACUGGGUGGUCGUAUCUGCCACUGUGGCCAGAACCACGCUAAAAGUGAGCAAUCUGAGGACAGGCGCUGAAUACCAAUUCAGAAUCUAUGCUGAGAAUAGAUAUGGAAAGAGUUAUGCAAUUGAUUCUGAGCCUGUUGUGGCACAGUAUCCAUACCAGGAGCCUGGCCCACCAGGAACACCAUUUGUGUCUUCAUACACUAAAGAUUAUAUGAUAGUUGAGUGGCACAAACCCCCAUCUGAUGGAGGGAGUGCCAUCUUGGGCUACCAUCUGGAGAGGAAAGAGAAGAACAGUAUCCUCUGGACCAAGAUCAACAAAAUGGUCAUCCAAGACUGCAGGUUCAAAUCUACUCCUCUUGAGGAAGGCAUUGAGUAUGAGUACAGAGUCUAUGCUGAGAAUAUUGUUGGCAUUGGAAAAUGCAGCAAAGUCUCUGAGGUUUAUGUAGCCCGUGACCCAUGUGAUCCUCCUGGCCGUCCUGAGGCUGUAAUUGUGACUAGGCACUCAGUGAAGCUGAGGUGGACCCCUCCAGAGUAUGAUGGUGGAAGUCUAGUUACUGGUUAUGUAGUGGAGAAACGUAAUCUUCCUGAAGGAAAGUGGAUGAAGGCUAGCUUUGCAAACAUCAUUGAACAUGAAUUCACAGUUACUGGCCUGACAGAAGACAGUAAAUAUGAUUUCAGAGUAAUUGCAAGGAAUGCAGCUGGUGCUGUCAGCAAGCCCUCUGAGAGCACAGGAUCCAUCACAGCCAAGGAUGAAGUUGACCCACCUAAGUGUGAGACAGAUCCUAUGUACAACCAGACCAUUGUUAUUAAUGCUGGAGAGACUUUCAGUCUGGAGGCCAGUGUGGAAGGAAAGCCCAUCCCCACAGCUCAGUGGUUCAAGGGAAAUGUUGAAGUUGAAAACUCAGCUAGAGCUGAGAUCAAAAACACAGAUUUUAAGGCUUUGCUCGUUGUGAAGGAUGCUAUCAGAGUGGAUGGUGGACAAUACACACUGGUUCUGACCAAUGUGGCUGGAAAUAAGACUGUCCCAUUCAGUGUUAAGGUCCUGGACAGACCAGGCCCCUCAGAGGGACCUCUUACUGUCAGCAAUGUCACUGAGGAGAAGUGCUCACUGUCAUGGCUGCCACCCAGGCACGAUGGAGGAGCUAGCAUUUCUCACUAUAUCAUUCAGAAGAGAGAAACUAGCCGCCUGGCAUGGACUGUGGUCUCCAGUGACUGUGGAGCUACUAUGCUCAAGGUUACCAAACUGUUAAAGGGCAAUGAGUACAUCUUCAGAGUCAUGGCUGUCAACAAAUAUGGCGUAGGCGAGCCUCUUGAAUCAGUGCCAGUUAUCAUGAGAAAUCCAUUUGUUGCUCCUGGCGCACCUCAGGAGCUUGAGAUCACUAACAUUACCAGGGACUCCAUGACUGUCUGCUGGAACCGCCCUGAGACCACUGGAGGCAGUGAGAUUGUUGGUUACAUUGUUGAGAAGAGAGACAGAGCUGGAGUGAGGUGGACCAAGUGCAACAAACGCAGAGUGACAGACUUGCGUUUCAGAGUAACAGGACUGACUGAAGACCAUGAAUAUGAAUUCAAGGUGUCUGCUGAGAAUGCAGCUGGAGUGGGUCAGCCAAGCCCAUCUACACCCUACCUCAAAGCCUGUGACCCCACAUUUGAACCAGGCUGUCCCACCAAUGCUCAUGUGGUCGACAUGACUAAAGACUCCAUCAGUCUAGCCUGGCAACGGCCUAUCUAUGAUGGUGGUUGUGAGAUUCAAGGAUACGCUGUGGAAAUGACCAAGGCUGAUGAGGAGGAGUGGACCAUAUGUACUCCACCCUCUGGAGUUAAUGCUACGAAGUUUACCAUCACCAAGUUGACAGAGCAUCAGGAAUACAAGGUGCGCAUAUGUGCCAUCAAUAAGGUGGGUGUUGGUGAGCCCACUGAGAUCCAGGGAGUCGUGAAACCUAUGGAUAAGAUUAAUCCUCCAGAGAUGAUUCUGGAUUCCGAGCUCAGGAAGGGAAUAGUUGUCCGUGCAGGAGGCUCAAUGAGAAUCUGCAUUCCGUUCAAGGGCCGUCCUACUCCUGAGAUAAGUUGGGCCAAGGAGGAUGGAGAACUGCCCAGUAAAGUUCAGAUACAGACUGAUGAAGAAUACACACAACUGUCCAUUGACAUCUGUGACAAAUAUGAUGCUGGAAAAUACAUCCUCAACUUGGAAAAUAGCGCUGGCACCAAAUCAGCCUUUGUCUCUGUUAAAGUUUUGGACACUCCAGGGUCCCCUCUGAAUCUAACAGUAAAAGACAUUAAGAGGGAAAGUGUCACGCUGACCUGGGAGCCUCCUGUUAUUGAUGGUGGUGCAAGAAUCAAGAAUUACCUGGUUGAAAAGCGUGAUGCUACCAGGAAGGUUUACUCUAACGUGGACAACAAGUGCACAAAGACAAGCUACCGUAUCACUGGCCUCACUGAGGGAACUAUCUACUAUUUCAGAGUCUUAGCGGAGAACGAGUUUGGUGUGGGACAGCCAGCUGAGACAGAAGACUCAGUUAAGACCUCUGAGCCUCCUCUGCCAGUGGGUAAGGUCACUUUGACUGAAGUUACCAAAACAUCUGUCUCACUCUCAUGGGAGAAGCCAGACCAUGAUGGAGGCAGUAGGAUCAUGGGCUACUACAUUGAGAUGCAGCCUGUGGGCUCAGAGGAAUGGGUGGUGGCCACCACAACCAAAACUUGUGAAGGCACUGUCACAGGCCUCAGCGCAGGACAUGAGUACCUGUUUAGAGUGUCAGCUUUCAAUGAUAAGGGCAAGAGUGACCCCAGGUCUCUGGCUGCACCAGUCACUGCUAAAGAUGUAACUAUCGAGCCCAGAUUCAAGGUGACAUUCAACACUUACAGUUUACAACAUGGUGAGGAUCUUAAGGUUGAGAUUCCAGUGAUUGGACGCCCUGUGCCCAAGAUUGAAUGGAAAAGGGAUGGACAGGCUCUUAAGGAGACAACCAGACUAAAUGUAACCAGCACACAAUCAUCUACUAAGCUGUGCAUCAAGGAUGCAAAUAAGGAAGACUCUGGUAAAUACACUGUCACAGCCACCAGCAGUGCUGGAACAGCUACAGAGGAGAUUACUGUCAUUAUUCUUGAUAAGCCUGGCCCACCCACAGGCCCUGUGAAGAUUGAGGAGGUGAGUUCUGAUUAUGUCACUCUCUCCUGGGAGCCACCAGAGUAUACUGGAGGCUGUCAGAUCAACAACUACAUUGUGGAGAAGAGAGACACCACCACGACAGCAUGGCAGAUUGUGUCUGCUACUAUUGCCAGGACAACCAUCAAAGUCACCAAGUUAAAGACUGGAGUUGAGUAUCAAUUUAGAGUGUCUGCAGAGAAUAGAUAUGGAAAGAGUUCUGCCAUUGUCUCUCCUGCUGUUAUUGCUCAGUAUCCAUUCAGUGAGCCUGCUGCCCCAGGAACACCAAGUAUUUCAGCUGCAACCAAGGAUAACAUGGUUGUUGAGUGGAAAGCCCCCAUCAACAAUGGAGGCAGCCCCAUCCUAGGCUAUCAUCUCGAGAGAAAGGAGAAAAACAGCCUCUUGUGGACUAAAGUCAACAAACAUCUAAUCCCAGACACGCAUUUCAAGACUACAGAGCUGGAAGAAGGUAUUGAGUAUGAAUUCAGAGUUUAUGCUGAGAACAUUGCUGGACUCAGCCCAGCUAGCAAGGUAUCUGAGAGCACAGUAGCCAGGGACCCAUGUGACCCACCAGGCACUCCUGAGGCUAUUGAUAUCACCAGAAAUCAUUUGACACUCCAGUGGACCAGGCCUCAGUAUGAUGGAGGCAGUGCAAUCACUGGCUAUGUGAUUGAGAGGAGGAAGCACCCAGAUACCCGCUGGAUGAAGGCAAGCUUCACCAACAUCACUGAUACCCAGUUCACACUCACUGGCCUUACUGAGGACUGUGUUUACGAGUUCAGAGUCAUUGCUAGGAACGCUGCUGGCAUUUCCAGCCGUCCUUCUCAGAGCACAGGAGAAAUUACUGCCAAAGAUGAAAUUGAGGCUCCAGCAGCCACCAUGGAUUCUAAAUUCAAGGAUCUGACUGUUGUUCAUGCUGGUGAGACAUUCCUCAUUGAUGCUGACUACACUGGCAAGCCUCUGCCUGAGGUCAUAUGGUUAAAGGAAGGAAAGGAGAUUGACAAAACCACACCAAGAAUGGAGGUCAAGACCACACUCACACAUACCAUUCUGACAGUCAAGGAUUGCAUCAGAGUGGAUGGUGGCCACUUUGUCCUCAAACUUGUCAAUGUGGGAGGAGUCAAGAUGAUCCCAGUUAACGUUAAAGUUCUGGAUAGACCUGGUCCUCCAGAUGGCCCGUUAGAAGUCAAAGGGGUCACAGCUGAGAAAUGUUAUCUGCACUGGAACCAUCCCUCACAUGAUGGUGGAGCCGGAAUCUCUCACUACAUCAUUGAGAAGAGAGAGACCAGUCGUUUGUCAUGGACCGUUGUUGAGCCCAAGAUUCAGGCCAUCAGCUACAAAAUUACAAAACUGCUGCCUGGCAAUGAAUAUAUCUUCAGAGUCACUGCAGUGAAUAAAUAUGGUGCUGGUGAGCCUUUGGAAUCUGAACCUGUUAUUGCUCGCAACCCCUUCACCACUCCUAGUGCCCCCUCCACCCCAGAAGUCAGCGCUAUCACUAGGGACUCUAUGGUGCUUACCUGGGAGAGACCAGAGGAUAAUGGAGGAGCUGAGAUUGAAGGAUAUAUCCUUGAAAAACGAGAUAAGGAUGGCAUCAGAUGGACUAAAUGUAACAAAAAGAGGCUGAAUGACCUGAGAUUCAGAUGCACUGGCCUCACAGAGGGCCACUCCUAUGAAUUCAGGGUCUCAGCUGAAAAUGCUGCUGGUGUGGGAAAGCCCAGUGCACCAACUCAAUACAUCAAGGCCUGUGAUGCCACUUAUCCACCAGGACCUCCAAAUAACCCCAAAGUCACUGGCCAUUCAAGCACCACAGUCUCUCUAUCCUGGUCCAGGCCUAUCUAUGAUGGUGGAGCACAGAUCAGCGGAUAUAUUGUUGAAAUGAAGGAGGCUGCAGAUGAUGAGUGGACCAUUUGCACACUACCCACUGGUGUUCAGACUACUCACUACACUGUAAAGAAACUGAAGGAGAAUGUAGAGUACAACUUCCGCAUCUGUGCUGUUAACUGUGAGGGAGUAGGAGAGCAUGUUGACCUACCUGGGUCUGUGAUCGCUGCAGAGAAGCUAGAGCCUCCUGAAAUUGAACUAGAUGCUGAUCUGAGGAAGAUGGUCAAUGUUCGUGCCACCGCCACCCUGCGUCUGUUUGUGACAAUCAGAGGAAAGCCUGAGCCUGAGGUCAGAUGGUCAAAGGCUGAUGGCACUCUGAAUGAGCAUGCCCAGAUUGAAGUCACAAGCUCUUACACAAUGCUGGUGAUUGAGAAUGUUGAUAGAUUCGACACUGGCAAAUAUGUACUGACCCUUGAGAACCUCAGUGGCUCUAAAUCAGCCUUCAUUAAUGUCAGAGUUCUGGACUCCCCCAGCGCUCCUACCAACCUGGUGGUUAAGGAUGUGAAGAGAACCUCUGUCUCUCUCUCCUGGGAGCCUCCUCUAAUUGAUGGUGGGGCUAAGAUAUCACACUAUAUUGUGGAGAAGAGAGAGCAGAAGAGAAUGGCUUUCACCAGUGUUUGCACCAACUGUGUGAGGAACUCCUAUAUUAUUUCUGAUCUCCAGGAGGGAGGCCGAUACUAUUUCCGUGUGUUGGCUGUGAAUGAGCUAGGAGUAGGUUUGCCUGCCUCCACAGAUCAAGUUAAGGUGUCUGAGGUUCCUUUGCCUCCUGGUAAGAUCAUUCUGGUUGACGUGACUCGUCAUACUGUCACCCUUUCCUGGGAGAAACCUGAUCAUGAUGGAGGCAGCAAGAUUACAAACUAUAUUGUGGAGAUGCAGCCCAAGGGAGAAGAUAAAUGGACUGUGUGCAGUGAAGUCAAAGCACUGGAAGCUACUAUUGAUGGACUCACAACUGGAGAGGAAUACUUCUUCAGGGUGAUUGCUGUGAAUGAUAAGGGCAAGAGUGAUGCCAAGCCUCUGGCUAACCCUGUGGUGACGAAGGACAUCACAGUGGAGCCCAUCAUCAACCUGUUGUUCAACACAUACAGUGUAAAAGCAGGAGAUGACCUGAAGAUUGAUGUUCCCUUCAAAGGCAGACCUCUGCCUGAGGUAUCCUGGAAGAAGGAUGGCCAAGUGCUUAAGCAGACAACUAGGGUCAAUGUUCUUACUUCCAAGACCUCAUCCAAGAUUUUCAUCAAGGAUGCAACCAAUGAGGAUGUUGGAAAGUAUGAGAUUACUCUGACAAACACAUUUGGCACCAAGACAGCUGAAAUCUCUGUUAUAAUCCUGAACAAACCUGGCCCACCCAGCAACAUUAAGGUGGAUGAGGUGAGUGCUGACUUUAUUUCUCUGUCUUGGGAUCCUCCAACCCAUGAUGGUGGAUGCCAGAUUAAUAACUAUGUGGUGGAGAAGAGAGACACUACCACAAUUUCAUGGCAGAUUGUCUCAGCCACAGUAGCCAGGACAUCAAUCAAGGUGUCUCGUCUCACUCAAGGAACAGAGUACCAGUUCCGUAUUGCAGCUGAGAACCGUUAUGGCAAGAGUCCUGCCAUUGACUCUGUUCCUGUUGUUGCUCAGUAUCCCUUUGAGCCUCCUGGCCCUCCAACCAACCUCCAUGUUGCCCAUGCCACCAAGUAUGGCAUGCUCGUGGUAUGGGGCAGACCUGCCACUGAUGGUGGAAGCCCCGUUAUUGGUUAUCACAUUGAAUGCAAAGUGCAAAACAGCCUCCUGUGGACCAAGGUCAACAGAGGUCUACUAGCUGAGAACCAGUUUAAGAUGACAGGCAUUGAAGAAGGUCUGCUGUAUCAGUUCAGAGUCUAUGCUGAAAAUAUUGCAGGCAUUGGUCCAUGCACCAAGGCCAGUGACCCUGUGGCAGCCAGGAAUCCAUGUGAACCUCCCUGUAACCUUAGAGUCACCAACAUUACCAGGACCUCAGUUUCCCUCUUCUGGGAGAGGCCAGAGUAUGAUGGCGGAGCAAAAGUUACUGGCUACAUUGUUGAGCGUAAAGAACUUCCCAAUGGCCGCUGGCUGAAAUGCAACUUCACCAACUUGCAAGACACCUACUUUGAUGUCACAGGCCUCACAGAAGAUGUCCAAUAUGAUUUCCAUGUCAUCGCUAGGAAUUCUGCAGAGCUGUUGAGUGCUCCCUCAGAAAGCACUGGUCCUGUCACAGUCAAGGAUGAUGUAGACCCUCCCACCAUUAUCCUGGAUGAUAAGUUCAGACAGCUGGUUGUCAUUAAGGCUGGAGACAUCAUUAGAAUUGAUGCUGAAAUCACAGGCCGUCCACUCCCAGUUGUCUCAUGGUCUAAGGAUGGAAAGGAGGUUGAGGCCAAGGCCAGGUGUGAAGUCACCUCCACCAACUUCACAACCACCCUGAUUGUCAGAGAUGCUAUCAGGAGGGACUCUGGCCAGUAUGUCCUGACCCUGCACAAUGUGGCAGGAACCAGGUCUGUGGCUAUCAACUGCAAGGUUCUGGACAGACCUGGACCUGCCUCAGGACCUUUGGCAGUGUCUGGCCUCACAGCAGAGAAAUGCACCCUAACCUGGGGACCCCCUCAGGAGAAUGGUGGUGCUGAAAUCAUGCACUACGUGGUGGAAAAACGUGAGACUAGUCGCCUUGCCUGGACUGUUGUCUAUGGUGACAUGAAGGCAACCACCUGUAAAGUGACCAAGCUGCUCAGAGGAAAUGAGUACAUCUUCAGAGUCAGGGGAGUCAACAAAUAUGGGGAUGGUGAGGCCCUCGAGAGUGAGCCAACAAAGGCCAUGGAUCCAUUCACUGUGCCUGCAGCUCCCACUAAUGUCCAGGUCACCUCAGUUACUAGUGAGGCAAUGACCAUCUGUUGGGAAAGACCAGUUUCUGAUGGUGGCAGCAGUAUCUCUGGCUAUGUCAUUGAAAGGCGAGAGAAAACUGGCCUUCGCUGGUGCCGUGUCAACAAGAAACCUGUUUAUGACCUCAGAGUCAAAGCCUCACACCUUCGUAAUGGCUGUGAGUAUGAGUACAGAGUGUUUGCAGAGAACUCUGCUGGCCUCAGUGCUCCCAGCAUCCCUUGCCCACUCACCAAGGCUGAAGACCCACAGUUCUUGCCUUCACCUCCUGCUAAGCCUAAGAUCAUUGACUCUACAAAGACCACGGCCACCCUGUCAUGGAAUAAGCCACUAUUUGAUGGUGGAGCACCUGUGACUGGUUACAGAGUAGAAUACAGGAAGACUUUAGAUGAUGAAUGGAUUGUUGGAGUCCAGAACACCAAGAACACAGAGUUUACAGUGGUGGGAUUGACACCUGGGGCUGAAUAUGUGUUUGUCGUCAAGUCCAUUAACAAGAUUGGGGUCAGUGAGCCCAGUCCUGAGUCAGACAAACAGGUUGCCAAAGAAAGAGAGGAGGAGCCAGUCUUUGACAUCAGCAAUGAACUGAGGAAGACUCUUAUUGUGAAGGAUGGGAGCUCAUUCACCAUGACAGUGCCCUACAGAGGCAAACCCACCCCCAGUGUCACAUGGACUAAGCCUGAUGUUGACCUUAGAGUUCGUGCUGUCAUUGACACCACAGACACCUUCACCUCCAUCACCUUAGAGAAAGCAACUCGUAAUGACUCUGGCAAAUACACCAUCACCUUGUCCAACGUAGCUGGAACCUCCUCUUUGACACUCAAUGUCAGAGUCCUGGACUCCCCUGGACCUCCUUACCAUGUAGAGGUCAAGGAAGUGACCAAGACCUCUGCUACUGUAACAUGGGACACUCCUGAGAACGAGGGAGGAGGGCCAGUCAAGAACUACCUUGUUGAUAUCCGUGAGGCCAGCAAGAAAGGAUGGACCAGGUUGACUGACACAUGCCACAGACUGACAUACAAGGUGACAGACCUGCAGGAAGGAGGAGUCUAUUACUUCAGAGUGACAGGCGAAAAUGAGUAUGGUGUAGGUGUUCCUGCUGAGACAAAAGAGGGAACCAAGAUCACAGAAAAACCAAGCCCACCACCAAAGCUGGGUGUGACUGAUGUGACCAAGGAGAGUGUGACCCUGGCCUGGGCCAAACCAGAACAAGACGGAGGGAGCAGAAUUAUUGGCUACCUGGUGGAAGCUUUGGAGAAAGGCCAAGAGAAGUGGGUUAAGUGUGGCGUAACCAAGUCCAUCCAUUUCACAGUGUCUGGUCUGAGGGAGAAUGCUGAGUACUUCUUCAGAAUCAGAGCUGAGAACCAUGCAGGAUUCAGUGAUACUAAGGAAAUGGUCACACCUGUAAUGGUCAAAGACCAGCUUGAAUCUCCUGAGAUCAACAUGAAGGACUUCCCCCACAACACAGUGUAUGUUAGAGCUGGCUCCACACUCAAGUGUGAGAUCCUAUUGACUGGCCGGCCUUUGCCUAAAGUCACCCUGUCCAAGAAUAAUGUGCUGCUCAGGUCAACAAUGAGGUUCAACUUUGAGGUCACCCCUGACAGCAUCAAGAUCACUUUGCGUGAGAGCAUUGUUGGAGACUCAGGACGCUAUGAUAUCACUGCCUCCAACUCCAGUGGAACCACCAAGUCCUUUAUAAAUAUAAUGGUUCUGGAUCGCCCCAGUGCCCCACUUGGACCUGUGGAGCUGUUUGAUGUCACAGAAGACAGCGUGAACCUGAAGUGGCUCCCACCAGCAUAUGAUGGUGGCAGCCCCAUCACCAACUACAUCAUCCAGAAGAGAGAGACAACCACAGCCAACUGGAUGGAUGUCUCUUCUGCUGUGGCCCGCUGCACCAUUAAGAUCAUGAAGCUGAACACUGGCCUGGAGUACCAAUUCAGAAUCAGGGCUGAGAACAGAUAUGGAAUCAGCGAACACAUUGACUCACCAACUAUCAGUGUCAGCCUUCCUUACACUAUUCCUGAUGCUCCGUCAACUCCAGAGAUUACUGCUGUAACCAGGGAGAGCAUCACUGUAGGCUGGAAGGAGCCCAAGUCAGAUGGUGGCAGCCAUGUGUUUGGCUACCAUCUCCAGAUGAAAGACAGGAACAGCAUCCUUUGGCAGAGAGUCAACAAAACGCUGAUCCGUGCUACACACUUCAAGGUUACCAACAUCGACCCUGGACUUAUUUAUGAGUUCAAGGUGGCAGCAGAGAACGCUGCUGGAAUCAGUGUCUUCAGCCAGGUUUCUGAUGCAGUGCUGGCUAUUGAUGCCUGUGAGCCACCCAUCAACUUGCGCAUCAGUGACAUCACCAAGAGCACCAUUAGCCUGGCCUGGCAGAAGCCCAACUACGAUGGUGGAUCUCCAAUCACUGGCUACAUCAUUGAGAAGAGAGAGGGAGUUAGUGCCAGGUGGUCCAAGGCUAACCUUACUAAUAUCACAGACACUCACUUCACUGUGACUGGCCUAACCCAGGACGAGACAUACGAGUUUAGAGUCAUGGCCAAGAAUGCCGUUGGCUCAGUGAGCAACCCAUCCAUGACCGCUGGACCAGCCACGUGUGUGGACACCUACGGUGCCCCAGAGAUUGAAAUACCACAGGAGUACCUCAACGAGGUAAAGCACAAGGCUGGCUCUAAUGUGGAGCUCAAGUUUAAUAUCACAGCCAAACCUGCUCCCACUAUCGAGUGGUUUAAGGAUGGCAGAGAGCUUGAGCUCACUGCCCAGCUCUCUUUCAAACACACAUUCGAGUCCACCAGUUUGUUCCUGAAGGACACCACCCGUCUGAACUCUGGAACCUAUGAGGUCAAGGUGAAGAACUCCCUGGGAUCUGCAUGUGCCAUUGUCAGGCUGCUCAUUCAAGACAAGCCAGGCCCCCCUGCUGGAGAGAUUGAGUUUAAGAAGGUGACAGCCGACAACAUCACCAUCAUGUGGUCCCCGCCUGCUGAUGAGGGCGGUGCUAUGGUAACACAUUACAUUGUGGAAAAGAGGGAGACCAGCAGGGUCAUGUGGUCCAUUGUCUCAGAGAAACUGGUCGACUGCAUUGUUAAUGUGCCCAGACUCAUCCAGGGCAAUGAGUACAUCUUCAGAGUUCGUGGAGUCAACAAGUAUGGCAUCGGAGACCCACUGGAGUCUGAACCUGUAAUCGCCAAGAAUGCAUUUGUUCCUCCCAGUGAGCCAUCCAAACCUAAAGUGACCAUGAUCACCAAGUCCACCAUGACAGUGAUCUGGGAAAGGCCGGCAUUGGAUGGAGGCAGCGACAUCGACGGCUACUACCUGGAGAAGAGGGAGAAGAAGAGUCUGCAGUGGUUCAAGGUGGUGAAGGGCACCAUCAGAGACACCAGGCAGAAAGUCACCAACCUGGUGGAGAACAACGAGUACCAGUUCAAAGUUUGUGCUGUCAACAAGGCUGGAGCAGGAAACUAUUCUGAACCUUCUGACCUCUACAAGGCCUACGACCCUAUCGAUCUGCCUGGUGAGCCAUCUAAGCUUCGUGUGGUCGACUCCACAAAGACCUCCAUCACCCUCGGCUGGGAGAAGCCUCUCUAUGAUGGCGGCAGUGAAAUCACACACUACAUUUUGGAACAGAUGAACAUAGAAGACAAAGAAUGGGUGACCAUCAACCCACAGGUCAAGACCUGCGAGUAUGUGGUGUCCCACCUCAAACCUGGAACCUACUACUACUUCAGAGUCUCUGCUGUAAACUGCAAGGGCAAAGGAGAAGACAUCAAAAUGUACCAGCCUGUGCAAGCCAAAGAUAUCUUGGAGGAGGCCGAUUUGGACUUGGACGUUCCCAUGACGACCCAAUACACAGCCAGGGCCGGCCGUGACGUUGAAGUGUUUAUUCCACUGAAGGGACGCCCCGCCCCCAACAUCACCUGGCGCCGUGGCGACCGCAACGUGGCUGGUGACAACCGCUAUACCAUCACCAGCUCAGAGCGAGCCACCACACUCCACAUUCCCAAGGUCACCCGCGAUGACUGCGGCAAGUACCUGCUGGAGAUUGAGAACGGUGUGGGAGAACCCAAGAUUAUCACAGUUUCCCUUAAGGUUCUGGACAGUCCAUCCACCUGCCAGAAAUUGAUAAUCAAGAAUGUGACAAGAGGAAAGCUGACCCUCAGCUGGGAGGGUCCUCUCGUCGAUGGCGGUUCCCCUGUCACUAAUUACAUUGUUGAAAAGAAGGCCUCCACCAUGAAGGCUUACCAGGUGAUCACCGCCGAAUGUGCCAACACAACUUACAAGGUGUCGGGCCUGGAGGAGGAUAUAGCUUACUUCUUCCGUGUAUCAGCUGAAAACGAGUAUGGUGUGGGCGACACCUGCGAGACCACUGAGCCUGUCAGAGCCACGGAAACUCCAGGAGCUGUUAAAGACCUGGUGAUGGUGGACUCCACAAAGAACUCUGUUACCCUGCAGUGGACCAGACCUGACCACGAUGGUGGCAGCCACAUCACUGAAUAUAUUAUUGAGAAGAGAACCAGGGAAGAUACCACCUGGACUUUGGGUGCAACAUGCAAGCGCUGCAGCUGCGAGGUGACGGGACUCAAGGAGGACUCUGAAAUGGACUUCAGAGUGUUCGCCAAGAAUGAAAAGGGCAACAGUGACUUCUCCCAGAUUGGUCCGAUCACAGUGAUGGACUUUAUCAUUCCACCUGAGGCCAGUCUCAGUGACUACCCCAAUGGAGAGCUUGCUGUUCGUAUUGGUCAGAACAUCCACAUUGAGUUGCCCUUCAAGGGCAAACCAAGACCUGCAAUCAGCUGGCUAAAGGAUAACUUGCCUCUGAAGGAAAGCGAUAGGAUUCGCUUCAGGACCACUGACAACAAGACUGCAGUCACAGUCAGAGGAGCCAAGAAGGAGCAUGCUGGCCAGUACACCUUGGUUCUGGACAACAGAGUCAUCAAGAAUUACUUUGACAUUAAUGUGAUCACUCUGGGGCCCCCCUCAGUUCCUGUUGGACCCAUCCGCUUCGAUGAGAUUAAAGCCCAGAGUAUCAUCAUCUCCUGGGAUGAGCCCAAGGAGGAUGGAGGUGGCGAGAUCACCUGCUACAGCGUGGAGAAACGUGAGACCUCCCAGGCUAACUGGAAGAUGGUCUGCUCCAGCGUUGUCAGGACCACCUUCAAGAUUCCCAACCUGGUCAAGGGAACUCAGUACCAGUUCAGAGUCCGUUCAGAGAACAAGUAUGGAGUCAGUGAACCACUAAACUCCUCAGACAUUGUUGCCCAGCACCAGUACAAACCUCCAGGCUCUCCAGGAAAGCCAGUGGCCUACAACAUCACCAGUGAUGGUAUGACCAUCAAAUGGGAGGCCCCAGGCUUUGAUGGAGGAUCCCCCAUUUUGGGCUAUCAUGUUGAGAAGAAGGAUAGGAACAGCCUCUUGUGGCAGAAGGUGAACUCCACCAUCAUCUCCAAUAGAGAGUACAGGAUCAUUGGUCUCUUGGAAGGGCUGGAGUACUCCUUCAGAGUCUACGCAGAAAACAACGCAGGACUCAGCCCUGUCAGUGAACAAAGCAAACAUGCACUUGCUAUCUCCCCUGUUGAUCCACCUGGCACCCCUGUCUGUAUCGAUGUAACCAGAGACUCAGUCACCCUGCAGUGGGACAUUCCCAAGAGGGACGGUGGCAGCAAAAUUGUGGCCUACAGUGUGGAGAGGCGCCAAGGUAGAGGCAAAUGGCUGCGGUGCAACUUCACUGAUAUCAGCGAGACCCAGUUCACUGUGACUGGUCUGUCCGCUGGAGACAGAUUUGAGUUCAGAGUGAUUGCCAGAAAUGCUGUGGGCACAGUCAGUCCACCAUCUAACUCCUCUGGAUACAUUAUGACCAAGGAUGAGAGCAUUGCUCCUGAGAUUGAGUGGUCUCCAGACCAGGUGCUCACACUGAGGGCCGGAGAGAACGUAAAGCUCAGCUGCAGCAUCACUGGACGCCCCGUCCCCCAGGUUGUCUGGUACAAGGAUGGCAAAGAGAUUGACAAGAGGAUCAUGAUUGACAUUGAGAUUACCACCGGCAUUGGCACCAGUAGUCUUUUUAUCCGCGAUGCUGACAGAAACCACCGUGGCAUCUACACAGUAGAGGCCAAGAACAGCUCCGGUACCAAGAAAGCUGAUGUCAACGUCAGAGUACAAGAAACCCCCGGACCUGUCGAGGGUCCCAUCCGUUUCACCGGCAUCACAGCUGAGAAGUGCACUGUGUGGUGGAACCCGCCGGAGAACGAUGGCUGUGCCGCCAUCACCCACUACGUGGUGGAGAAGAGGGAGACAUCCAGGAUCUCAUGGGCCUUGGUCACCUCCAAAUGUGAAGCAUGUUCUUACAAUGCCACCAACCUCAUCAAGGGCAAUGAGUACCAGUUCAGAAUCUCUGCUGUCAACAAGUUUGGUGUCGGCAAACCACUGGACUCUGAUCCUAUCAUCGCACAGAUGCAAUAUACUGUGCCUGAUGCCCCUGGUACCCCAGAUGCCACCCAUGUGACUGGAAACAGCAUCACCCUGUGCUGGACCAGGCCAAGGUCAGAUGGAGGUAACGAGAUCAAACAAUACAUCCUGGAGAGGAGAGAGAAGAAGAGCCUGCGCUGGGUGAAGGUUUCCUCCAAGAGACCCAUCACAGAGCUAAGACAACGUGUCACCAACCUCACUGAAGGCAAUGAGUAUGAGUUCCGCGUCAUGGCUGAAAAUGGCGCUGGCGUUGGACCAGCCAGCAGUACCUCCAGGCUCUUCAAAUGCAGAGAGCCAACCAGUGCUCCCAGUGCUCCCUCAGUAAUCAAGGUCACUGACUCCACAAAGUCCUCUGUCACCCUGGAAUGGACCAAGCCAGUCUUUGAUGGCGGCAUGGAAAUCAUUGGCUACAAUAUUGACAUGUGUAAGGCCAGUCUGGAGGAGUGGCACAGAGUCAACAGCCAGAUUUGCAUCCACACCAGGUACACUGCCAAGGGCCUGGUGCCUGGAGAGCUCUACAAGUUUAGGGUCAGUGCUGUGAACGGAUCCGGAGAGGGCGAAGCCUCAGUUAUGCCCAACCCUGUUCAGGCUCUGGACAGACUUACAUCUCCUGAGAUCAACAUUGAUGCCAACUUCAAACAGACUCACAUUGUGAAGAAUGGCGGCUCUGUCACCCUCCAAAUUGCCUUCCGCGGCAAACCAACUCCUCUCGCCACCUGGUCUAAAGUAGACGGUGAGCUGCCUGUCAUGGCCGAUGUCAACACCACAGAUUCCUUCUCUACUCUGACCAUCGAGGGUUGCACUAGGUACGAGGCAGGCAAAUACACCCUGUCCCUGGAGAACAACAGCGGGCGCAAGUCCAUCACAUUCACUGUCAAAGUUCUGGACACACCCGGACCUCCGGGAGUCAUCACCUUUAAAGAUGUUACCCGUGGAGCCUUAACAAUGAUGUGGGAUGCCCCUACCAAUGACGGCGGAUCCCGAAUUCACCACUACAUCGUGGACAAGCGCGAGGCCAGCCGUCUGGCUUGGCAGGAGGUCAGCACCAAGUGCUCUCGCCAGAUGAUCAGGGUAACUGGUCUAGAUAUUGGUGUGCCAUAUGUGUUCAGAGUGAUUGCUGUUAACCAGUAUGGCCAGGGAGAAGCUCAUGAGAUGACAGAGCCCAUCAUUGCUACAGAAGAACCUGCACCACCCAAGAGACUGGAUGUUGUCGACACCACCAACUCCACAGCCUCCCUGGUGUGGCUGAAGCCUGAGCAUGAUGGAGGCAGCCGUAUCAGAGGCUACAUUGUUGAAUUCAGAGCUAAAGGCACUGAUCGCUGGGUUGUUAGCGGAGAGACAAAGUCCCAGAAGAUGCUGGUGGAGGGUCUGAUUGAGAACACAGAGUAUGACUUCAGAGUCAAGGCCAAGAACGAUGCUGGAAUCAGCGAGCCUCAGGCCACCUUCAGCUCUGUGGUCAUUAAGGAGCCUCGCAUUGAACCUACUGCUGACCUAAGCAGCAUCACCAAUCAGCUCAUCACCUGCAAGACCUCCACCACCUUCACAAUCGACAUCCCCAUUAGCGGCAGGCCUGCACCUAAGGUCACCUGGAAGCUGGAGGAGAUGAAGCUGAAGGAGACUGACAGAGUCUCCAUCAAAACCACAAAGGAGAGAACCACUCUGGUGGUGAAAGACAGCAAGAGAAGCGACAGCGGCAAAUACUACCUGACCCUGGAGAAUGCUGCUGGUGUGAAGACAUUCACAGUGACCGUGGUUGUUGUUGGCAGACCAAGUCCACCCACAGGGCCUGUGGAAAUUUCUGGAGUCUCCUCAGAGUCCUGCACCCUGUCCUGGUCCGAGCCAGCUGAUGAUGGCGGCACUGACAUCACCAACUACAUUGUGGAAAAGCGAGAGUCUGGCUCUGCCUCCUGGCAAGUGGUAAAUUCCAGUGUGAAGAGAACCACCAUCAAAGUGACUCAUCUUACUAAAUACAUGGAGUACACCUUCAGAGUGUGCGCUGAGAACAAGUUUGGAGUCAGCAAGUCCACUGAGUCUGCUCCUGUUGUCAUUGAGCAUCCUUUUGUUCCUCCGAGUCCUCCAACUCGUCCAGAUGUGGUAUCCGUGUCCGCCAACGCCAUCAGCAUCAAAUGGGACGUGCCAUAUGCCGAUGGUGGCAGCAUGGUGACAGGCUACUGGAUUGAGAAGAAGGAAAGGAACACAAUCCUGUGGGUGAGGGAGAACAAACUGCCCUGCCUGGAGUGCCAUUACAAAGUGUCCAACCUGAUCGAGGGCCUGGAGUACCAGUUCAGGGUGUAUGCCAUGAACAUCGCCGGACUCAGCAAGGCCAGCGAGGCCUCCAGACCUGUGGUGGCUCUCAAUCCUGUUGAUCCUCCUGGUAAACCUGAGGUGACAGACAUCACCCGUUCCUCUGUGUCAUUGUGCUGGACCGUGCCGUUCAAUGAUGGCGGCAGUAAGAUCAUUGGUUACGUGGUGGAGAGGAAAGUUUACAGUACGGAUGAGUGGGAUGACAACCGCUGGCUCAAGUGCAAUUACACCACCAUCAGCGAGAACUACUUCACCGUCACCAACCUGGGAGAGGGAGAGACCUAUGAGUACCAUGUCAUCGCCAAGAAUGCCGCAGGUGUCCACAGCGCGCCCUCCGAGUCCACCGGACCAGUCACAUGCAAGGAUGAAUUCUCUCCUCCCAAAGCUGAGUUGGACAGCAAGCUGGUGGGUGAGACCGUCACCGUUACUGCCGGUUCUGACCUCAUCCUGGACGGUGCUGUGGGUGGUAAACCACAGCCUACAGUGUACUGGUCAAAGGGCGACAAGAUUUUGGAGCCCGGAGAGAAAUACUCGCUGACCUACACUGCCACCAGAGCCAUGGCCGUCAUCAAGAGCUGUGACAGAUACGACACGGGCAGAUACAUCCUGACUGUCAGGAACGCCAGCGGAACCAAGACCGCUUCCGUCAAUGUUAAAGUUCUGGACACUCCUGGAGCUCCAGCUGAUAAGAUCGUGAUCAGCAGAGUGACAGAGGAGAAGUGUACAGUGUCCUGGAAGAUUCCUCUGGAGGAUGGUGGAGACAUCGUCACCCAUUACAUUGUGGAGCGUCGCGAGACCAGCCGCCUCAACUGGGUCAUCAUGGAGACCGAGUGCAAGACACUGUCAUGUGUCAGCUCCAGGCUGAUCAAGAACAACGAGUACAUCUUCAGAGUCAGAGGGGUCAACAAGUUUGGGCCUGGAGUUCCUCUGGAGUCCGAUCCCAUCAUUGCCAGGAACGCCUACACCAUCCCAUCCCAACCGGGCACUCCGGAGGCUACAGCGGUGGGUAAGGAGCAUGUCAUCAUCGAGUGGCUGAAGCCCGAGAGCGAUGGAGGCAGCGAGAUCAAAAAUUACAUAGUGGAUAAACGAGAGAAGAGCAGCACCAGGUGGACUCGAGUGAAUAAGACUUACACCAUCUACGACACCCGUCUGAAGAUCAUAGGCCUGCUGGAGGGAAGCGAGUACCAGUUCAGAGUGACAGCUGUCAACGCUGCUGGAGACAGCCAGCCGAGCGACGCCUCGCCAUACAUCCUCUGCAGAGACCCCACAUAUACCCCAGCUCCUCCAACAAUGCCUCGCAUCACCGACACAACCAAGCACAGCAUCAGCAUGACCUGGACCAGGCCCAUGUACGAUGGCGGCUCAGAUGUCACUGGUUACGUGGUGGAGAUCCUAGAGGAGGGCACCGAGCAGUGGUACCGCGCCACCACCAAGGCUCUCAAGAUGAACGAGUAUGUGGCUGCUGGCCUGGCAGCCAAUAAGAAGUACAGAUUCAGGGUAGCUGCUAUCAACAGCAACGGCACCGGGGAGUUCAGUGAACCUAGCGCUGAGGUUGCACCACUGGAGAGAGUUGAAAUGCCUGACCUGGAACUGGCCGAAGACCUGAAGAAAACGGUGUGUCUGCGUGCUGGAGGAACCCUGCGUCUGAUUGUAUUUGUCACCGGCCGGCCGACACCAGUAGUGGCCUGGAGGAAGACUGGCGUGGAGCUGCAGAGUCGCGGCUACAUUGAGACCACUGAUAGCUACACCUCUCUGACGGUGGAAAAGGUCAAUCGCUACGACUCCGGAAAAUACGUUGUGGAGGCGGAGAACCCGUCUGGCAAGAAGACUGCCAUCAUCCUGGUUAAAGUCUACGACACUCCUGGUCCUCCAGGUUCUGUGAAGGUGAAGGACUACACCAAGGAGUCUGUUGUAAUAACCUGGGAUGUCCCAAGCAUUGAUGGUGGCGCUCACAUCAGCAACUACAUUGUAGAGAAGCGUGAAGCCAACAUGAAGUCAUACAAGACCGUCACCACUGAGUGUAGGAAGACCCUGCUCAGGAUCACUGGUCUGGAGGAGGGAGUGCACUACUUCUUCAGAGUCCUGCCAGAGAACAUCUAUGGUGUUGGUGAGCCCUGUGAGACAACCGAGGCCGUGCUGGUAUGCGAGGUGCCGUCUGUGCCUGUGAGCCUCCAGAUUGUUGAUGUCACAAAGUCCUCUGUCACGCUGCACUGGGAGAAACCAAUGCACGAUGGCGGCAGCAGGCUGACGGGCUAUGUCAUUGAGGCCUGCAAGGUGGGAUCGGACAGAUGGAGUGCCAUGGCGACAGUCAAGGCCUCAGUGUCCCAGUACACCAUCCAAUCCCUGACAGAGAACGACCAGUACCUGUUCAGGAUCCGAGCCACCAACAGCAGGGGAGCCAGCGAGCCCAUGGACAUCGUCACUCCUGUCACAAUCCAGGACAUCAAGGUGAUGCCCAAGAUAGACAUGACCAGCAUCCCUCAGAAGAUCGUCCAUGUGCACCGUGGCAAACCUAUCGACCUCAACAUCCCCAUAAAGGCCAGUCCGCAGCCUGUCUGCUCCUGGUACUUUGGUGGUGUCAAACUGAAGGACAGCCUGGACCGCAUCAAGAUUGACAGCAAUGGCAAAUACACCCACCUCGUCAUCCGCGAGACCACCAUCAAUGACACAGGAGACUACACGCUCGAGGUGAAGAAUGCCAUCGGCAUGGCAACUGAGGGCAUCAAAGUCAUCAUCCUUGACAAACCAGGCAUCCCGGUCGGUCCGAUGAAGAUCGAGGAGGUUGAUGGCGUGUCAGUGACAGUCAGCUGGCAACCUCCAGAGAAGGACGGUGGUGCCAACAUCAGCGGCUAUGUGGUGGAACAGCGCGAUGCCCACCGGCCAGGCUGGAUCACCAUUUCAGAGUCAGUGACCCGACCCUGCUUUAAGUUCACCAGACUCUCCGAGGGAACAGAGUAUGUGUUCCGUGUUGCUGCUAUGAAUCGCUUUGGUGUUGGUGGCUUCCUGCAGUCCGAAGUGGUGGAGAGCAAGAGCGCUAAAACCAUUCCUGGACCUCCAAAAAGGCCAGAGGUGCUUGAUGUCACUCACGAGGGCAUGACCCUGACCUGGCAACCACCCGAGGACAAUGGUGGCUCCACCAUUGCCGGCUACAUCAUCGAACGUAAAGAGGCCCGUUCUGACAGGUGGCUGAGGAUCAACAAGAACCCCGUCACCAUGACCAGGUACCGCUCCUCUGGCCUGAUAGAGGGCCUGGAGUAUGAACACCGUGUCACUGCCAUCAACUCAAGAGGAGCCGGCAAACCCAGCGAGAGCUCCGCCAUCACCGUCGCCAUGGAUCCCGUCGAGCCUCCAGGUUGUCCAGUUCAGCCCAGAGUCACAGACACCACCAGGACUUCAGUCUCUCUGGCCUGGCUGCCACCUGAAGAGGAGGGUGGUUCUGUCAUUACUGGUUACUUGAUCGAGAUGCAGAAGGUGGACCAGGUGGAAUGGACACUGUGCAACACCACGCCCACCAAGAUGUGCGAGUACACCCUCACCCACAUGCCCCAGGGUGCUGAGUACAAGUUCAGGGUCAUCGCCUGCAACGCUGGAGGUUCUGGAGAGCCCGCUGAGAUUCCUGGAGUGGUUAAAGUCCAGGAGAUGCUUGAUUAUCCUGACUAUGAGCUCGAUCGUAAAUACGAGGAGGGCUACGUGGUGCGGCAGGGCGGAGUCAUCCGUCUGUCUGUGCCCAUCAAGGGUAAACCCAUCCCUACAUGUAAGUGGACCAAGGACGGUCGUGACAUCUCCCACCGGGCCAUGAUCGCCACCCAUGAUGACAUCACUGAGCUGGUCAUCAAAGAGGCACACAAAGAUGACACCGGUACCUAUGACCUGGUGCUGGAGAACAAAUGUGGCAGGAAGGCCGUAUACAUCAAGGUGAAGGUGAUCGGUCGUCCUGACGCCCCAGAAGGCCCUCUGGAGUUCGACGACAUUCAGGUCAGAUCAGUCCGGGUAAGCUGGAGGCCACCAUCAGAUGAUGGCGGCUCCGACAUCCUGGGAUACAUCGUGGAAAGGCGGGAGGUACCCAAGGCUGCCUGGUGUACAGUGGAUUCCCGGGUAAUCGAGACCUCGCUUGUGGUGAAGGGCCUGAAGGAGAAUGUGGAGUACCACUUCAGGGUUUCCGCCGAGAACCAAUUCGGCAUCAGCAGAUCUCUCAAGUCUGAUGAGUCUGUCACGCCAAAGACACCACUUUGCCCACCAGAACCUCCCAGCAACCCACCAGAGAUCAUGGACGUGGCCAAAUCCACGGUGUCUCUGUCCUGGGCCCGACCCCGAGAUGAUGGAGGCUCCCGUGUCACAGGAUACUACGUGGAAAGGAGGGAGGUGUCAACAGAGAAGUGGGUCCGCCACAACAAGACCCACAUCACCACCACCAUGUACAACGUCACUGGUCUCAUCCCCGAUGCAGAGUACAUGUUCAGAGUGGUGGCUCAGAACGACAUUGGGCAGAGCGAGCCUGGUCCUGCUUCAGAGUCUGUGGUCUGCAAAGAUCCAUUUGACAAACCCAGCCAACCAGGAGAGAUCGACAUCAUCUCCAUCACCAAAGACUGCAUCACCAUCCACUGGCUCAGGCCUGAGCAUGAUGGCGGCAAGGAGAUUCUGGGCUACUGGAUUGAGUUCAGGCAGGCUGGAGAGAGCGCCUGGAAGAAAUGCAACAAGGAGCGUUCCAAGGAUCGUCAGUUCACCAUGGGCGGCUUAAUGGAGGCCACGGAAUACGAGUUCAGAAUCUUUGCUGAAAAUGAGACAGGACUCAGCCGACCUCGCCGCACGCCCAUGGGCAUCAAGACCAAACUGAGCGUUGGUGAGGCUCCAGCUUUGAAGGAAGAGAUCCAAGAUGUAACCACAAAGCUUGGUGAGUCCGGCACACUCACCUGUGGCAUCAUUGGCAGACCUUUGCCUGAGAUCAAGUGGUACCGCUACGGCAAGGAACUGAUCCAGAGCCGCAAGUACAAGAUGAGCUCAGAUGGCCGUAACCACUCCCUCAGCAUCCUGACAGACGAGCAGGAAGACGAGGGCAUGUACACCUGCAGGGCCGUCAAUGAGGCCGGAGAGAUCGAGACCAGUGGCAAACUGCGCCUGCAGGCAGCACCCCAGUUCCACCCUGGUUUCCCUCUGAAGGAGAAGUACCUCGCUGGGGCUGGCACCAGCCUCCGCCUCCAUGUCGUCUACAUUGGGCGUCCCAUCCCCCAGAUCAUGUGGUUCUAUGGAAAGAAACCUCUGAACUCGUCCGAGAAUGUGAUUAUUGAAAACACUGAAAGCUACACCCACUUGGUAGUGAGGAAUGUCCAGAGGAAGACCAACGCUGGCCGCUACAAGGUGCAACUCAGCAAUGUGUUCGGAACCAUCGACACUGUGCUACGUGUUGAAAUCCAAGAUAAACCAUGCAUCCCUGAGGGUCCUGUGGUUGUUGACGCCCUGUUGAAGAGCUCAGUUAUCAUCAGCUGGAAGGUUCCCAAGGAUGACGGAGGCUCCAUGAUCACCAACUACAUCGUGGAGAAGCGUGAGGCCAAAGAAGGCGAGCAGUGGCACUUGGUGUCCUCGUCCAUUUCUGGCACCACCUGCCGUGUCCCCAACCUGAUUGAGAGUGCCGGCUACUACUUCAGAGUCUCCGCCCAGAACCAAUACGGAGUCAGCGAGCCUCUGGAGAUCCCAUCAGUGGUCAUCAUCAAGAGUCCAUUCGAAAAACCUGGCAUCCCACAGCAGCCCUUCAUUAUCAGCUCCACCAAGGACUCCUGUGUCGUCUGCUGGAAGCCUCCAAGCAGCGAUGGUGGAGCUAAAAUCACCAACUACUACCUGGAGAAACGUGAGAAGAAGCAGAACAAGUGGAUGUCAGUAACCAAUAAGAAGGUUGUAGAGACCAGCUACGAGGUCACAGGCUUGAUCGAGGGCUUCGAGUAUGAGUUCCGUGUCAAGUGUGAGAACAUGGGCGGUGAGAGCGACUGGAGUGAGAUCUCUGAGCCUGUUAUCCCCAAGUCCGACCAAUCUCCUCGUGCUCCUGCGUUCAGGGAGGAGAUCAGGGACAUGAUCGUUAAAUACCAUGCCAAUGCCACAUUUGUCACUAAGGUGGUGGGAUAUCCAAAGCCUGUGGUGAAAUGGUACCGCAGUGGAAAGGAAAUCCAGGCAGAUGGAACCAAGAUCAAAGCCCAGGAGUUCAAGGGAGGCUACUACCAGCUGGUCAUCACUGCUGCUGAUGAGAAUGAUGCCACAGUUUACCAAGUCAGAGCAACCAACUCCUCAGGAUCCAUCUCUACAACAGUCAACCUGGAGGUGGAAGUUCCUGCUAAGAUCCACCUGCCCAAGGAGCUCCAGGGAAUGGGAGCAGUCCAUGCUGCCCGUGGUGAUCACAUCACCAUCAAGAUCCCCAUCUCUGGCAAGCCUGAGCCAGCAAUCACUUGGCAGAAGGGUCAGGAGAUCCUCUCCAACUCUCCUUAUCACCAAGUCAUCACCACAAGGUCUUUCACCUCCCUAGUCUUCCAGAAGGGAGUGCAGAGAAGGGACAGUGGCUACUACAUUAUUACCGCAAAGAACCGGUUCGGAAUGGACAAGCAAACCAUUGAGGUGAAUGUGGCUGAUAUACCUGAAGCUCCAAAGGGACUCGUGGUCAGCGACAUUUCUCGGGACUCCAUCACUUUGACUUGGGAGACCCCUGCCAAUGAUGGUGGAAGCAACAUCAUAAGCUACAUUGUGGAGAAGUGUCCCACCACUGCUGACAGGUGGAUCCGCGCUGGACAGACCGCUGACUGCAGCAUCACCAUCAUCAACAUAUUCGGAAAAACCAAGUACCAGUUCCGCGUCAUCGCUGAAAACCAGUUUGGCCUGAGCCUUCCUUCUGAGCCAACUGAGCCCAUUACCACAAAGGAAGACAAAUCUGUGAUUAGGAACUAUGACGAGGAAGUGGACGAAACCAGAGAGAUCACCAAGGAGGAGGCUCUAUUCUACAAGGUGAAGGAGCUGUCCUCCAAGUACAUCAUCUCUGAGGAACUUGCUCGCUGCCAGUUUGGAGUGGUCCACCGCUGCAUGGAAAUAGCCACAAAGAAGACCUUUAUGGCAAAGUUUAUCAAGGUCAAAGGAACUGACCGUGAGUUGAUUCUCAGGGAAAUUGAAGCCCUCAACGUAGCAAGGCACACGAAUAUCAUCUACCUACAUGAAUACUUUGAAAGCAUGGACGAGAUCAUCCUGAUCUUUGAAUUCAUUUCUGGAGUUGACAUCUUCGAGCGCCUUGGCACCAGCAACUUUGAGCUUACAGAGCAGGAGAUUGUUCGCUACCUGAGACAAGUCUGCUCUGCCCUCAAAUUCUUGCAUAGCCACAACUUCGGCCACUUUGAUAUUCGCCCAGACAAUAUUGUCUUCACCACAAGGAGAAGCACCAACAUAAAGAUUAUUGAGAUGGGCCAGGCUAGGCUGCUGGUGCCAGGAGAAAACAUCAGAAUGCUGUUCUCAGCUCCGGAGUACUGCGCCCCUGAGGUCCACCGUCACGACCUGGUCACAACAGCUACUGAUAUGUGGUCUGUUGGUGUUAUGGCCUAUGUUCUCCUCAGUGGCCUUAAUCCAUUUGCAGCAGAGUCCACUACAAAGAUGAUUGAGAACAUCUCCAACUGUGAGUACAUCUUUGACAGUGAAGCAUUUAAAGACAUCAGCCUGGAGGCUAUGGACUUUGUGGACAGACUUCUAGUCAAGGACAGGAAGCUCCGUAUGACAGCCCAUGAGGCUCUGGAGCACCCAUGGCUCAAGAUGAAGAUUGAGCACAUCAGCAACAAGAUCAUCAAGACAUUGAGACACAGAAGGUACUACCAGACUCUGGUAAAGAGGAUAGAUACUAUUGUAUCAGCAGCUCGAAUGGCCUAUGGUGGCGCCUUCAAGAACCAAAGAGGAUUGGCUGUGGGUAAAGUGAAGAUUGGAACUGAGUACCAUGGCCUCCGCACUGGUCCAGUCAUGCAUGGCUCAGCUGAGGAAGGUGGCCAUGUAAGAUUCACUUGUAGCAUCGCCAACUAUGACAAGAGUACACAGGUGUCAUGGUACUUUGGUAACCGCCAGCUACACCCAAGUCCCAAGUAUGAAAUUACUUACAGCAAUGGUUUUGCCAGCAUCUAUGUAAAGGACAUUGAAGAGAGUGAUGAUGGUGUGUACAGAUGCAAGGUGGUGAGUGAUGACGGAGAGGACAGUGCUUAUGGAGAGCUCUUUGUUGAGACAGUGAGGAGCAUCAGAGAGCAUUAUAUCAGCCGCUCCAUCAAGAAACUGAGGAGGAGAGUCGACAAGACUAAACUCCUGCAGAGACCACCAGAGUUCACUUUGCCUCUCUACAAUCGCACUGCCUACAUUGGCGAAGAUGUGCGCUUUGGUGUCACUAUUACCGUGCACCCGGAGCCUCAUGUAACAUGGCUUAAGAAUGGAGAGAGAAUCAAGCCAGGUGACGAUGACGGCAAGUACACGUUCACCAGUGAUAAGGGUCUGUACCAGCUGAUGAUCCACAACCUGGACAUGAAUGAUGAUGCCGAAUACACUGUCAUGGCCCACAACAAGUUUGGAGAAGACAGUUGCGAGGCCCGUCUCACUGUGACACCUCACCCUGUGAUGGAGGAAACAAUGAGGCCCAUGUUUAAACGUCUGCUAGCUAAUGUUGAGUGUGUCGAGGGACAUAGCGUCCGCUUCGAGCUCAGAGUCUCAGGAAUCCCAACUCCUACUUUGAAAUGGGAGAAGGACGGUCAUCCACUACAGUUUGGUCCCAAGGUCGUUGUCAUACAGGAGGACAUUGACUACCAUGUUCUGCACAUCAGAGAGACUCUGGUCGAGGACUCCGGUCUGUACAAGGUUACUGCAACCAACUCUGCUGGCUCUGCAAGCUGCCAGGCUAUACUGAAGGUGGACCGCCUUACCUACACCAGGAGAGAGUACAAGAGCGAGGAGGAAAAAUACAGACACGUACAGAAACAAAUUGAAAAGACUAACAAGAUGGCUCAGCAAAUUGUUGCCACUGAGGAGCUCGUACCUCUCAACCCCACAGCUCAGGAGGCUCUCAAAUUUGCUGCAGAGAUAUACAAGCCUGCAGUGAGCACCAAGAACAUUGAGGGCGAGUUCGACAUCUCUGUGGAAAAGUCAGAGACCAAGAAGCUGGAGGAGGAGAGGCGGAUCUUCAUGCCAUAUGAGAUCCCUGAACCUAUGGUUCAUGAUCCCAGAGUUCUGGAUGAUGACAAAGCUAUCAAACUGUUUGUGCCUCUCUCUGACAUGAAGUGGUACAGAAAGCUGAGAGACCAGUAUGAGAUUCCAGAGAGGAUGGAGAGGAUUGUGCAGAAGAGGCAGAGACGUAUUCGCCUGUCCAGGUGGGAGCAGUUCUAUGUCAUGCCCCUCCCUAGAAUCACUGACCAGUACAGGCCAAGAUGGCGUAUUCCAAAACUCACUCUGGAUGAUUUGGAAACUGUCAGGCCGGCCCGCCGUUCACCCUCUCCUGAAUCAGAGGCCUCCUUCAGAUCCAGGAGGAGAUCUCUGGGAGACCUUAGUGAUGAGGAGCUGCUGAUGCCUGUGGAUGACUACCUUUCCAUGAGGAGAACAGAGGAGGAGAAAAUUAUGCUGGAGGAUGAACUGGAGCUUGGCUUUUCUGCCUCUCCUACCGGCAGCCCUGUCCGCAUUGAGCGGCGUGCCAUGGAACAUGAAGAGAGGAGGCAGGAGGUCAGGCAUGAGGCUGUCGAGGUUGCUGAGACAAAGAAAAAACGCACUAUUUCUCAGUUUAUGAGGAGGAGAAGGUCGCUGUCUCCCACAUACAUCGAGCUGAUGCGUCCAGUGUCAGAGCUGAUCAGACGACCACGUGCCAGGUCUCCUGUGGAAGUAGAGGGAGAGAUCGUUGGAAGGAGGUCCCCCACCCCUGAGAGGACACGUCCCCGCUCUCCCAGCCCCAUCAGAUCUGUUGAGAGGUCUUCCCGCUCCUCCUCCAGGUUUGAGCGGUCUGCCCGCUUUGACAUCAUGUCCCGCUACGAGGCAAGAAAGGCUGCUCUGAAGUCUGAGAGGAAAUAUCAGGUGGUUAGCCAGACACCUUUCACCCUGGACCAUGCUCCCCGUGUGACUGUCAGGAUGCGCUCUCAUCGCAUACCAAUUGGCCAAGACACCAAAUUCACCCUGAACAUCCAAGCCAAGCCAGAGGCCGAGGUCAAGUGGUUCCACAAUGGAACUGCAAUCUCUGAAAGCAGCGAGAAAUACAUCUUCACCAACAUGAGUGGUGUUUUGUCCAUCACUAUUCUGGACUGCCAGGAUGAGGACAGUGGAACAUACCGCUGUGUAUUCUCCAACUCCAAGGGAGAAGCUUCCGACUAUGCCACCCUUGAUGUGUCAGGUGGCGGCUACACCACCUUCUCCUCUCGCCGUAGGGAUGAGGAAGCUCCCAAAGCAUUUGUCCCUGAAGUCACUCGAAUUGACCACUACCACACCACCCAUUUCAAAGCUGGCUAUGCUUCGCAGACCCACUUUGCGGUGGAAGAGAGCAAAUCUAAGCUAACAGAGACACAUGAAGUUGUCACACGUGGAAGAUAUGCUGCCUCCUCCGAGAGAUACUCCUCUGCUGAGAGGUAUGACUCAUCUAUCAAGUACGCCUCUACUGAAUAUCUGUCAUCUGGUUCCUCCUACUCAUCUGACAAGUUUUCUUUAACUGGGAAACACACAACAUCUGAAGCUAAACUGAAGUUAACUUCUGCUGCUGUUGCUGAGGAAGUUGCUGUCCACAAGGUGAAGCCUUCUCUUCCUGCCAGAAUCCUCACCAAGCCCCAGUCUGUGACAGUUGCAGAGGGAGAGACAGCCAGAUUCUCCUGUGAUAUCGAUGGGGAGCCUGCACCCACUGUAACAUGGAUGCACGAGAGCAGAACCAUCAUCUCAUCUCACCACGUCCAGGUCACCACCACUCAGUACAAGUCCAGCCUGGAGAUCUCCUCUGUAACAGCCUCCAAUGAGGGCAGUUACACGGUGGUGGUAGAGAACUCAGCAGGCAGACAGGAGGCUCACUUCACCUUGACCAUCCACAGACCAGUUCCCAAAGAGGAGGUUAAGGCUGUCAAAUCCCCUGAGCCAUCUGUGAAGUCACCCACUCCCAGUGUAAAGUCACCCGAGCCUUCAGUCACAUCACCCGCACCCUCCAUAACCUCCCCUGUCCCCAGUGUAAUAUCACCAGAACCCAGUGUCAAAUCCCCUGAACCAAGUGUAACGUCUCCUGCUCAGAGUGUGAAGUCACCAACGACAAGUGUGAAGUCACCAACUCCGAGUGUGAAAUCACCAACGCCGAGUGUGAAGUCACCAACACCGAGUGUGAAGUCACCUACACCGAGUGUGAAGUCACCAACGCCAAGUGUGAAGUCUCCUGAACCAGAGGGAAUUAGAUCUCCCAGGAGUGUCAAGUCUCCUGAGCCAUCUGCACCCUCUCCAGCACCCAGCUUAAAAUCACCAGCUCCAAGUGUCAAAUCUCCUGAACCUGAGGGAGUUAAGUCACCACAGGGUAUAAAAUCUCCUGAACCCAGACUCAAGUCACCACCACCAAUCAAAUCUCCAGAACCUGCAGGAAUCAAAACACCAAAAGGUGUGAAGUCCCCAGAACCUGCUGGAAUUAAAACACCAAAAGGCAUAAAGUCCCCAGAACCUUCAGGCAUCAAAUCACCAAGGGCCUUGAAGUCCCCUGAGCCCGAGGGAAUCAAAUCACCUCCUAGGAUGAAGUCUCCUCCUCCCAUCAUGUCCCCCAAGAGGGUUGUGUCUCCACCCACUGUCAAAUCCCCAACCCCGAAACCUCCCAAGGUCCUGAGUCAGCUAACAGCAGAGGCCUGUGAGGGCUCGGUGAGGAUGUCCUGUGUCUGCGAGAGCAGCGUCAGGGGAGUGGUGUGGUACGUCAACGGGAGGAGGCUUUCGCAGAGCAGCCGCUUUGAGAUGCACUACUCUGAGGGCUCCUGCAGCCUUCUAAUCCAUGAUUUGGCAGACAGUGAUCAGGGAGAGUACACCUGUGAGAUGACAUCAGAGGGAGGAGUAUCCAAAUCCUCCUUCUCCUUCACUGGACAGGUGUUCCAGUCCAUACGCAUGAAGAUCACGGCCUACAGUGAGCAGCAACUGGCACUUAAAGGAUCAAUGAUGAUGAGUCACAAGGAGUCAUCAUCAGCCAUGAGUUCAUCCAUGAUGAAGAAAGAAAUGCAUGCAAUGGAGGAGUCGUCCUCCUUCUCUUCCUCUGCCCAGCAGGCAAUGAUGUCAUCCAUGAUGGAGUCCAGCUCCUUCAGCAGCAUGGCAGCUGAGAUGAAGUUUGAGGCCAUGUCCAUGUCCAGCAUGUCCUCCAUGACAUCUGAGACGUACGCCAUGAGCUCCAGCAGUCUCACGGAGAUGGCCUCCCACAUGGAGGGAUCCUCAUUCAGAGCAAUCGGUUCUGCUCCCAGGAUCGAGGCUCUGCCGGAAGACAUCAGCAUUGAGCCGGGCAAAGUCCUUACAGUCACCUGUGCCUUCUCCGGCGACGCCAAACACAUAGAGUGGUCACGCGGUGGCAAAACCAUCGAGGUGACUGCCGGCGGACGCUUCCACAUUGAGACCACGGAGGACCUGACCACCCUCAUCAUCACUGGGGUAAAGGCGCAAGACGCUGGAACCUACACCCUCAAACUGUCCAAUGAGCUCGGAUCCGACACAGCGACUGUUCAUAUUAGCAUUCGAUCAGUGUAAUAAAAACCAACUAAUAAUUCAAAUCCUUACCCUUUUCCCUACUUCCAUGCCUUUUUAUUUAUUAAUUGAGCGAAAUAAUCUACUUGAUAAAGAUCUGGAUUUCUGUUCUUGUAAAUAUGAACUAUUUUUGUACCAAUCUUGACAUUAAUUUAUGCCAAACUAGACUAAAGUCUAAAGUUGUUAUAAAAUGUGCCAUAUUGGAUAAUUAUGACUUAGGAUUUUUGAUCCAUUUUUCUGUGACAUGUACAUAAUGUAUAUAGCCGAAUUUAACGGUUAUGGGAAAUGUAUGCAUUGUUAUUUAUGACAAUAAUAUUAACUGAAACAAAAUGAAACUAAAUGUGGUUUAACAGGAGAAAGUUUCACCAGGAACGAAUACCUUGUUAAACUGAGAAACUAAACUCUGUGCCUCAACGAUAAGUUGAAGUCUUAAGAUUGCCUCAACAGGUAGAGAGGCUCCCUGUUGACGUUAACUCAAUCAGAGACAAAGCUAUGAACGCACUGCUGGAGAGUGAGAGCGGUGCUAACGAGCGUGAGAUCCUGAGUGUUGUUUGCAUUUACCCUCAUGUAAGCAGGACGACUGGACCUCGCGCUCUGACGGAUUAUGUCAUACCGCCAUUUCGAUGACAUGCUCACAGUGCGAGCGGCCUGCACUCCCUGAGCACAAGUGUUUAUUUUUUGUUUUGUGCUCUGCUUCUGGCAAACGAACACUCGCUCGGCUCUUCAGUCAUACCAUCAACCUGGCCAAUCACAUGAAAUAAGAGUCCAUCCUGUGCUUGUUUGCAGAGGCAGAGCUGUCUCUUGGAGGUCUGCAGUGUGUUUGUGUGUUAGGUUUUAGAAGUUCACCUGUCAGUCAAGCUGGGCGCCGCCAAGCAGAUGUACUGCAGCCGAAACCAACCGCUGCUGCGUUCAAUGUUGACGGAAAGAAGCAUAGUCUCAAGUGUCGCUCAGCACUUUGGUUUGAUUGAAGAUAGAGUUGUAGGAUUGACUAUUUUCGCAGCCUCCUUGAGUUUUUCUCCAAUUAUUGAUUUAAUAAAGCAUGACUAUCAGCACUA